UGUGUUGACGCUGGUCAUCAUCUGCCCACAGACUCCCAACAGGAGUGACACCGGAGAGCAGGAACUGGUUCGUUUGCCUCACCGGUGCUGCUGCUGCAACAUCUAAAACCGACGGAGGAAAACCGUCUGACCGACACGACCCACUGUUGAUUCUGGUGGAAUAACGCGCCACAGAGCUGCUUUUACACAACUUGGAAGGCUUUAAUACUUGGAGAGCACAGCCUCUUCGCUAAUGGCAAGUCCGGCUGCAGACAUAGGACCGUCUCAUCAGCAUCACCACCCUGUGACCGAGUCCGCCGCAGACUCAGCGUUUCAGGAGGCACAGAAAUGGAUCGAGGUGAGUGCAAAAACCGCGUUUAGACACUGUGACAAAUCCCCACUCUGUGUAUCACUCUUGCACAGGUGUUUUGUUGUCAGUGUGUAGCCUUAGUAACUGAUCUGCAGCUUGUAUCUUCUCCCUUAAGUGGCUGUUUUAUUUUAUUGCUUCGUCACCUGUUGAAAGGUGACACAGACAGGUACUAUGUGGCUCACAGUCUUUGGGUAAAAUCCUAUUUUUGACUAAAUGGAAGUGGUGGUAGGCCUGCUUGUCAGUAAAGUGUAUUUUUUGUCUUUAUUUUUUAGGCUUUUAAUCUUAUCAUCCCUCAGUGGCAUUGCUUCAUAUUUCCUUACCACCCAAAACUUCCUGAAUAGGACACUUUCAGUCAUACACUUGCUUGUAUUAUUCACACAAUAUCUCUCCCUAGGAUAUCACCCACAUUCGUGCUGCAGGCUCCUAUAACAGUGUUUUCUCACUUGUUUUUGAUGGGUGCCAUUGUACAGUAGCUAUGGCUGCUGUGGGGCCUGCUGCAUGUUUGGCUGAAAACAAUGAAUGCAUCAUGUGGAAUGGAUUUUUGCCUCAUUGCGAGCUUGCCGAACAAUAAUCGCACAAACAAGCUUUUGUUCUGGGAGAAUUUCAAUCACGACACUUGCCUGCCUCCAUUGCAUUUGACUUUGUCAUCCUGCAGCGGACUGUGCUGCCUGUCAGCUUUUCCAAACACUGAUAGUCGGGUGUUAUUCUGAAUAUUAGAGGAAUGCUUGUAUGAGGACGCUAAAAUGUGAUGUCAGGUCCACAGUGGUAUUAAGUGUUUGGCAAAGUGAGUGAUUCAGUCUAGCAGAGGCGUUGGUGGAGAUUCUAGGGCCUCUGUGGAUCCCCCCACUCUCCCCUAUUUACAUUUCACUAUUCAUUGUGACAUUGAAUGCAUAGUUUAUGAAGACUGCCUCUGUUAUCUUGAUUGGCUGUUUACUCAUCAGUCAUCUCUUCUGUCAAAAAAAAAGGUGUCAAUAGCAGUGUGACAGAAAAGUAGUGCAUGUUUCAACUAAAACAAGCAGUAAUGUUUUAUAAACUACUGAAGAAAUUUCUUAGAGUUAUGGUAUGUAGAAAUUGUGAUAUUAAACAAUACCUAGCAGUCAGGAUCUAGACUAAAACGCCCCCUACUGACAGGGUUUCCCUUACAUGCAAUUGAUCGUGGCGCACCGCCACGGCUAAAUAAAAGCCGCCACACAUAAAAAAAAUUAGUUUUUGUCUCACAUUUCUACUUUUCUACUCGCACUGUGUGAGCACAACAACACACGUUAUUUUCGACUUGUUUUGAGUCAUCAAGGAGCGCAUCAAAUCCUGUCGGACCCUCCUCCACUAAUGUGAAGGGUAACGUUUAAGCUUAUACACGGUCUGUAUAGCAAGUAGCACGGGUAACGUAACGUGAAUGUAACAGCGUAGCUCCUGGAGCGGCAAGGGAGUGGAGGUUACAACAACACCCCCCCCUCCCCCAACACACUCACAGACACUUUUGACUGCUAAACAUCAGCAGGAUAAGAUUUUUAUUUUUUCAAUGGACACUGUUUAAACAUUGACACGAGAAAGAUAUAUAUAAAAAAACAAUUUAAGGGAAAUAAAAACACUAAAAAGAGAAAUCUGAUCUUAUUUUACUUUACUUUUGACCCGUUUUUUCUCAGAAAUGGGGUUGCUGGUCUUGCUCUGUUUUUGUAGUUUCUCUCCACCCUUAUUGGAAAAAAAUAAAAAAUAUUAGUUUUGAAGUUACAUCUGUGUGUCAGCAAGUGAUGUCAGUACUACGCACGUCAUCUCAGUGAACCUUUGCUGCUGUAAUAAAAUCAAUGUGACACUUGUCGCUGCUGUCUCUCUAUUUUGUAUUUUCACAGUUCAUCUUUUAUUCCUAAAGUAGUAGGAGGAAUAACAUUGAAAGUUUCAGAAGUGUUAAAGAUGAUGUGUUAAAUAUUGAUGUUAUGGAUAACCAACAGCUAAGAAGGGUAAUAGAAAAGCAGCAUGGACUGUACUAACAAUGAAUUAUUCAUAUUGAUGGCAUUAGUACAGUUAGAUAUUUGAUAGGGCCUACAGUGUUUGUGUCUUAAUUAAACAUCAGAUUAGCAGUCGAACAGGUUUAUUAUUCCAGAGCCUGCACUGAUGAUUGAGAGAAGAGUACCAGAGCCAGUACUGGUCAGCUUGAACAAUAGAAGCCUGAGAUUCGGUAAUAAGACAACAGCAACAAUAAAUCUAAUAUAUUCAAAUAGAGUAAGAUAAGACGAGAAAUGCUUUUCUGUUCUUUUAGGGAAUUUUUUGUGGAUGCAAAUACAACAAUGAAAAGUCAUACUCCAUGUAGGAGCCAUAACGUUGCUUAUCGGUUAUCCUGUGUUCAAUUACUUUUGUCUUGUUGCUGUUGGUUUCGCUGGGUUUGGGUCACGUGGGCACUGAGUUUUAAAGCCGGUAAGUUAUAUAAGGGGUGGUCUUACCUACACUGUGGUGGAGAGGUGAGCCUAGGUAGCCGUAAUUUUGGUUGACCGCACUUUAUUUUCUUUUGUUUGCUAUGAAACACGUCCCAGAGUGUACACAUAUUACAUCUGAUGUGUGCGUGUAAUUAUUGGUGAUAGUGGAAACGUUUUUUUCUGAUAUCAAACCCCCAAAACUUCGAUGAACUGUGGGUGCUUCUUUGGAACAGCAGCAGCAUGUCACACAAAUAUACAGGACCUAGUCUCUGCCUCAAGCGACUUUUUAAAGGUACAAGGAAAUCCACAAUACUCCAUAAUACUUAAUGGGAAACCCAGCAGCAAUUCAGUGUAGCAGUUUAACAUUAGUAAUUUUAAUUCUAGUCUAUUGGAUUUCAUUACUCUAUUUACUUGAACAGCAGUAUUUUGUGGGCAUUCCUUACCAACAACUUCACAUGCAUCACUGUGUAUUUUUUCCAAAUUGUGAUCAUAUCUGAAAAUGGCAGAUCCUCUUUAAAAGUGUCAGGAUUCAGUGUAGGCCUAUUUAGCAGCACCAAACUCCUCAGAGGCUCCUAUCAAGUCUUUAAAAAGCCACUACUGACCUAGAAUCUCCGAGGCGGAUCAGGGCUGAGAGCUGAAAAGACUGAAGCUGAAAAGAAGAGAGAGAACUGAUACCUCUCCUGUAUUAUUGUUCCUCUAUCACCCUCUAGCCUGCAGGGACUGAUUUCAUUACCCAUACACACCUGGUGACAGGCCUUCAGUCACCUUGGGGAACCGGAGACAGGUACCAGGUUCCUGAAGAGGGCAACAUAAAACGCCAGUCAGGAUCCCAGUGGCCUAGUGUUUGACAGCUUAGAUUCAACAGCUGUCAUAUAUGAUAUCAGGAGGACUUUAGGCUAUAAUGUUAGAACAGCAGGUUUCCUUUAUGUAGAGGUGAUUCAAAGCAUGCACAGAAACACCAGAAAGCCCCUUAAAGGUUUUAUUCACAACGAAAACAAGAUUUUUCCCAAAAGUUUAGAAUACAUUUCCACCUUCGCUCAAUACAGCCUUGCCUUCCUCUUCCUCUCGCCCUCUUUUCAGUUCAUGACAGUGUUUAGCCUCCUGUGAACUUCAGAGCAGACUUCGCCGGUCCUUGGAUGAGGAUAGAAACCUUCAGUUGGUUACGUUGAUUAAACUGUGUCAUCCAGCCACAGGGUGUUUGUAUGAAUGAAAACCAAAUGAAGCUCUCUGAUGGGUCUUCUCCCCGGUUCGAUAGACUGGCUUUCUUCUGCACGGUUCUGUUGGAAUGAUUAGCUGCUGGCAAACUCCAAUGAAAGCACAACUGUGAGAAAAUGAAUCUAUUAGGAGUCGCAUGAUUUCAUCACUGGAAAACGUUCUUUUUGAAAUUAAUAGAAAACAUUUGGAGAGGAAAAACGUCCAAUUAUAUAACCAGAAACUUGCAAAGAAAGCGAAGCCAUGGGGCAAGUCGAGUGCGAUGAAGUAUUUAGUUAGUUUUUAUCAAAGCCAAGUUUGGGAGAAAAGUUUGGUUGUUUGGACAGUCAGUUGUUCUCAGUCAGUCCAAAAAAGUCUUAGUAGACGGACGGUUAAGCCUGCAUAGCCAGACAGGCUGACUUGCAAAGCUUAGAGUACAAUACAUGAUUUAAAAUCUGCUUAAAAACGAGACAUGUCAGCUGAGUCUGCACUGAAGUCUGUAGAAAAUGUGCGCAGAGGGACUUAGCGAAUGUCGUGUCCUCAGCUGCAGCUUUUAUACUUUUAAACCUGCUUUUAAAAGUUAUUAAGAAGUAUCAAAAAAGCUGCAGAUAUCUGACCUACAUUUCCAGCUGUAGAGAAGUUAUAUCAGCAGAGUUUUGAAACAGAAUCUUCAUGGAUCAUAUCAGGUUGGUCCCAACUGCAUGAUCUCCUUCCUUCACAUUAACAAAACCCAGGUGUCAAGUGUGUAAUUUUGCCUGAAGGUGGCGCUCAGCCUUUUGUCAGUGCUUCUGAUAGCUGCAUUAUGUGUUAAAAAUCUGUGUAAAUCAUGUGUCGGUUCCAGAGCUUGUUUUAACGUGUUUGGUGUCUCUUCUCUGUUAGCUUUACAUUGUCUUGGAAUCCCCUCUUUUCUAACCUGGCAUGUUCAGGGGGCCGUGAAUAACGCAGUUUAUUGGGACAUGCCUGAAAGAGAAAUGAUAUCACCUACAUAUUGUUGUUAUUCCAGUGAUAUCAUUGCACUGAACAGUCAAAUAACAAGACUGAUACAUGUUAUUAGAUUGUCUGUGAGGCGUAUACACAGGGGUUUGAGGUCCUCCUUCUUGUUUUGACAAUUUACGGUACCUGGGCUUGGGACUUGGGCUUGGUAUGGUGCACUGCAAGCUGUUACAAAGUGAGAAAACAAAACAGCAGGCAUCAUGAAGGGAAUUCUUUGCACGGGGACAGUGGUGAGACACCGGACAACACUGCUAAACAUACACGCUGCAAUCAUGAACCAGUAGAGCAGCAUUCCCUGCAAAAAAGGAAAUAUUGACCUUGUUGACAAAUGUCAUCUAAGUGGAAGGAGAUAUACGAGUUGAGUGUCAAAAAGAAGUCCCUAGUGUUUGCAACAAGAACAUAGAGUACUAGAGUCAGGCUGAACAAAUGGAGAAAAUAGUUUUUUUUAGGUCAGUAUUGACAUUAGACUAACCUCCUUCAGUGUCCCCAUGUCUAUUGUUUACAUCACACAAAUGCAGUAAAUGUAUAUAUCACGAAUAUUUGAAUGUUCAUACAGUUACUGUCAUGAUGCAACUGGAUGCAUACAGGAAUGCAAAGCUACAAAGAAAGUGCCAUAUUUUUUAGGGUUGGGAAUCACAAGUGGCCCUACAAUACGAUAUUAUCACGAUUUUUAACAUUUCGCAAUAUAGUGAGUAUUGCGAUACAAUAUAUUGUGAUUUAUACAAUCUUUUCAACUGUUUAGGUAAUUCAGCAUUUGUCUUUCCUUUAUGUUUGUCUUAUUUACACAGCAUUUUGUUUUCAUGUAGCACAUCUUGCAAACGUUAUACUUAUUUGUUGUACUAACUUUCUCCUGCUUUAUGAUGUCACUUCUGCCAACCUCACUGGACAAACAGUUGAUUUUAUUUUCCCAUUAUCAUAGAUUUGACUUUAAAUGAGCAAUUAAUUUGAAUAGUCGAUACCUGCUAAAUGAGACGAUUCGAUAUAUCACCAGACAAAAUAUCGCGAUACUAUGCUGUAUUGAUUUUUUUCUCCCACUCCUAGUAUAUCUUGAUAUUUGUCUUUCAAAUAAAUGACACAUUCCCCUUAAAAGAAGGAUAAGCUUCAAACCUGCACUGUAAGAUUUGAAUAAAAGUAAAUGCUCUUUCCCUCAUUGGCUGUCUUGAUAGAAAAAAAAAUGAAAUGCAGCACUGUGUUUGAUCUGUGGCUUUUUCUGAUUUCUUGCAUGAUGUCUUUCUCAGUUCGGGGUCACUGUCAUUGACGUGCCAAGUGUUCAGAUGUCUUAUCAGAGUUUUUGCAAGUACACAGGCCCACUGCUGUAACAAUAAGAGGAAAGAAUGUUGUUCAAGGCAGGAGCAUCUGUCAAAGUAGGGUUAAGGCUAGAUUGAGGAUGUCCCCUUCAUCACUCACCUUAAUGCUCUGCUGAGCUGAAAAUCCGUGGUCGACCACAACCUCCAACCCCCACCUCUCUCACACUGUGCAGCUUGAAUGAUGAGCUUAGAGUACACAGUUAAGUGCAUUAUUCCUGGAUGAGAAUUAAGUAGAAACAUGGACAUGAUUGAUAUCAGCUGGCCAAACUUCACACUUGUUAUCCUGCAUUCAAAGCUGAAUUAAUGAGCUUGUUGCCAGUGUGUGUAUAACUGUGGUCAUAAUUUAUAAUGAAUCACUAUAGAGUGAAAUAAGAUUAUGUACUUUUAUAUACUGGCACGGAAAAGAGUGUAAAAAAUUAGAUGUUUAUCUUUUAGAGAUGAAAACUUGUGGAUUGUUGAGAUUUGGUUAAAAUAUUAACUAAGGCCACAUGUGGAUAUUUCUGAAAAUGUUGUUUUUUUCUCAUCAUCCUGGUCUUACAGUCCUGUGUUAAUGUGAGUUUUAGGACACAUGAAGAAGAAGGUUUUGGAAAAACACAUUCCAAGAUGGAGUUUUUCCAAACCGCUGUUUUGUCUGCGUUUGUGUUGACAGCCAAUACAAAAGUUUAGGAGGAUUUUUGUUCUCUAAGCUCAUCAUUCAAGUUGCAAAAUGUCACUUUUCAUGAUCUUGUUGAUCAGGAUUACAGUAAUAAAAAUCGGUUUUGUUAACCACAAAGUUGUUGGGAAACCAAAGGCCAUGUGUUUAUGUUGCUGUGAUUGAAUAGCUCAAAGAACUGUUGACUGAAAAAAAGCUGAACAAAGUAGUCCACUUUCUUCUCAGAUGAGCUGCAGUUCAUACACACCCAAUAAAUAACAGGUUUUACAAAUUCAUUCUCCUCUGUUGCCACUACUUAAACUAACCAAACACAGCCUCAGUCACUUACAUAAAUGAGAAAUCCCUGAAAGUAAGAUGCUAAUCACUAAUCCUGUAGUUAUGAUCUUCUUAAUCUCAGCAGAAGCCUUCUGUCCUCUCCUGGUGAAGCAGAGAAAAGAGCUGGCGUGUUGACACCGUCGCAUUAGUGAAACAGCAAAAACAAGGGAUUAGGCAUUUAGGAGAAGGUGUUUUUUUUCUACUAUUACAAAUAAAAUUCUUUUAUUCAUGAAUGACAGGAUGCAUCUUUGGCCACCUAGUGUCAAGUAAGGUUAGAGGCUGUCCGCUAUGUGGUCACACCCGUGCAGAUUUGGACAGUUUAGAAAGAGGAUGUACCAGUAAACAGCCCCAGUGUUAAGACAGUGAUGCAGUUCUCAGCAAAAGCCUUUCAGUCCGGGUCCAGAUCGGUCUUUAUGAGCACACGCACGUUUAGGGUGAGAGGUGAUCAUGUGGCGGAUUACUAAAGUAGAUGGGAGAUUAGCCCCCCUCCUCCUACGCUAUGUGUGCAUGUUUGUACAUUUGUGUUUGUGCAGCCGCUGAGGCUUAAUACAUCCACUCGAGGUAUUCUCACAUUGUGUAGUUUCUUGGUGUUUUUAUAUAAAGUCAGUGAAACAUUCAUAAUAGUGACCAGGGCUCCCUUGUUUUCACACCUGCUGUUGCUGCUCUUAAACAUCACUGAUCAUAAGCCCUUGUGGCGUUCAUGUGUUUCCUGCCUGCAGCUGAUUUGUGUAAUGCCCUUCAUCCCAAGGAGCUUUUAUGUAAAGUAGUGGGUUCUCUGGCUGCUGUUCAUUUUCAAUAAGGACAAAUUCUAUCUGUCAGUAGAAAGAACGGCUGAUGGGACAAAUUGAAAAUGAUGUGCUCUUCAAGUCUGCAGCUACCCAAUUUCAUAACCAAAUAAAGGAAGCUACUUCACAAGGUGACUGCUGUGAUUGUCUAAAAAAGGGGGAGAAGGUGCACGAUUUCAGAGAAAACAAUUCUCUCUUCAAGUUCAGAGUUUGGCUGCUUUUACACAAAGGCUCAAUGCAGUGAAUACAAUUCGGUGAGGGGAAGCAGAUUGGGGUCUUUAUGGCCCAGAUGAGGCUGUUUCUGAGGAUGCAUGAAACUAUUUUUGUGAAGUAAACAGCUUUAAAGAGAAGACCUCUGCCUUGAUGUAAAAUGAUGGAUAGCUGGAUGAGAUUGUCAAAAUACUAAGAGCAAAGCAGUCAGACUAUCAGCUGCUUGGUCAGGAUGUCCCACUGACUUUCUGGCUUUGCUUUUGCGCUCUGUCAGGCUGUCAGUGACAAGGUGAACAUAUUCAUCCUGUUCAACUGUCAGGUCUGUGUGCUCAUGCGAAGAGAAAGAAAGAAAGCUGUCAAGGAGGAGAGGGCAUGACGGCCUGGCACUCCAAGUGCAAUGUGACACACACACACACACACACACACACACACACACACACACACACACACACACAGAAUUGCUUAUGUGUGGUAGGGUUGACUGUGUGCCAGGGCUGCACAGCCGCUCUGCAGAAAAGCUGCUAACGAUUGUUGUUACUUACCACUUAGGCCAGCGCACCAAAUAGUCACUUUGGAUUAUGGCUGGGCGAUAAACCAAACAUUUACCGGUACCAAAAUUUACGACAAUAACCAAUGUCAUUUUGCCUAUAUUAGUAUACUCAGUCAAAAAUAAAAAAGAUAAAAGUUGGUUUUGGAUGUGUGUAGGUUGGCUACAGUCUCAUGUCCCUUUUAAGAUGCUGUCCUAUGUUGGAGAUGUGACUCCGCCCCAUCCAGUCCGUAACAAAGAGGGAAAGACAGGUGAGGAGAUGGAGGACGGUUCAAAAGUUGUUGUGGAGUAGUUAUCGUCCAUUUAUCGUUACCAAGGUGAACUGCUCAAUAUAUCGUGAUAUUGAUUUGAGGCCAUAUCGCCCAGUCCUACUCUGGAUAGAACUACAAAUGGCAGACGAUGACAGCAUGUUACUGUAAGGACUAAACAGGCUUUUCAUUUAUUUUUAGGAGAGUAUCGUUUGUGUUUUGAUUGAAGCGAAGGCUUAAAUUCCAAAAUAAAUACUGUUUGUAGACUUAAACCUGGUCUUUGUGCACUGAUGAGACAUUAAAGGAGAAAUUAAAAGCUAAUGCAUGAGAGAAACUGAAUUUUUAUUGGUUCUUUAUGAGCUGCAGCGGCAUCAGUUCGUACUCCUCCAUUAUUAACCAAAAAAUAAACAAAGAUCUGAACAGAGAAUGUAUUGUGAGAACUUUUUGCGCUGUGCUACGCAACGACAGAUUUACCCGACCUGUUUAGUGAUUGAGAUGGCUCAGUCACAAGCCUGUUCUCUAAUCUUUGUGCCCAUAAUUACAUGCCGGACCUCCUCUUCCAUGUAAUCUGCCAUCACUCCAUUGAUUGCCCUUAUUAGCUGCCAAAGUGGGUUACUAUGCAUGUCUCCUAAUUUAACUCUGAUUUACCAAUUAUGAAGCUUUUUAAACGAAUGGUUGCGGGUUGUCAGAGGACAGCUGGGAGGACUUCUUGCUCUUGUAUGACAUACUGUGUAUGAAACACUGUACUCUGCUCAUCUGACAUCUGUUGGAGCUUUACAGUUGCAGUUGGUUGAUUUCUGGUGUGGGUGUGAAGCUGGAAAAAUCACAUAAGCAGUCUCAAACACAUAGUCUACACAAGGUGUUGCUCACAGUCGCAUUAAUCAGAGCUGGUUUUAGCAGGCAUGUAGGACUCUCAGAUGGAUAGUUCAGAGACUGACACUUCCCUGUCCAGGGGAUGUUUCUAAUUGGGUCAUGCAGGCUGAGCUGGUUUCCUAGUUUUCGGAGUUGGGGCACUGGGGAGCUGGACUCUUUCUGACUGUCGAGGGAGCAAGUGCAACUUGCACUGGUUGGCAGGCCGAGUGACAGUCUUUUAGCCAGAGAGUAAAACUGCAUCAUGUGAAGACCAUCCUUUUCUUGUUCUUUGGAUCUUCUGUCUGUGAAAGGUGAGAUGAUUUGGCCUCGAAAUAAAUCUACAAUAUAUUCAGACCACACUUCCAAUAAUUUGAUUGUUUUUUUUUUUUAACAUGUUCUAAGUUUGGUUAGCUCUUCAUUCUUUCUCCAUCACUUGUCACCAGUCAGGUUUGUCAUGAAUACCAAUGAUAAAAUGGAUAUCUAGUGAUCCCAGGCUUAAACUUAAGCUUGACUCUUUACUCUACAGCCUUCUGAGUUUCUUUGACUUUUAGUUUUUGUAUUAAAUUUAGCAGAUUUUUUUUUUUUAUUUUUUUUUUUGCGUGUGUGUGUUUGUGAAAUGGUUCCAUGUCAGGAAAAUAUAUAAAUAAUCCCGAGUGGGAUCAACACUGAUGUAAAAGUCAGUCUUUUGGAAAGAAGGUAAUACAUUUACAAUGAAUUCACUCAAAUGAAAGCAACUCAAAUAUUGACUUUAACAUCUGUUAAUGAAUAAAUUAAGAGUAGUAGAGUAGACUGGAUGUUACGGACUGGAUGGGGUGGAGUCACGUCUCUGAUGUAGGACAGCAUUUUAAAGGGACAUGAGACCAUAGCCUACCUUCACACACCCAAAAUCAACUUUUAUUUAUUUAUUUUUUUGACACGCAAUAUAUUGACAUGGGCAAAAUGACGUUCUGUAAAUUUUUGGUUUAUUGCCCAGCCCUAUAAUAUGGUAAAACCCAUGCAUUAUUUGUGAGUAUUAAUUGACAAGUAUUUAGUCUGGCCAAAGACUUCCAGUGAUUAUCCUGUAAGGCCCAAUUGCUGUUAAUGCUGAAUAAUUGACAAAGGCAGCUGUGAUUCCUCUUGUUUCAUAAUCAUUAGAAAAGUGACACUAUCAUGAGUCACAAAGACACAUCUGCAGCUCACACAGAACAAGUAUCAUCUAUUAUUUUACCAAAACAUGUAUUUGUUCAAACAUGAUGUAGUAAAAUAACUUUUUUUCCCUCUGCACAGAAGCAGAUGACUUGGGUCAGUCAUGAAUGGAGGCUUUUAGAGCUGAGUGGGAUGGCUUUCAUUGUCUAUCAAACACACAGUCUCAUGCACAUGACUCUGUUCCCACUUAGCCCAGCAUUCCUAAGCCCCCCAUCCACAUCCCAUUCAAAGCCACACACACACACACACACUCACAUUCACACUCACAUUGCUCCCCAGCUGGUCGCCCCCCAUCAACAAUGUAUGCUGUCACCACACUCUGGAAAGUGACACAAUUGUAUCUCAGCUGACUGGCAUUUGUCUGGUCAGGACUGCAUGAUGCAGCACUGCUCUCACUAUAGGAGUGUUUUUCUCUCAUACCAGCAGGGGAGAAUCUCUCUGUUUCAUUUAUUCUGUACAGCAAAGGUCAUCAGGAUUUCGUUCCAUAGUUCUUCAAAUUAGUUUUGUAAAGAAAGUGCAGUUUUUUUUCUUUUUGAAUAUAUUUACAAAUUGGUUUUACUUUUAAAAUUUGGUUGAAUGAUAACAUUUAAUUUUACUAAGGGAACCUUCCCAAAAGGAUCAAUAAAGUUCUAUCUAAUCUAAUCUAAUCUGAAAGGAUUUACAAUUUAUAUUUGUAAAUUACAGGAUUCCUUUCUUCCUUCUGUCCAUCUACCCUUCCUUGCUUCUGUCUACCUUUCCUUCCUUCCUUCCUGUUCUCCACUUUUCCUUCCUUCCUUAAAUUCUUCCUUCCUUCUUUGCUGCCCUCCUCCUGCUACUUCCUUCCUUCCUUCCUUCCUUCCUCUCUUGCUUCCUUCCUUCCUUCCUUCUUACCUGCCCUCUACCUAUCCUUCCUUCCUUGCCUUCCUUGCCUUCCUCUCUUCCUUCCUUCCUUCCUUCCUCCUCUCUGCUUCCUUCUUACCUGCCCUCUACCAAUCUUUUGUUCCUUCAUUCCCUCUUUCCUUCCUCCUCCUCCCUUCCUUCCUUUAUUCCGUCCUUCCUUCCUCUCUUCUUUCCUUCCCUUCCUUUCACCUACCUUUGCUUUCUUCCUUCCUUCCUUCCUCUUUUGCUUCCUUCUUUCCUGCCCUCUACCUAUCUUUUGUUCCUCCCUUUCUUCCUUACUCCCUUUCCUUCUUCUUUCCUUCCUUCCUUUCUUCAUUCCUCUCUUCCUUCCUUUCUUACCUCCUUCCUUCCUUCCUUCCUUCCUUCCUUCCUCUCUUGCUUCCUUCUUACCUGCCCUCUACCUAUCUUUUCUUUCUUCCUUUGUUCCUUCCUUCCUUCCUUCCAUCUUCUGUAUCUGAUUCCUCAGGAGCAGUAUUAAGAUGUUACCAUUAACUGUUAUAUAAACUGUAUUAUAUGAAGCGUCUGUUUAUUUCCUUUUUACAUUUUUUAUGGUUAUGCUCGUCUUACACUUCCUGAUCCAAGUGCUACUUUUGCACCUAGUUAAAAAUAGAUGUGGUGAGUUUCAGUCAUUUGUGCAUAUAUUAGUUUACUGGAACAAAAAAACACCUACCUCUAUUUUCUUGGAAGAACAAGUUUAGCGAGAUCAUUCUUAGCUGUCACUUACUCCUGGAUGCUUACUCAACAAGAAUGCAUCCUCCAAGUAUUACUUAGAGUACAGCCAAGUUAAGAGGAGGUACCUGUUCUGUUUCCUAUCAUUCACCUGCACUUGUCAAAGAUAUCACUACUGACCAUGAAAUGUAGUUGACAGGGUUGGUAUGUGUCCUCUUAGUUACAGUUGAAGCAGGUGUUACUCUCUAAACUUGUCUGUUGAGUUAUUCUGACUGUGAAACUGGAAUCUCCUCCUCCUACUUUUCUGCCUUUUACUGCUUCCCUCUUUUCUUAAACAAACAUGAAACAGCUUGUUAACUUUAUGGCAAGAACUCUACCAGCUUUGAGAAGUACUGAUGCUAAAUAUGAGCAUGAGCGGCGAAUGUAGGACACAUCUGAGGAUUUUUCCACGAAACAAUGUUUUAGUGUAAUUUUGAUGAAUUUAGACCCAGGAGAACCAAGGAAAACAUUAAUAGAACUUGACAAUAAGUCAAAUACUGAUGAAACCACCAUAACUGAACCUUUGAUAGCCCCACCUGCUGUCCGUGAACUCAACCCACAUUGACAGAAACAUUGAGGGUGUCACUAUAUGUUACCAAGAGAUUUCCAAGGUGCAAUAAGAAGAGGGGAGGUCGCAAAUAAGAGAUCUUUGAAAUUUUUAUAGAAAUGAUUCUGUAGUGAUGGUCAGACUUCCCGCUCUCAUUGUUGUUCUGAGGCUUUCGUAGCUCAUAGUGGAUACAGUGACUUAAUCUAUUAAUCUCAACUACUGUUUAAAAACAAACUAUAGGAUUUGGAUUAAACUGAUUAUUAAUCUUGGCCAUUUAUUGGGACUGUUAUUUGUCAUUUGGCCUAUUAUCUGCAUCAGCUUUUUAUGUUACAGAUUGUCCUUAAAAUCAUUAAAUCAAAAAGUACUCUUCAUUUGUUUGGCUCUGUUGCAGGUGUGUCUUUCCUUCUGGGUCUGUUUUCACUCUCAUUUCUGUCUCAUUUCAUGCCCCUCCCACAACAUUAUCUUAUUGGAUAAAUAUCUCAUGACUGUGCAAGAGAUCGGUCAGAUGAAAUGUAAACGCAAAGGUUUGAGAGACAUACCUAAACCUAAAAAACAAAACAGGAUUCAACUUCAUUUAUUAGGUCAGAGCACCAUCAUGGCAAACGUUUCAAGCAACAGUCUGUCAGCUUUGGCAGUGGCUGAUGACUGGGAGCAGGUCUGGCAUCAUGUUUUAAACCCUCUUUCAGUUGCUGAUUGUUUGUAGCUCAGUUCUCCUGCUGCCAGGGUGAAGGGUUCAGAUUUCCACUGGGCCGAACCAUGCUGAAAAUACAAGCACUCACUGUAGUGUAGGGGAUAAAAGCGUCCGCUAAAUGGCACAUGUUUGACUUGUACAGUAGGAGUCCUGUUCUCUGAGCCUGCUGCAGCUCGGCCUCUGUGUCCACAGCAGCAUGUAGAGGUUUCUUCAGGCUCCCUCUGGCCUGGACCACUGUCAACUCUGCAAAUCAGGGAAGCUUUUUGAAUGAAGUUUAGUGGAGAUGGUGCUGUGGAUAAUUCUUGUGUACAAACCUACAACAGAUUCCCAAGAGAUCACUUAGAUAUGUGUGGUACAUAUGAAAUGUGGUGUAAAAAUCCCUUUUUUAGCUUGUGAUUGAUUGACAAAUCUGUAAAAGAAUGAAUAAAUAAAAACUGUCUGUGACCCUCAAAACAUCUUUAUGAUGAAUUUGAUUAAAAUAAUGGAUUUUUUUUUGUCAGAUCAGCAUUUUUUUCUGUUGACUAGUAUUUUUGAAUGUGUUUUUCACACGAUUAUAAGACACUGAAAUAUAUAAAGGCAACUUUUUUUGCGUAAUAUUCAAAAAAGUCUUUUUUUUUGGAAAUCCACAAUUUUUAGUGACUUAAGCUAUAACACGGUAAAAAAAAAGUUGAGGUUAUGCAAAAUGAAAAAAAUAUUUUGACAUUUAAUUGAAGGUUCAAGUCAGCUGUCUUUUCAUUCAAAGAAAUUUUCAAACAUAUAUUACAUUUUAUAAUAAUAUUUAAGGUAUGGAGACUAUUUGCUGUCAGGGAUUACUGUUGGUCACAGUUUCUAGAUUGCUCUGCUCCCUCUGAGCAGUGAAAAAUACUAAAAUUCAACAUGUAGGGGUGCAGGUGUCUCAAAAUGCUCAGGACUUACCCACCAUUUUAACUUUGUUUAACCCAGUGUAGAACCAGUGAGCUGUUACAUGCCUGACCCAUGUCUUCUUCAAACAUUAGCACUUCAUUGGCUUGAAGUCUCCCCUAGUUAAGAGUGUCAACUGAACACCGGCGACAGCAUGGCUUAGUUUACAGUCCUGGCCUUUUGAGUGCUGUUAUCCCCAUCAGCUUGCUUGUAGCUGGGGAUAAACUCUAAUCCUGACUAAGCUACUAGGGUGCACCUCCUUCUUUUAGGGGGUGAAGUUAAAUGUUUCCCCCAAGUGCAGCUCAGAGUGAGUUCAACUUGCAGGAAUUGCUGAACUUUUGCAAAGCUAAAUAUACUGGACCCAUCCCAUUUGAUUCAGUGCACCUGCACUGACACUGGUUUAAACUGAAACCUCUCACCUAUUGGUCCACUAUAUAAGAAACAGCCAGAAGACUAGCUGCUGCAUUGAGAGAGCUGCACCACUUUUCCUACACUCAAAAAGGUCUCUCUAGUUCUCUCAUGAUUGUAAUGCUACUGUUUUCCCCAUCUUUACAUGCAGCCUCAGAGCUUAAAACAUAGAGUUCAUGACCUCCUUUGAGAGGGAGGUUAUAAAGGCUUUCUAGGAACGUAUUUACUUUGAAUUGAAAAUAAUGAAGAUAAACUGGAGAAUCAUAAAAACAAAAGCAAAUAAGUGCCUGAUACCAAAGGUUAAUUACUAAGAAUAUCACUCAAACUUUAUCAGCUGCGGUUAAGGUGACUACAUGCAUGCAUUUAAAGUUAUAUGCACAGUAAUUUCAUCAUUUUUUACUUGAGUUUAAUUUGAUCAAAUCAAACUUACUUUGAUAAAUAAGCAGCCAUUCUUCUAUGCACUUCUAAAAGCAAACGGAAAUGUAAGAUAGUUGUAAACUUGUUUUUUUAACUCUCACAUUCACUUUCAUACUGUGCACCCUCUUUGUAAUGGACUUUUUGUGUGAUCAGGGAUAUAAUCACUUAUUCAACCAGCUUCUAAGCAACUUAUGUAACGUGGGGAAAGCCUAAUCUUCAGUCAACGAACCUUAAGCGUCACAACUGUUGUGAAACUUUUCAGACUUGGAUGACAAACUCAAAGACGAUAGUUUUUUUUUAAAAAGUGAUUCCAACCAUGGUAUUCCUGCUGGCCCACCUGAUCAAUCAUCAGUUCACCUCUGAUUUGUGGUCUUAGUUUGUGAAUGAGCGAAUAGUUAUUGCACCAUUGGGCUUUGUGUGAACAAGAUCCCGCAGAGGAAAUUAGGGCUUAAUCUAAUAACUAAAUUCCUCUUCAAAUCUUCUUUUAAAAAGGACUUAAUAUUAUCGCAUUUGUACAUUUUUAAGGGGUUAGCUCACGAUCCUGCACUGUUGUGCACGUUGGUCUUGCAUUUUCACAUUGAUUGGUCACAUGGACAGUUGUAGCACAUAACCCUGUUCUUAAAAUGCGAUCCGCUGUUGCAUAAUCACUUGAGCAAAGGUCUGUGUUUGGUCUUUUCUGCAGGAUUCUUCUAGAUUCUGGAGAAAGUAUUAAUAUUACAGAAUUAUUAUCUUAGAAAUAUGAUGCCAAAAAUAGCUCUAUUUCAUGACAUAAUAUCCAUCAGUUCAUGAGUACUCAGGUGUUAUGACUUAGAGCUGGAUAUCAAACACUUGGACCUCAUUUUAUGUCAUGGACAGUGAUUUGUGAUGUGUUGCGUUCAGCAGAAAUACAUUACAAUGCAUAUUUAGUCAUGGUCUUGUUCUAAAACAACAUCUGCAUCCUCCCUAAAGGAUUUCUGAAAUGCAGCCAUCCUUGGUUGGUUGAUACUGUGUUGGUCCCAGGGGUCUUUCCUAAAAUCCCUCGGCCCCUGUGGAGAGGCACAAUGGCAGGAUUCCUGUGCAUUUAGAGUAAAGAAAGCUGGCUCCAGUACUUCCUUUCCUGAAGGGGAGGUCGCUCUUAACUUGGACUGACAGACACCCAUGUUUUCAGGAGUGAUAGAGGAAAAUAUCGGAGAACACAAUCUCCCAGUUGUAUACUUAAGAGAUUGAGUCUAUUCUGAGACAUGGGGACUCAAAGCAAGUUCAGUGAAGUUUUAUCUAAAGUUACCAGUCUCUUAUCUCAUCCUUAGAAAUCACACAGCUUAAAAAGAAUUCAUAUUAAAUUACUCACACUCUUCUCUUCAAGACUUUUGUUUUAUAAAUCUGAAUGGAUUGAUCCGAUCUGAUUGUUUCACAGUUUGGCCUUUUCAGUUAGCUAGCCAGGGAAUGUCUAUUUAAGUUAGUUAUUUUCACCUUUAUGCUCCAUGUUUCAGAUCAUCACUGCAUGCUCACUGUCCUGAUGUGUUUGUAUUUUAGGAAUGACAGUAGGCUGCUCAAAUGAAGAUGUAAUGGAAACUAGGGCUGGGCGAUAAACCGAAAAUUUCCCGAUGCCAAAAAUUUACAACAAUAAAUUUUGGAUGUGUGUUUUGGAUGUGUGUAGGUAGGCUAUGAUUUCAUGUCCCUUUAAGACGUUGUCCUACGUCGUCCUACCCCCGCUUCAAAAGUUGUAACAGCUGAAGUAGAUGAAGUUAAUAUGGGAGGGGGUGAGCAGCUUGUGGAGUAGUUAUCAUCCAUUUAUCGUAAUCGAGGUGAACCGCUCAAUGUAUCGUGAUAUUGACUUGAGGCCAUAUCACCCAGCCCUAAUGGAAACUAAGUUGUUUAGUUGCCUGUAAAGGUUAUGUUACAACACGAGUUGAACUGCUGGCUAAGACAUGUCUGAAACAUGCAACAGUUGUGAGAGCAGAAGCCAUUGUACACACACUGAUUAGCCUCUGUUGUGCUGCUCUGUUGACACAGUUCACCACUGAAGCUCCUGAUUAGUUUAACUUCCCUGAGCGCAGAGCUUUGUGAUGAGGAGAGGGGGAGCUUGUCUGAACACGUAACCAAAGAUGAGCAGAAUCUUAUCAUGGUAGAAGCGUAGAGGGGUCUUGGUUUGCUUGUUUUGGCUUGUAUACAGGCCUCCUCUUAAAAUGACAACAUGAAGAUGAAUCCAGUUCUUAUCAUCAGUCUUGUAUUUACUCAGAUUCAGAGUCUGUUGCCUGGAUACUGUACAGAGCGGGGUGCACUUCAUCGGCAUACUGCUAAAUCUUUAUAUUACUCAGUCUACUAGAAAACAACACUUGAGUUACACUCGACUAAUCGUACAAAAAGGAAAAAAAAAACUCCUGGCUUGAAGCUUAACCCUUGUUUCGAGGAGAUUGAUAUUAGCUGGGGACAUGUAGAGACUUAAAAUAAUUGCAGGAACUGUCAGUGAUACUAAUCUGGUACCGACAGUAAUUGGGUGAUGACAGGAGGUCUCGUGGUAAUACUCAUGAUUAUACCAAUCCACACAAACUUCCAGAAACACAAGUUGUGUUUUGACCUUGAAGGUGUUCAAAGGAUGUUUCAGUUACAAAGAAAAUAUCAUUGAUGAAUAAAAGUACACAAUGAGAAUCAAGGAGAAUUUUCCCUGUGUUAAUAUGGGUGCCCAAAAAUAUUAAGAUAUAUCACCCAUGUUUUGUAUGUAUUGUGAUACUGUGUGAAUUCUCCAAGCAUUUUUUGCAAACCAAUGACAGUUCAUGUUGCAAUGUUACAGAUUGUCUCUCAUUACUAAAUCCAAAGGAACUUAACUUUUGCCUUUUAGCUCUGGCACGACUUUCAGCUCCGCAACAAAAAACACACACACACAACAAAAAAAAGUUUUCUGUGGAUGUGUGUGUGGGACACGAUGGCUGAUAAAUUCCAGGUGGACCCUCUCCCCAGUCCAAGUGUCCUUAAAAUCUGGCUGAUCCACACCGGGGCUCUGGCGUCAAGAUGCCCGUCCCCGCAGGUUAAAUUGGGGCGUCUGUCUGUCUGCUGUCUGUGUGUCUGACUGUAGUUCCUAGUUUGGCCAGGGGCUGGAUGUUGCUCCUGGCUUCAUGGAGUCUUUGACAGGCAGGAUAUUGGAGACUAGUGGAGGCCCCUGGAAAAGCCCUGCUGCUUAGGAAGCUUAGCUCAGAGAGCCGGUGUCGACACCGAGGCCCUUUGUUUCUGAUCUUGCAGAGCUGUGGGGGGUUGUCAUUUGAAUUCUGGUUAAUAUGGAAUGUGUGAUGAGGUAAUAUACUCCUCCCGUGUCCUGCACGUGUUUGUCGGUGUGUGAAAAUGGUCGAGUUUUGAUGAACAGAGAUGUAUACUAGCUAUUUGAAAGUCUCCCUUAAACUGCUUUUAACGAGUUGGAUGGAAUUCUUACCUGCUCUCUUUCCAGACCUUUAAUUUCUGCACCUUAUUCAGUCUUAGAUUUCUUUUCAGUCCUUCAGGAGUUUCUUUUUUGUGUGUGUUUUUAUCGACUCUUCCACUUCUUGCAUCUUGUGUCAUUAAAAUGAAAAUCAGUACCGAGAUGGAUGGGUUUGUAAAAUUGAAAUUUGGAACAGGAUAAUGGAGAAAUUGAAGAGGUGCAUCCUGCAGUGUGGACUGAUUAAGUGUGUUGGAAGAAUCAUUACCUCUCUCACACAUCAGUAGAAGUUGUUAGAUGACAAUUCAGUGACAGCCCUGUGUGUCCAUAACCUAUCAGCAUCACCAACAGGCACUAAGCUAAUGCAUCAUGUAGAUUUACAGUUAAGAGUUAGUUCUACCAGCACCAAAAAUCAAAACAGACCAUUUAUACACCGGUCUCACUGACGGGUAGGGCUGGGCGAUAUGACCUCAAAUCAAUAUCACUAUAUAUUGAGCAGUUCACCGCGAUAACGAUAAAUGAACGAUAACUACUCCAAAAGCUGCCCACCCCAUCCCACAUUAACUUCGUCUACUUCUAGAGACAGCAAUUCUUUUAAAGGAGACAGAUAAUUUAAUAUUUUUAUCCCGUUAUUGCACCUCUGAAAAAACGUAAAUUAGUGUUUUUUUUUUUUAAUGUUUUAAGUUUCAGCACAUAUUUUUCUACCUAAUAUUAAUGAGAGGCCUGAAUUCUUUCUACAGGAUUGUGUUUCGUUGCAACAUAACUAACUGACAUUAUUCAAACCGGUGACAAACUAAAUUUAAGAGUCUGAAACUGCUUCAGCUCCUCUCCUGUCCCUACCCGCUCUCACAUGUUGGUGUAUUUAAUGCUAAAUGACUUGGCAGGCAAGUCCCAUGUGUCAGCAUUAGGCCUGGACGAUAUAGAAAAAAAGCAUAUCGAUAAAAAAUAAAUCAUAUUGAUCGAUAUCGAUAAUUAUCGAUAUAAUUAUUAUAAUUUUUUAACAUAUAUUUUAAUUGCAGCCCUGGAUGUUUUAUGCUAUUGCUUAAUGACCUACUUUUAAUAAAGAACACACAAGCACUGAAUUCAAAUUCAAACCUUUAUUCAACCACCUUUUUUAUUUUACCACAACUGAAAGUUUUUUAAAAAAGAACUAAAAAAAAAAAAAAGAAAUCAACUUAAGUGGCCUGAGUGACGUCAGUAAAUACUGACAAACAUAAAGACUAAAGUGACCAGAAAAUCUGAUAAAUAAAUAUUUAAAUAGUCUUUUGAUGAAAAUAAACAAAACAAACAAAUAUAUAAAUAAACAGAAUAGCUUUAGGUGGGAAUAGCAUACUACCAGUUUUAACUGUGUGGGAAACUGCCCACAGCCUGGUGCCCACAGCCUGGUGUCUGAACACUGAAAUAUAAAAAAUAUUUAUUUUUUUUAAUUAUCAUGUGAUUGACUUAAUACACAAACUAAGCACGAGAAGCAGGACUUAUCCACGCCGGUGUUGUGUCGUAGAAUGCACCCCUGCCGAAUGCACCCCCUGCUAGUAGCCAUGAUCCAAAUACUCGCGUCUUUGUAAAAUAUGAGCUCAUUUGAACGUAUUUCCUCCGCACCCUUCUCACCUUUUCAACCCCUGACCCAUUUUCAUGCCUGAAGCGCUGUGUUUGAGAAAUACUUGCGGCCGGGCACUUCAUAUCGCGGGUCGAGAGUGGCUAGAAGCUGGUCGAAGCCAGGCUUUUCAGCGGUAGUUAUUGGUAGUAUGUCCCUCGCUAUGGAGCAUGUUACUGCAUGGGUGAUGUCCUUAUGCCGCUUGGACGCUUUGUCGAAUUUUUGGCAAGAAACGAAGUCCAGUUUGGUCUGCUUCACUUGCUUUGUGCUGGUGCUGGCAGCGGUUCCAGAGGAUUCCUCCGACGACGACGUGGAGCCGCGGCGCGGCCGACACAGCUCGUACUCCUGCGGGUGCGAUCGGUUUAGAUGGUAAAACAAGUUGGUUGUGUUACCAGACUUGGUUUUUACUAAUUCUCUGCAAAUUUUGCAAACGACCGCUGUUCGCUUUUUGUCAGACUUCUAAAAACCAAAACAUUGCCAUGCUGGUGAACUACUGAAACCUUUUUUCGGGACAAUGUCUUCCGCUUCUCCUUGCUGUAUCAUUUUUUCUAAUACACGUGCUGUCUGUUGUGGUUUGAUAGGGGCUGGGCUUGGUGCCGUAGCGUACCUGGGUCUGCGUUUGUGAUUGGUUGGGAGGAAGUAAUGACUGUAGUAAAAGCUACAUGAUAGGCUAUGAUAAAAAGAGAAAGGGAAACUGUGUUUUUCUAUCGAACUAUUUAUCGACCCGUUUAUUUUCUAUCGCACCACACGUCUAUCGAUCGAUAUAUAUUGUUAUCGAAUUAUCGUCCAGCACUAGUCAGCAUCACCUUGCAGAUAAAACAGGACAAAGUAAUCAACUUCAACCUGCCUCUCACCCUCCACCCUUUUCCACAUGCAACCCCAGUCAGCGUGUCCAUUGUCCUUUUAUCGUAGAGCCCCUCCUGUUCUGCUUUAUCCAACAACAGCCAAGCCAUCCUCACACCAAAUACUCUUUCUUUUCCCCUCACGUGGGCCGAAGGCGCUGCAAAACCUGGAAGAGAAUCAGCUAAAGACACGGGAGGGGAUGGGGAUGGAAGUGAGUAGCAGCAUUGGGGGCCAGGAGUGGGGUUAAUCCACAACCCAAACAUUGUUCCAUCAUCUAAUCAGGGUGGAAAUGGGACGGACUGGCUGGAAUACUAACAUUAGCUUAGGGCCAGGCCAUUUUAGAUGCAGGAAAUUUGGCUUGUUUAAUCAGAAGGGCUUAUCAAGAGCUGAGGGGAACGGGAGGCAUGGAGAAGGAGACUGGGCGUUGGAAUCCAGACUGUUUAAGCUUUUAGGAAAACAAAUGUGGAAGUGGGCAGUCUUGUCUGUCUGUAUGCCAAAUUUAAGGUUUCAAUGCAAAGCAAAAUACCUAUUUUUUGGUCGUCUACUCAGGCAUGUUUUAUUUCAUCUAUAAAAAGCUUCAUUUUUAUUUUAUUUUUGAUUUGAGAGAGUUGAAAAACAUCUUGUGCUCUGCUGUGGUGCUUGUGAAGGAUUGUUAAUGCCCAUGUGUCACACUGAAGUGUUUGACUGCUCUGCUGAAGCGAGAUGCAAAAGUUGAAAAGCCAACUCUGAAACUUCUAACUCUUCAGGUUCCCUGCAUGUCUUUGGGAAUUACUGUCCCAGAGUGUUUAGUUCAACAUGACAGCCUCUGCCUUUUGUGAGUUACAGUGUGCAUGGUCUGCACAUUUUCCUGUAAUCAUGAGCAGAUGACGGGCUGUUUGGCUUUCAGGUAUGUUUGUCUGCAGGGGUUGAUAAGAUGAAACGGUUGGUAUUUAACUGGAAAUAAGCCGAAGUGUUAUCUUGAUCAGUGUUAUGACAGCUUAUACUUUCCAAGAACAGAACAUAUACUAGAUCAGCCAUGAAGACAUGAAACACUGGAGACAAAUACAAAUACACUUUAAUCUAGGGCUGGGCGAUAUGGGGAAAAGUUUAUCACAAUUAAUUUUUUCCAUAUCUGUCAAUAUGGAUACACACAGUAUAAAAAAAAUCACUUAUCACAACCUUAAAUGUUCUUUGUUUCUCUUAAAUGAAAUUUAACAGUGCUUAUUGGCAGCAUGUCUUUUGCAAUACAAUAAGAUACUGCAUCUGUGAGGUCUUUGUGGGCUCCUUCCCCCGCUCAGGGUUUGUAACCCUUUGCGUUGUACAUGCUCUGCUGUGUGUCACAGCGUCAGGUGGUGAAAAAGAUUUGAGGAAUUCCCCGACUUUGUGAGAACAUGUACUCAACAUAAUUUGCAGUGCACAUUACUCUGCUUCAUGUCUGACCCUCAAAAGACCAAAAUACCUCCUCACCACCAAUGUUUUCGUGAUGUCAUCAUCUGUUAAACCGUUAUUUGCAUUUCUGCCGGGGGGUAACACUAAUUUUCUGUUUUUCUCACUGACAGUGCCGCCAGUUUCAUGUGUUAAAGUGCUGUGGUUGCAUGUAGCUGCAGUCUGAUACUACGUAGUUUUUUGCUACUUUGUUCUUAUUCAGCACGAUUGGUUCAGCACGAAGCGGACCCGGAGCAACUCUCCUUUUCAUUGGCUGUUCAUAUAGUCUACCAAAACAUGGCAGAACACCGACUAUUGAAAAGCAUAUUGACCAUGUUUUAUGUUUGAUACUGAGGGAAAUUAAUUUUCCAUAUAUAUCGUUACUGUUUUUGUCGCCCAGCCGUACUUCAACCUUGAGAACACAUCACUGAUGAAGCUUUCAAGUUAAGAAAUGUGUGUACCUUGAGUUUUAGGACUGUUUUCUGUUCACUAAAAAUAAAAUCUGAUUUUUUUUUCCCUCUCAUAAGUUUUAUAAUUAAUUUUGAUAAUGCCUGUUUUGCAAAACUAGAACAUGCCAGAGGAAUAGAUGUACAUUGAAGCCUCCGUUUGGGUCACAUCUGCAUAAAUUAUUGUUUAUAAAAGAGACAUUGACUGCCACCCAGUGACUGACUCAUUGUAGUAGGACAGUAGGAGACACACUCUGUGAUAGACCAGGUUUUAUAAACAGAAAGCAAACUUCAUCUUGAUCCUGUGGAAAUUCAAUAUUUUUUCUCAUCACAGAUGAAUCUCUUUGAAUCAAAGAGACUUGCUUAUGCUAACAUAGGCUAUCAGGGUGGUGCUAAACUGGAAGGAAAGGGAAUGCUCAAUGAUCGGAGUGGGGUAAAGCCCUGCAUGAUAAUAAACAGCAUAUUUUGAAUGAGUCUGGCAACCAGCACUUUGAUAUGUAAUCUUCAAAGUAACAUGAGAGAGAGCAGCUCAAAGGGAUGGCAUUAUCUGUGCCUGAACACAGGUGUACCAAAGGAUAAAACUGCACUGCAGAGUAAUGGUUUCUGAAGGCUUCACUGGUGUUCUAUUUUCAUAUUGGCUCCAUGUUGCUCAUUUUUUCUGUGAUGACAUACUGUAACCCAGCCAAGAAAAUUCAGCCACAUAUGGAGCAAGCGUCCAGGUGGUCUCCAGAUUUACAGUGUGAAUACAAGCAGCAGACAGACAUUCAUUUACAGCUCAUCAUUUGACCAUGACAGCAGGCCAGUCUCCAGAGAUGAAGGUGUGACAUUGAAAACAGCUCUGAUGUGGGGAAAGGCUGGUUCAGCUGACAGAUCAUUAGUCCCAAGGGUGCUUUUAUUUUCCACUUUCUAAUUUAGCAGGUUAUUUUUCUGCGGUUUUCAAUCAGUCAAAAUGUUGGUGACAUUGUAGUGCACUUAGUACACUCACUUUGUAGUAGGACUGGGUGAUAUGGCCUCAAAUCAAUAUCGAUAUAUUGAUAAUAUACAAUAUAUUGAUCAGUUCACCUCGGUAAUGAUAAAUGGAGGAUAACUACUCCACAAGCUGCUCACCCCUUCCCACAUUAACUUUGUCUACUUCGCCUAUCUGACUUUCCGAGUUGGAAAUCCGACUUUAGGGGGGUGUUCCAGAUGAAUUUCCGACUCAGAGCUUGAAAAUUCUGACUUUGGAGUACAAGUGGAACGCAGCAUUAGUUCCAUCACCUGCCUGUUUAUCCUCUGUUCAUCACCAGCCUGGUGUCAUAUUGUAGUUUGCAGCCCUGGUCAGAUAAAACAAGUGCACUUUGCUGAGUUGGAGAAACUCAUGAAUAAUCAGGGGUUGUGAAGUUUCCCACACCCCAAAAGAGUUUAUUUGUGUUUUAAAUACAUACAAAUUUCAUGUGAUAGGAAGCUGAGUUGAUUUGUGUAUCUGCCCAUUCUUUCAGAAGUACUGCUGUAACAGUUAAAAGUGUAAACUUGUCAAACAUCUGGUUAUCUGUUACUGUACUGCACAUGUUCCUGAAGCAAUGGAAGGUUGAAUAAUGGACUGAAGUUCUUCUGAUAAGAUGCACAGUUUUUUUUCCCUCUUCCUGUAGACCAGCACAUUUAUUUAUGCCUUCCUUUCCUCUCUAUUGUGUGCUCUCUGACUACAAAUCAGCAUAAAUCAUGGCUGUUGCCUGCAGUGUGUGGUUGGCACAUAUGCUGAAUGGUAAACUUGCGGUUGUCUAGCACAAAGGUCUUUCAUAACAUCCUUUCCUGCUCAAAAUGUUUCACAUAUUGUUUGCGUUAUUUUCUACAUUUGAUCAUUUCGUUGUUGACGCUUUUGCUUUAAUGUGUGAUCCUUAAUUCUGACAGGGAUCAUUUUUCUUGCUUCUCAGGGUGGUCUUUCAAGAUGUAAGUCAUUAAAAAUUGUACAUUAUUAAAUAUCUUUUACAGCAAAUCAAGCCUAAAUUGUGUGCAGUCAUCAAAUCAGUCUAUAAAUCUUUCUCAGAAGCUGCGGUCCAGCUCUGGGAUUGGACAGUUGCGGUCCAGUGCUGAUUUCGCUGUAUAAUACUGGACCAAUUAUGCUCUAUUAACUGUCAUUACCUGUGAUGAUCCCUGUAUUAUAGUACUCGCUUGUUCGUUGUCUCUGGCCUGUGCAGUUGCUCCGCUGUGGCUCCAGUCAGACUAGAUUGAUGUAGCGUCUUUUCUCGAGCGGCGUAUCUCAGUUCCUGCUGAAAAGACAAAAGGAGGUGCUUAUUAUCAAAAGUCAAACUUCGCUUGAAUUUGUUUUUGUUUCUUUAUGUUGAUUUCUUUUCUGAUCAUUGCUAUUGAUUCCUACCACUGCAAAAACUCCUCAGCUUGCGUCACUCUCUUCAGACCGGUCUGACAUGCUGAUGGUGUGGAUCUGCAACUGAUUGCUGUGAUUUGGUGAUCUGCCAUGCAGGAUUUAAAGGCAUGCUCCAAAAUUAGCCCAAAUCUUAUAAAACCUCUUGGAAUUCAAGGAUAGGACCUCCUGAUGCUAAAAUUAGGCAAAGAGGAAAAGGAUACACAAGCUGUUCUGUUUUCCAGGCACUAAAUUGGCCUCAGAUACAUCGAUCAUCUCUGUCUACUUUUCAUAAGCCGUGAUGAGAAUCAUACAGUAUGUUACUGUAAAUGUGUAGCUGUGCUUUGUGUGCUCCAUACCAUUACAGUCCAAAUGUUUAUAUAGAGAUACAGUUUAAGCUAAGGAUCGAAACUGUCAACAGAGAAUAUCAUCAAGUAACAGUCAGGCUUGAAACGCCGAGCAUUACCUGAUCCUGAUCAUACACAAGAUGAUGGUCACAACUAGGCUAGUUUUACCAGCUAAAUUACCAUGGCAAAAUAAUAGGGCUGAAACGGUUCCUCAAGGAAUUUUCUCUGCCUUUGGUACUCGUUUAUAAGCUCAAAUUGUCACUGUUUCGUACAAAUCAUUUUCAAGGUGACACAACCUGCUUACGUCACCACAGUAGGAGCAGGAGUGAGCGAGGUUUUGCUUUUGCGGAGUGGAAAAAAUUUUUCUUCUGCAGAGCUCCAGUAGCUUAUUAGCAAUUCGCCUCUGAGUCGUAGGCGGAGACAGCGCCGCUCGGCUCACUCCUCUUCAAGCUAGCUUGCAGCCUAACAUUGCCGGCGUAGUAGCAGAAGCAGGUAACAUAGGAGCUAUUCAGCUCUCAGACACCAAUGUCUUCAGGGACAUGAUAAAAGUUAAUAUCAUAAUUAGCUUUCUUACGAGCAUUGCAAUCUGCUAACACACGCGCUUGUUCAGCGUUCCUUGUUUCCAAAACAGGAAAACAGUUAAUUGUUCAUUUUUAAGUUAAAUGUCUUAUUUUCUCUUAAAUUAAUAAUUGCACUUUAACUAAAAAAAUGAUGUCUUAUCCGAUUACUCGAUUAAUCUGUGGAAUAUUCGGUAGAAUACUCGAUUACUAAAAUAUUCGUUAGCUGCAGCCCUACAAAAUAACCAGGUGUCUUUGUGACACUGAAAACUCAGGUGUUAAAAUCAACAGAUCCAGUUUUUCCUUCGAAUGUUCUUCCAAAAAAACCCCAGCCUUUUAUUUAUUCCCUUUUACCACAUUCGGACUAACUGCUGACUGUACGCUAACAUUCAUGAUGUCAUGCAUAUCCACCAGAGAUUAAACAUUUACUUACGGAGAGGAGUUUGGACUCACAGGCACACACAUAAACAGAGCCAACUCACAGAGAAAUGGAAGCUGUUUUUUUUUUUCUUAGCAAAACUGAAAAUAGAUAAAUAAAUAAAUAAACACAACUCACAAGCAGGCAACCCACACGCCUGUUUACAACACUGUACAUUGUAAACAAGCAGGUAAUUAGCUGUGGAUGCUGUACUGAGCAGUGCAGCGUUGUAGUGAGAGUUGUGGUGUCCCUAGCUGACAAAUGAUUGUUUGUAUUUCAGCUCCGGUUGCUGUGUCACCCUUUUAAUGCCAACUUUUGCCUCACUGCUAAUGCUAAUGCAUGUUAGAACUGUUCUUGUAUUCAUCCUGUAUUGUGAUACUAUCCCACUGCUGUAUAAAUCAUAGUCAUUCAGUCCACCAGCAUGCCAGCACAGUGAGCACAGAGCAGACUGUCCAUGGUCACAAAAGAGGAUUCCCUGCUGUGGUGGCAGCUUGUGAAAAGGUCCAGAUGAUUGACUGCAGGCAGAUACCACUCUUGGCCUUUGGCUGAACUUGUUAAAGCUCAGAGUGGAGGGGACCCCCAGCCAGAUGGUCCCCUCCUCAAAAGAAGAGUUAGAUGUUACCAAUUUCUACACAGUUGUUUGACUUUGGGACAUUUUAUUCGAUCAAAUCCUUUCCUCCCAAACCACAGCAACAAAUUUUAUCUUUUCCAUCAAGGCCUAAACUUUGACUCAGUCGUGAACUGGAUGAUACAGUUCUCUAAUACUAAGUAAAUGAACUGAUUUUGACUUCAACAGCCACUAGACUACACACGUCCUGCAUCAGUAGUUGUUUGUUUUUCAGAUUGUAGAGUUUGCCUAACUAGAUGUCUGUGCCCGGUUGUUUUUGUACUGUUAAUCAGCACAUGGAGCAUUUACAGGUUAAGCUCUUGCCAAAUUGAAUUAACUAGAUAAAAGGUUAAAGGUCAGAAGACGUGUUUAUACGUGUUCUUGGAUCUAGACACAGUGUCGGAUUCAGUGAGGAUUACGCAACACACUUAAGACGACAUCCUGUAACGCUGUGAAUGCCUUUGACUACAAAGCAGGGGUGUGACUAUAAAGUAAAGCAGGCGUGUAGGUCAGGAGCACAUGUCUCUGUUUAUGUUUCACCAGCCCUUGAGCUCACAGCUGUCAAGUCUGAUCGCACUUCACCUCAGGGCCUUGAAGUAAGUGGUGUUUUACUUUUCCAAGUCACGGAAACCAAGCUGUCUCAAGCCUUGAGUUAUUGGUCAUUAAUUUAGGACAGGUAGCUGUCCGGUGAGAGGCCUCUGAGAUAACUGCAGCGCCGCGAUAGAUCUGUUUUCAUUGGAUGGCCUUCAGGGUGGAUGGAUUGCAGCAAGCUAGUUCAGACAGAGAGAUAAAGAAGAAGUACGUGAUCGUAGAUUUAUCUCGUUUGACAGAAAGUUCUUGAUUCGGCUGUUGUGUUUGAUGAAUUUGCAGCAUCAGUUUUUCUUCCUGUCAUUCCAAAAAAUAAGGUGUUGUUGUUUCGCUAAAAUAUCUGUGAUUCACUGCCAGACAUAAUAUAAGGGAGUCUUUUCUCAUUACAAUGUUGAUUUAUUUCCCAAAAUAUGAAAAGCAAUGUCCUUUCUCUUCAUCAAAGCAUAAAAUAGAUUUACACACCACUGCACCUGCAGGCAGAACGUUUUGGCGAAAGCUGAAUUUGCCUUUGCAAAAGUCCAUUCAUGCAUUUCUAAACUAACAAAGUUGUGCUGUCUUUGUGUUGAGCAAAGUAACGCAGGGCAACUGCUUUGAACAUGAAUCCAUGAGCAUGACUUUGGUUUGCACAUGAAGGCUUUCCAAAAGGGAAGGAAAUGAAAAGGGCAAAAAAAAAGGCUUACCAUGAUUGUUUGAUUGUUUGAGAAACAAUGAAGGCAACAUUCCUCUGAAAAUAACAGAGGCGACACAUUCCUCCUCUUAAUUGAGACGCCUCACAUGACCCCGGUCAGAGACGCUUUCAAAACACUCCUGAGAUCCAGCAGUUUCCAGCGAGCAUCUUUCACUUGUUUGUUUUGAGUCCAAAGAUGGAAUGACUUUUUUGAGAAAGAAUCGCAAAUCACAAAGUUUAAGAACAUUUUCACCAAGCUAUCUCUUAGUUUACCACGAUUUUGACAGAAUAUAGUGAUGUUAUUUAGAUUUUCAAAAUCCUACACACAGCAUCGUCUAAUAGCUCAGCUUCCCUGCAUGAUCCCGUCUUAUGUAACCCACAAACAUGAACAAACAUGUGGUCAUGCAUAGCAGUGUAGAGCUGUACUCUGCUAGUCAGUUUGUUGGAUAUAUAACUAAUUACCUACUCAGCCACAGCACAUUAAACAGCAUGUAAGCCUAUUUGGAAACGUCCCCUAGGUUUUAUGAGAUUCCAGUGUUUGACUCUGUUUAUAAGACACUGACUUUAUUUUUACUACGAAAAGGAUUAUUCGGUUUAAUUAUAUUCAGAUUCUUUUUGUUCUACAAAACCAUCAUUUUUUAUCAUGUUGCGUAAGACUGUUUCCCUCUGUUUGUUGUGUUUUUGUGAACAGGAAUUGUAGUCCAUGAGGUUGGGUGGUCGUCUGCAUGAAAUUUAUAACUUCCUUAACUAGAUCAGAUGCAGAUGGGGUUUCUGAUAUUGCAUUUAACAGCCACUUUUAAGCGACAUUUAAUGUUUUUCUGCCUAACAUGCCUCUAACCUGCAGUAAGCAACACUUCCAUGCCAAAGGAAAAUAGCACUUAAACUUUUACUGCUGUGUUACAGUAGCUGUAACUCAGGGGGUGUUUUACUAGCCAGGAAGGUUAUGCUUUCCACCCAGACUCCGAGCCCACCGGCAGACCUUCUCAUUAUGCUUUCCGUUGCAGUCUGGUAUGUCUAGUUCACGUUUUUGUAACCUCUUCAUGAAACAUAUAGUAAGGGAAAAAAAUGUGCUUAUUGUUUGUUAAAUGUUGCCCAAAUGUGCAUUGUGUUAAAGUAAGUGUUCCCUUGGGUCUGUCUCAGAGUUCCUCGUACACUCCUCAGCUCAGGGCGACACUUAUGGGAGCAGCAGAUGUACAUGAAUCAAGGUCCUGAGCAGCUUUGCACUUACUGCCAGCUGAGCAGAGGAUAAUGAGAAAACCUGAAUCCCUGCAGUUUGCUGCAGUUCAGACCUUUACUGUAGCCAGGAGAGAAAUGUGUAAUUUAUAUUAAUGUGCAUGAACCCUUAGGGAUAGAGUAUUAAUUGACCUAACCUUUCAGACAUCAACUUAGAGUUUUAACCCCACCAGAGACCCAUUAAAUUAUUUUUGGGAGGAGGUUGCACGGAUUUUAAAAUACCUCUUCUGUCCCAGAUGAAAUAGUAUGAAUGAAUCAGCUCUAUGUUUCUAAUGUAUCUGUAAUUGAUAUCAGCUUUAUGCAACACAAUUCCUCAUUAAUCUGCAUGUGUAUAUUUCCCUCUGUUUUUAACUGCAGCAGAACUAGCAAGUGUUGAAGUGAAUUUUUAUUGAAGUGGUGAUAGUGUAAUCUGUCCUGAUGAAGGUGCUGCGACACUUUAAGGUCUCAGUGCACCUACGCUCUGGUAAGGUUAGUGUCGAGCUGACCCAGUUAUUAUACACACUGUUCUGUAACCCAGGACACAAGUUCUUUAAGGGACUCAGGAAUCUUCACGUCAAACGGUAAAAAGUGGAUUAAUUUUUAGCAAGCGGAGUACAGAUAAGCAUGUGACACGGUUGUUAAGAAGCUCCCAAAUCAAGGUCAUUUACCCAGCUGCAGAUAUAAAAGUAUCUAGGCCAUGUCAUCUUAAAUGAGAUUGGUACAUGAAAUCUUUGAACAAAACCAGGGAUUCAGCUCUCUAACAUGAAACACCAAGGACUUCUAUAGGUGCACAAUAUGACCUGCACUGUAUGCAAUGCAAGAGAGCAUUGUCCCAAAGGUAUGUACGCUGGGACACAAGUGCUAUGUACUGACAGGAACCUAGCUAUAAAAUACAUCUAAAAUACAAAGUUUAUGAUUGAAAAUGACAGAUUAUGUCCCAAUACUUGAAUUCAAAUGAAUAUCAAUAUUUUUAUUUUAUAAGAACACAAGGAUCUGCAAAGUCUUGACUAAGGCUGUAUAGUCCAGGUCGACUGGCCGACUUAUUGGUCGAUAUGUGCUGGGUCGACCUAAAUUCUCAUUGGUCGACUAGAUUUUUUACAUGUCAAUUUACAGUCAAUGGUAAAUUUCUUCAGGUGGAACGUACCAAGUGCUAAUGUGCUAAUGGGGGUGUUUUCAGAGCACUUCAGUUUCACAGGUAACAGCCUGUCUUAGAACACGCCCCCUUGUUUUCACAAUUUAGGAUUCACCCAACCCACUGGAGAUAGGAAGAUUGAAGAACGUCUACGUUAUUCAACGUCCGAUGGUUUGCUGAAUAUUCAAUUUUAUUUUGAGCCUUUCAACUUUUACAGCUCUCGUCUUGACAAAUCCUAAAACAUGACACACAAGGCAAGAUGGCAAAUGCAACAAGAGUGACAACUCUUCUUAAAAAACAACCUGAUGCCUGCAGGGUUUGUUUACAUGAUUCAACAGACCUGCAUAUCCAAAGGAAUCCCUGUAGACUGUGACUGUCACAUGUUAUGAGAUGUGGCAUUAACAUUAGGACACUCUGUUACUUUAAAGUUCAGGAAGUUAUUCAAUUAAUGUUCAAGACUACAGAAGUUUUCUGUAAGAUAUUUUAAAGUCAUUGAAAGGUUUCUCACCAUUAGAGGGAUCGAUGGUGUAUUCUCAUUGUAUUGAUUAAAAAGAUUACAUGUGUUUGAUUCACAUUUCUCGCAGCCUGAUCUGUAGAGUUAAUUAAUCUCAUUGAUUAAGUUGAACCUCAAUGAGCGGGUCCAAAGAGGUUUGUCUGGCCAAGUAACUUCAGUCUGCAGCACAAUGAGAAGAAAGGCUUUCUCUGUUAACUGAGGACAUGCAGUACAGCAACAUGAGGCUGUCUGUGUUAACAAACUUGUUUCACAAUCAGGUUACGCUGGCUUCAGAUGCCCUGAAAGAAUAGACAGCAUUUUAGGAAACAUGCUCACUACUUUUUGAUGGGACUGUGUUUUUUAGACUGUGUGAAAAUAGACUGUAUAUUGAAUGGUUAACAAACCUAUUUGCAACUUAUAAAGCCAAAUUUAACAUGCAAAUAUAACUUUUUUAGGUCUAAUCAAUAAUCAAUUUUUGUGAGGACUAGGGGCGGGACAAAAGAAUCGAUACAGCAUAGUAUUGCGAUAUUUUGUCCGCUGAUAUAUCAUAUCGUCUCAUUUACCAAGUAUCAAUUUUUCAAAUUAAUUGCUAAUAUGAAGUCAGAUCUAUGAUAAUGGAAAAAUAACAUCGGCUGUUUGUUCACUGAGGUUGGCAGAGGUGACAUCAUAGAGCAGGAGAAAGUUAGUGCAACAACAUGAAAAUACAUGAAAAUAAAAUACAGCAUAAAUAAGACAAACAUAAAGGAAAGCCAAAUGCUAAAUUAGCUAAACAGUUGAAAAUGUUGUAUAAAUCACAAUAACAUUGUAUCGUGGCCCAAGUAUCGUGAUAAUAUUGUAUCGUGGGGCCUCUAGUGAUUCCCACCCCUAAUGAAGACUGUGUUUUUUAGACUGUAUGAACAUAGACAGUAUAUAGAAUAGACGCCGUCUGCCUCCUUGCUAGGUGAAGCCACUCCGAGAACAGCACCUUCUUUUGGCGGGCUGCAGUAUAGGUCAUAAAUCCCACAGCCUCUGCCAGCAAAGCUCAUGGAGCUGUGGACAAACUUUAGAAAUUUAUUACACAGAACUUUUUUUAAGCUGCUUGCGAUGUUGACAUGCUGUUAUUGUAAGACUGGUUUGUGCCCAAGUCCUCUUUUUUUCUGUGAAGCUCCGUUUUUAAAAGUUAUUAGGGGGUUCAAGUUUUCUAUGAUUGACACGUAAUACAGCCUAUGGGCGUGCAAAGAUUGCGUAGCUCACCUGAGGGAUACGCUGUUUGGUUGGUUUUCAGAAAAUGGAGAAAAAAACGCGGAAUUACAGAGAGCUUUUCAGCUUCAAAUCCGUAUACAGGAAGAAGGCAGAACUAAGUUGUCCAUAGUUUAUACAGUCUUUUGUGUAUGAGUCAAAAGUCAGACUGACCAGCUCUGAUCAAGCCCUGCCCUCACAGUCUGAAAAGUGACUGUGAAGCUAAAAGUGAGCACUCAGGAGGUAAAACUCUUCUCCUUCUUUCUUCUGUUUGUUUGUUUUCUGAAGUGUAACUCGCUAGUAUCAAACUCAAUGAGGCCUAGAAAUGAGGCCUACUGUCGUCCUUUGCUGAGAUUCAGCAGCCCGCUGCUUUUGUAACUGGUCCAGGCUCCCAGACAAGCCAAGAAGCUGACACUAACACACACCCGGGCCAGACAACCUACAUCUCCACACUUUUUUUCCCCACAGCUGUGCAAAUAAAUGAGAAGGAAACUCUAACGAAAUUUAAUCUUGUAAUUGUUUUGGCUUCCAGACUAGCAGUCCGUCGGGGUCCCUUCCUUUCUUUUGCCAAAUACUGCCAGUUUGUGUGAGAGUAAAUUGAUUUUAAGUAAGUCUGGUUCUAAAAAAAGGCCUGCAACUAGAGAUAUUCUGGAAGGGGGUCUUUAUUUCACAGUUUGAACUUCAGCUGUUUAAGUAUGUUUUUCCUUUAGAGCUUUAAAUUCAUCCAGAAGGUGUCCUGUCAGCUUGGAUAACUAAGGUGUAAGAUUUAAGUUCAGUGUAAAGUCAGAAGUAGAAAACAGCUGUUUCAGCAACAUUGGCUUCAUAAAGUUUACUGCAUGUGAAUGUUCAAUGCUGGAAUACAUACAAGUUUGCAGCCCCUGGGAUUUCGUGCAGCUCCAUGCCAUGCAACAAAAAGGCAUUUACAUGUUUUCAAAAAUAGCAUGCAUGCCUGAUGAUGCACCGUAGUCAUGCAGAUUCAUGCAAAGAGGCAGCGUCUCCUCCUCAGAGGGUCUGAGCAACUAUUACCCAAUAAAUCCCCUGUCACAACACAUUAGCCUGCCAGAGCCAUUCGGUCGGGAUGAUUGCGGCUUAUGUCAAGCUUGUUAGUGUUUAGCGCUGCUAACCAGAGAGUGACUUGAUGUACGGCCGGCAGCUCUUUGUGCACCGCGCCACACCAUUCCCAGGAUUUACUGUGAAGAAAAGACGUGAAAAGAGUGCUGAUAGAAGUUGUAAGGCUUGUUUCUUGGUGUCCAAGUGAUCUUGUGUGUCAGGACUUUAAAUUCAAAGGCUGGCUUUAUUGUUUGAUGUUAUUUUUUUCCUUUUUUUCCUUCAUGUUUUGCUAACCUGCUGCUUUUUUUUUCACCACUCUGCAGGCUGUGACAGGAAGAUGCUUUGGUGACAAGGAUUUUAGAGGAGGUUUGGAGAACGGGAUCCUCUUGUGCGAGUAAGUUCUGAUGACGUUUCCAUCCUCUUCUAACUUGUAAUGAAGUGGUCCAGUAGAUGCCCCUCAAACUUUUAUCACUGUUGCUGUCUUUACUUCCCAGAGAAGACGCUGUCUUAUUAUUCGAGUAAAUAUGAAGAAUUUGUUUUUGACAUUCUCAGGUUGUAAUUUUAUUUAAAGCCCACGUACGAGAUUAUACGCUACAGGAACCUAAAAUAGAUGCUGGAAGCUUCUGUUCUGAGCGUAGGAAUGCAGCUGUCACAGUCUUGGUUCACACAGCGGUCAAAGGAGCUAACAUGAUUUUCCUUUCAACUAUUUUUUGAUCUAAACUGAUAACAUUUAUUAGUGCAUAGAGUCUUUAGAUUAUCUUUCCAAAUUUUUUGUCUAUCUGUGGUAAAUAAUGUUAAAAAACACAACAACAUAAAACUAGAAUAACAGCUUAUAAUUAACAGGUAAAUUACCAAAUAUUGAAGCUUUCUUUUUUAAGACUAAAUGAACUUAUUUCUACAAUUCUGUGGUCCAAUGAUCAGAGAGAUUGAAGUCCUGUUGAGUUUUCCUCCAGUGUGAUACUUGAACUCCUGGCCGCCCGCCCAUAAUGAGCUGAAGUGCUGAAAGAGACUGAAAACACAAACAGACACUUGCUCUUUCACAUUCCUCAGUGCCAAGUUCAUUUACACAAAGUCCAAUGUUUACACCCUCUUUAUUGUGAAUACAGACAUCAUGUCCAAUUUAACAGGGUCCCUGCUGGGUUUGGAAUGCCUUGAAUAUCAUGAUGCGACAUCUAGAGAUGUUGGAGCACUCCAGGCCCUGAAAAUUAAGGUCAUAGUGCUGCUUUAAAAAUGAGCGAAUGGCAAAACUAAGGAAACACAUUGAUCAGCAUCAUGUCAAGGAUGUUAAAUUUAUAUCACACUCUAGGGCUGCACCAUUUUGGCCAAAAAUAACAUCCAGAUGUUUUUCUUUAAAAACUUGAUUUUCAUUUUAGAUUUUGAUUUUUUUAUUCCGUGACAACUUCACCAAACUUCCCCUAGCCAGUAAGUGGCGCUGUAACGCUGCAGAGGAAAUGCACAAAAGACAGAAGAAGAGUACAGAGCAUGCGUAUAAAAGUUGUUUUGUGCGGGACCACAUCUACAAAAGUUAGUUUAGCGCUUACCUUGUCCAAAUAUAAGGCAAGCCAAAAAAAUAACUUUCGUAGAUGUAGCCAUCUUGUUCAGGCCUCUGAUUUUGCUUUCUUCAAAAUUGGUAACUGUAACGUUGGUAACUCGGGUGUGACGUCAUUUUGAGCUUUGACAUUUGACUUCGGAGAUAACUCGAAUGCAGCAGCAAGAAAGUUGGAUAUAAGAAUAAUGAAAAACGUGUUAUUUGCAGCCUCAUCAUGAACUUCUACUGACAUAUAAAAAAUGCUGAACCCUGGAGGAACUUACUGUUCUGCUCAUUGUUUUAUUUUAUUGUUCAGUAAUAGGACGUGAGUAACCUUUCAAAGUCUGCAUGUAGAUCUGCCUCUUUCUCAUGAGCUGAAACAUUUGCCAUGGCAACAGAAUGAUAAAAGAUUGAACUGUGUGUGCAGCUUCUUUUUACUUGAUAAUUUCCCAAGUGAAACACUCUCUACCCGUCUUCUUCCUUUCCUGAUACACGAAGCUUCAGGAAGCUUAUUUGUCUCUGUAAAUACUCCUCUAGAUGAUGUAUGAAUGUUGAUUUUUCUUUGUUUGUUUUUUAUUGUGUCUGUGUUCCAAAUCCUUGGAAACACUUUCCCCUCUGAACUUAUUCCAACUUCCUCUUCAUGUUGAAAUAAAUUUGAUCUGCAGCAGUCUCCGGGGGACACAAAUGGACCACAUCCCUGCUGAACACUGGCAAACAAAUCAUUGAAAUGCUUUCAAUCAUUGGCCCUGUGGAGUUAUUGGCAAUUUUUCUAACAAGAAAACAUGAGGGUAAACAAACUCUUGGAGAGGGAACAAUGUCUGAGUCAAAAUAAUCAGGAGAAAGAAAAAAAAAAAAAAGCAGCCUGUGACAUUUUUCCCAUCCAGGCAGCUAUUUAAGAGUGGAAAUCUUCACUGUGUCCACUGCUCGCUGUCCGCACCUACGCUUAUUGUGUGCACUGAGAACAUCUUUCUCCGGGGGUUGUUGUUGAAAGUUAUUCUGGGAAACAUUCAGCGCAGCAGGAAAUCUCAAACAGAAGUUGGAGCAGACAAGGGAGAGUGAGGGAGAGAGAGAGCUUAAAAGGUUAAGUUACAGCAUCUCGGCGCAAAAUACCUGCUGGAAUGCCAUCAACACAACAGGGCCGCCUAUAUCCCAAACUGUAAUCGUAUCUAAGGGUGGGUUUUCCCUUUACAAACCAUUACAGUGCUUCCUCUGAUGAAAACACUCACAAAAGAUGAAACUGGAGACAGACAGACAGAGAGAAAGAAAGGGGGAGAUGUGGGGAUUCCAACACUUCUUGCUUGUGACUGAUGAAUGUUUCCUGUCGCAGGGCUGCACAGUAACUUUCUUUUUUGUAUGUAGGCAAUGAACAUAAACAGCAGCAGCACUUAAAAGUGUGCUGGAUCUAGUUUACAGCUCCCGGUGGGAUGGAAGCAGAUGCACUGAUUCUCAGCUCUGAUUUAAGACCUGUCUUGUCAGAAACCUUCCAGGCAUCACUUUGGGACCCUCUUUUUCCCCCUUUCACACACGCUUUUUCACCCAUGUUUGAUCUCUUUAGCCUGCAGGUAUUUCGCUCUCUGCCGGGUUUGGAUGUAUGAAAUAUUCAGAUAGUCGUAGAGAUAUGCCUCAGAGGGACGACUCAGCUUUUUGUUUGUGGAUAAAUCCAGGUUGUGAUGUCUUCCUCCCUCUGUGUCUUUUGUUAGGUUGCUGAGCUCCAUCAAACCCAGCCUGGUGAAGAAAAUUAACAGACUUCCAACGCCAAUAGCUGGCCUGGUGAGUCUCCCACCCUCACUCAUCUUUUAUAUCUAACUUCACAGCAUUUCCACCAGAGACAACCAUUAGUCAUCCUGGAUCUAUUUCCCAUGCUUUCUCUCACUGUUUUUCUUCCUUAUCCUAUUACUUUAUAUCUGUGCUCCGUUUUUUUUUUCUGUUCCCUCUCAAGGGAUUCUUAAGACAGUUGCUGUACAAUGUCGAAGGCCUGUUGUAACCUUUUCUUUUCAAUUGAAUGAAAUCCAAGACACCAUAUGUCACACGGCAUAAUGCUGUUGUAAAGGUUGUACUAUACAGCAGCCGCAAGAUUGAUGUGAUUCCAGAUAUUGAGAUAAUAGAUUGUUGCAUGUUAACACUGUGUAAGCGGCGUUUUGGUUGAGGUUUGCACGUGGAUCCAUAGACCGCCAUGUAUUGCUAUCGUGCGGCCGUUACUAAAGUUGGUAACUAGAGAAGCAAGCGGUUGCCAACAUUCAUUUCUCGAAGGGGUGUCUAACUCGGUGUUACAGUGUGUUUGACCAUAACUUAAUUUUACACUGGAAUAUCCCUUUAAUUUAUCAAUCGUUAUUGUAAUUGUCCAGCAGCUGUGUUACUGCAUCUGUUAUCGUCACUUUACUUCUACUGGUGUGAUGAGUCAGGCAGCUGUUUGAUCCAGUUUCUUGGUUGAUGGCGUUCCCACUACGAAUGAACUCCUCCAGGGUUCGAAAGGGUGUUGUGACCACCUUUUCUAGGUAAUGGUAUUUUUUAAAAAUUUGACAUCAAGGUGAUGGCUGAGGGAGAAAACAGACCCUAUUUUGCAACAACUCCUCUAAACUAUGUGAAAACAGCCUCAUGCCUGUGAAACUGGUGUGUCUUGUGUUGUCUCGGUUUAAUUACAGAUUACCUGUACGUAAAAAAAUCUCAAUUACAGUCUUGACAAGUAAAGUGUCAAUCAUCAGCCUCUGUGACACCGGGUCCCUAAAGGGUCACUGGCUCUAAAGUCAGACCGUGACUCACAUUAUCAGAGAUUUACCCCUUUUUAUGAACAUUACUGACCCCAACAGCAAACAGACUGUAUAUUUUAAUAUCAUUCCAUGUAACUUGAUUAUAUCUCUUUGACAAACUGCAUCUGUCCAGUUCCCCUCAAUCCUGAAAGAGCAUUUUGUCUGGGUCCCACAUCCUGCAAUGAAAACUGUACAUUGUAUGGUUGGUUUCCAUUUAAGCAUCGUACCACCACGACCGGAUCCUACUUUGACUUGAAGCCGGUGAAAUCCAGUAGACCUGAACAGUGAUACAUUUCAGCAGAGUACAGUGCACCACAGUGAGGCCCUUUCAUGGUCACCUAAGACCUUGAUCUGGAUGAAUUUACUUAUUAGGACCAGGACUGAGGUGUAAACAGAAGCAUGCUGAAAGUUGAUAGCAUUUGAGCUCAAGCUAAAUCUACUUUCAUCUCCUACUCCUCUUCCUUCUCCUCCAAACUCUGUUGCAUUUUUCACUGCCUCCUUGAGCUGCUCAUGAUAAAACACUGAAGAACCUAUUUGAGCAUCUAUUUUAAAUACAUCUGCCAGUUAAGUUUGCAUUUUAUUUCGUUGUCGUGCUGUGGGUUUUUUUUUUUUUAAAUAAUCCUUAAAUUGACGGAUGAAGAGAACCAGAGGUGAGAUGAGAAGCUCAUUACUUCGACCGUAGCUUAACAGAGGAGCAGGAAGUCUGAGCUUCGCUGGAAUGGCUUUUCUUAUCUCUCAUCUCUUGCUACUAAUGGAUGCCAAUGAGCCUUUUACAAGCGGUGGAUCAUUUCUCUGCCACAUUCUUUACACGCCUUUUUCCCCUCCUCCUUAAAAAUCACUGCUGGAAUAACAAUUGACAAGGCUUUUGAACAAAGAGCUUCUGUUUCCACUCGAUCAUUAGUAAAUAUUUCAGCCCUGUGAUUUGCCCAUAAACAUAAAAAUACUGUUUUAUUACAGCUCUGUUCUUGUCUUGUUUAGAUUUCAGGUCCCUUUUUUUCACCUGUUGUAGACUCUAGCUUGUGAUCAAUUUUUCUACCACACUACAAAUAACUAGACUUAAACAUUGACCUGUAAGUUGGUCAUGACAUGUCAAGAAGAUGUCAGAUGUUGAAAGACAAAUAUAUCUGUGACUCAAACCUUGAUUUCAAUUUGCUGAUAGUUGUUGAUUCAACUUGGGUCACUAUUUUGUGAUUUCAUUGCUGAUGAUGUCUUAGAGAGUGUGAUUGAACAGGUUGUACAGGUCACUUGUUUGUUUGAUCUGUUGUUUUGAAUCUGGUUGGUAAAACUGAACAAGAAAUCCUCUGUUUUGUGUGAAGCUAACUGUCCAUGUAAAAGGGUAAAGAGAAAUCUGACCAGCAGGCUUCAUCCCAGACCCAAAAGUUUGACCCUGCGAAAGUUUCAUAACUUUGUCUCUGAAGCUUCCUCUUGCUCUGCAGGGAUUUUUGUGCUCUGUGCUGUGAUUAUGGAGGUGAGAAGCACAUAAACAAGGACUCGGCUGUUAUCUGGCCCAUCGUAAUAAAACACAGGCUACACCCCCUUCCUCUUCCUGUUUGGGGGCUAAUGGGAAAAUGAGUCUCUGAGGAGCUUUGGCUGUUUUGUAAUUAGAGCAGCUACCUCAGUGCUUGGGCAGCUCGGCCUGUAUGGCUCAGUGUUGGUCUGAACAGGUCGGUUGUUGGGUGCUCUGUUCCUGGUCGUCUCUGGGUCGACUGGUAUGCUCGUGUUUUACACUGUGUAAACAGACACGCAGUGCUGAUCGGCAUGCAGGUUGAAUGGUGGUUAUUCACAAGUUUUAAAAAAAAAUGUGUUGUUUUCUCGACGUCAAGUUUAGAGUGGCAGGCGUUUGUGCUAUUUUUCAGUGGCGCACUGCUAAAAACAUCCCUUGAGUUAGUUACGUAAAACUGCCUAAUCAGGCUAUUAGAUUUUCAGCUCCGAUGCUCUUUAAAGGGCUUGACUUUUACACUUCAGUGGUAACUUGAAGUAAGUUGGAGCUUCCCAUAGGGCUGGGCGAUAAACCCCAAACUUACCGAUACUGAAAUUUACAACAAUAACCUACGUCAUUUUGCCCGUAUUGGUAAAUUUGGUGGCAAAACAAAUAAAUAAAUAAAAGUUGGUAGGCUAUGGUCUCAUGUCCCUUUAAGAUGCUGUCCUACAUCAGAGAUGUGACUCCGCCCCAUCCAGUCUGUAACAAAGGGGGAAAGACAGGUGAGGAGAUGGAGGACGGUUCAAAAGUUGUAGCGAAACCCUCUCUGCAGCCCUGAUUCCUUUGAUAAAAGUUAGAAAUAUAGCAGGGAUGCCCCAGAGGUAAAGGAGCUUAACAAUAAUAAUAACCAGUCUUUGAGUUGUCGAAGUUACAAGCUUCCACAGGCCAGUGAUGCACUCAGAGCCCCACCAAACCAUGCCUAGCAGGCGCUACUUCUCACGUAGCCUCACCUGAACUUCAAAGCCUCGUCUUAAGUCAUGAAGAGGAGCUCCCCACUAAUGCUAAUCAAAUUAGCUUCACUAUGGACCUCUGAACAUCGUGAGUAAGUCCUGUCAACAUGUUAACCCUCACUGCCUCGUGGAUCGAUGACGUAACCAACAAAAAUAAUUUUGUUUUGCUGUUUUCCUUUAACUUUAGUUCGUCAUUUGAAAAUUUUUAACUUAUCAGUUGCAUAGGAAUCAAAGUAAUUCAUUUUAUAUUAUGUGAGUUUUCUAAAACAAAACAUUGUCACUACAAGAAGAACAGGUGUACUAUAGCAAAACUUACAGCAAGACUAGGUGAUCUCUAAACUAAAAAAAAAAGUUACCAGCCUAAGUGAGUUUGUCAAAAAUCCAGUAUCUUCCAUCCGUAUUAAAAACUCAAUUUUCUGAAACAACACAAGCAUCAUACUGUAUGUAUGUAAGUGUAGAUAUCCACAUGUAGCGAACAUACUUGUCUUCCUUGAGUUGCUGCUUUGUGAUUGGCUGAUUAGCUAUUUGUGUUUGUAAGCAGUUGGUGAACAAGUGUACCUAAUAAAGUGGCCAGUGAGUGUAUUUAUUGACCUAUUAUCAGAGCAAGUUUUCAGAAUGGACUGGUAGUGCAAAAACAAAAGCUGCUCAGCUCAUUGUCACUCAACUUGCAUCACUUUUUACGCCCCACCUUUUGCUCCGACCAGUCUCUCUAAACAGUAUUGUUACUGUCUUGUAUAUUUUGGGUGUGGUCCUUGACAGUGAGAAAAAAAACACCCAUCUUGCAGGGACACGAGUAAGUGUCUUGUAUCCUUAUCCUGAGCAGCUUUCCUCUGGACUCUGUCAAGGACCAGAAUCAGGGCGUCAGCACUAAACCCCUCCCAUGAGACUCUCUAGAAGUCUAAUCUAAUCAUAGCAGUCAGAUAUUGAUUACAAUGAGGUUUUGUUCACAGCAGCCCUCAAACACACUCAUACAAAUGUAGAUUCGUUACGGCUGAGACAAAUGAUUGGCAUCGUUACAAAGCUGGAAGUGGCUCUGAGGUUUUGUAAACUUUUGUUGACUGCUAAUUCUGGGUAAUCCUUAACUCAUUAGUUACCCAAAACUGAAAGCACAUUUCUGUUUAAUUGUUAAUGCCUUUUUAUCGGCUGUUAGAGAUUUUUGCGUUUUGCAAAACACUAAUGGGCUCUCUGCUGGAGUGUCUUUUCUUCUCUCAAUCCUUCUGCUAACACAUUCAGCUAUCCGUCGUUUCAUUGCAAUUUCAUCCCAGGUUUCUGUGGUAGUGACCUGCAAAUCACCACAAAGUUAUGUUCACUUCUUAAGGUAAACACCUAACACCUAACACCUUGUAAAUUAACUGGUUUUCCAUUACGCAGGUAGCCACUGAAUGAGCUGGUUUAAAGUUUUAUUACCUUGUUUGUUUCCGUGUUUGUAAUGUCGGACUGUUUGAAAAAAUUAGUUAAUAGGGAAUCUGGGAAAUGCUCGACAAUAUUUACCCGCAAAAGAUGAAGAGUUUAAUAUCUCUGCCACUUCUGUAGUUAUUUUCAGCACUUGAAAGUUAAGAUUUAGGCUACGACACUGCAGGUCACAUAUCUGAUUUUUUCAUGGAAGUGUGAACAGAGCCAUUCUGAUUUUUUCAAAUCCGGGCCUCUUUUAUAUGUAGAUAUAAAUCGGAUAUGUAUCUGAUGUGACUGCAGUGUGGAUGUUCAGGCGUGUUCAUCUGACCUAUACGUCAUCAAUAUGCGACAAAAGUCACCAUUGUUCGACAACACAAACAGCAAUGGCGGACGAGGGAACCGAGAACAGCCAGCCAACAUGCUUUGUGCGCAUGCGGGUCACUGCACGGACUCAUUCGGUUCACAUUAGAUGCCGCAUUCGUUGUUGUAAUGUGAAUGACUGCACAAAAAGAUCAGAGUUCACAAAAAAAUCAGAAUUGUGCAUCAUAACCUGCUGUGUGAAUAUAGAUUUAGUCCCUGUCUCCUUUUCAAUAACGUUUAAUUUAUGCAGUUCUUUUUUGCACAGCUUGCGAGUCCCCAUCUCUUUGCUUUAGCCUCGCUAAUAGAGCAAAGCUAAAGAUUCCACAUUAUUGUUACACUGUUGAUAAAGCUUAGCUGUACACAGUUAUGACUGUGCAAGUUAGUCAUCUUGUUUCUAUAGUUUGACCUGCAUUAAAGGUGAAAAUUCCUGAUACUGAAUAACUACAUUUUGCGUCCAUUUUUUCUCUUCACCCCAGAAGAGUCCCAGGAAUUCUGACUUUUUCCUUUUUUUUUUUUGCAUGAAAAAUUUACUCAUACUGUUUGCACAUAAAAUAUGCAAUCUGUUCAGACCAUCCCCAACCAUCAGGUCUGCAGGUGAACCACACAUCAAUUGGAAAUUGAUUAGAACUUCAAAUCUGUGUGGCCAGCUUUUGUCGAAGCACUGGCCUCUGCUUCAAACCAGUACGAGUAUGAGAAAGAUGCCCGUAUGUCUGUUCGUGUUUGUCCUGUCCUCUUGUCAUAUAGGGCGGACAUACAUUUAUAUGCAUGAUCCUUUCACAUUUUCCAGUACCCUGAUAUAAUAAAAAAAACAAUGCAAUAUUAAUUUUACAUCAGGUCGCCCACUCUCAAGGCAGUCUGAAGUUCUUCAAAUGCACCAUACAGACAUUUACGGAUAAAGGAUAGAAUCUUUAUUUCAUGAGAAUUUUGUUGAAUAAGUGUGAAGAGUGUUUGUGGAAAGCCCUGUUACUCACAUGAAUAGAGAUGCGUUGUGAUUUGCUGCGCCUUGACAUGCACAGUUAGUCAUGGCUAAGCGAGGAGUGUAAAAGUUAAAUAAAUAUCUUUUUUUUUCUAUUUAUUGAAUGUUUUAAUUGAUUUGAAAACUGAACCAAACCAUGACAUUUGUGAUCUGUUGCAUCUCUGAUAUUCAGCACUCGAGAGGAGACUUGGCCCUAAGCUGUGUUUACAUGUGGGCGUGUGUCCAUGUUCAACAAGAAAGGUCCCAGAGGGAGUCCCAUAUUGUUCCAACAGGCUGUUGAUUUCUUAUAUCAGAGAGAUACUCUUAGAUAAGCAAACGCUGAUACAGAUGAACUGCAGCUGAAUUUGAAGCCUUUGAUUUUGGAGGUCAAACGUAACCUUGAUCUGCAGCGAGUUUGUGAGAGAGACCCAGUUGGUCCCACAGUAGGUGUGUCUUCCCUGGAGUAAAACUGUCAAAAGGAGAGAUAGCUGUGUCCUCUUUCAAAGAGUAACCCCUGUGUGUAUUUGUGUGUGUGUGUGUGUGUGUGUGUAUGUGUCGGGUGGGGUCACCUCACCAGGAGUGCAGAGACGGCUCUGUCUCAAAAACACAGGAAGCUGCUGGGUGGGUUCAGGGGGGUGUUUUGCUUCAAAUGGGAAAGGAUCGUGAGAACAAGUGUUUCCCAGUGGUUUGUGUUUACGUGUUGAUAUUCAUGCAUGUGCACGUCCAGCAGCAGGUGUGUUCAUAUAAAUAUAUCCCUCAGACAUGUUUAUCUGAACAACAAGGGUGAGUUUGCAAAAAAAGCAGCUUGUCAACGCAUGUGCAUGUUGAUCGCUUACAUAAAUGAAUCGUAUUUGGUGUGUAAGAGAGAGAGUUCCUGGGACAAUUAGGGUGGAGAGGAAAUGUUGACACCCAGAGGGAGGGAGAGAGAGAGAGAGAGAGAGAGAGAGAGAGAGAGAGAGAGAGAGAGAGAGAGAGAGAGAGAGAGAGAGAGAGAGAGAGAGAGAGAGAGAGAGAGAGAGAGAGAGAGAGAGAGAGAGAGAGAGAGAGAGAGAGAGAGAGAGAGAGAGAGAGAGAGAGAGAGAGAGAGAGAGAGAGAGAGAGAGAGAGAGAGAGAGAGAGAGAGAGAGAGAGAGAGAGAGAGAGAGAGAGAGAGAGAGAGAGAGAGAGAGAGAGAGAGAGAGAGAGAGAGAGAGAGAGAGGAGAGAGAGAGAGAGGAGCUGUGGCCCUCUGAGGCACCUAGAGACGUAGUAACAAAGGGAGAGAGAGGACCUGGGAACAGGAGCAGAGCACUAAGCUCAGGUUGCAUCCAACAAAGAGGUCGUCUGAGAGAACCAGGGAGAGAAGGAGCAAGACUGAGAAGAUAGGGAGGGAGUGAAAAGUUUGGAAGAGGGGAAGAACGAAAAUUGAAGGAAAACAGGUGCAGGAGAAGGAGUAAAAAGGGAAGGAGGAGACACUUGAGGAAGGAAAAAGAGGAGAGUGAAAGCUGGAGUAAGGAAGGCGACGUACAAGAGAGACAACAACCUGCUGGUGUCACAUUGCGGUCAAGCAGGUAUCCUGAUUUUCAUUAAGUGUGUGUGUGUUUGUGUGUGUAUGUGCUGCAUGUCUGUGAUUGUACAUCGAAAAAAAGUAUUUCCAAUAUUUAGUAUCUGCCUUAUGUUUACAAUAAAUUAUUUGGAUGUCUGUUCUUGCUGGUAGUUUUAAAGGUAUUUGCACAGACUGGUAGAAGUGUCAUUCAGUCUUCAGAGGUUUGGCUGUUGUGACCAAUCAAGAUUUUGUCAGCACUUCUGAGACAUCGGCUGUCAAAGGUUUUUGAGUUAAAAUUCUGUGUCGGUAAAAUGUCAAUAUCAUCCUAAGCCUAAAACCACAAUAUGAUAUGGUUGCACCUUCAAAAUGGUUCAUGGGAUCUUUUUCAUGUUAUCUUUGUAUGUAUAUAAAUAUACAGAAGAUGAGACAGGGUACUUUAGAAAAGUACUUGGGGUUAAUGGGUUAAUGAGAAUAAACACAGGCUUUUCCUCGGUAUAGAUGACCAUCAUAUGAGCACCAUAUGAACAAUACGCAGCGCAUUAGCAUCAGUAUUUGAUUUCUAGUGUCCCUUUCUACUGUCUGCACUGAUGCAGAUGUUUGUGGGCUGCAGAAGUCUUAUGCAUCUUUUAGAGAGACACAUUUCUUCCAUGCCUGUUAUUUAUGAUGAAGAAAUAAAUCAGUUGAGCUGCUCCUUUAUUGCUCAAUUACUGCUUUUGAAUUUUGCUACACAACAGACUCAAAACUGGCAACAUCAUGAUAGAAAGCAUGAAGAUAAGGCAGUUUCACUACAGGGAGAUGUCAUGGGCUCUAAUAUCAAGGGGAUGAACUGUUGUCAUGUGUCAGCAGUCAGUCAAGUAAACUGGAAUAAAUUGGCACAUAGAAUAGAAACAAAAGUCUAAAAAAAUUUCAUUUUAUUUUGGGAUUGAGAUUGUGUUAAAAUAGGUUUACUAUUAAGAUUAGGGCUGGCCGAUAAACCAAAAAUGUUUAGAUACCGAAAUUUACGACAAUAACCGACGUCAUUUUGCCCAUGUCAAUAUAUUCAGUGUCAAAAAAGAAUAAGUCAAUCAAAGUUGGUUUUGGAUGUGUGUAGGUAGGCUACGGUCUCAUGUACCUUUAAGAUGCUGUCCUACGUUGGCCACAUGUCUCCACCCCAUCCAGUCCGUAACAAAGAGGGAAAGACAAGUGAGGAGAUGGAGGACGGUUCAAAAGUUGUAGCGGCAGAAGUAGAUGAAGUUAAUGUGGGAGGGGGUGAGCUUGUGGAGAAGUUAUCGUCCUUUUAUCGUUAUCGAGGUAAACUGCUCAAUAUAUCGUGAUAUUGAUUUUAGGCCAUACCGCCCAGCCCUAAUUUAGUGUUGAUAUGAAGUGUUAGAGCAGAGAGUUAACUCUUAGACCUUCUUGUGUGAAUGUGUAUUUAAAUAAAUGUGUUGUGAAUACUAAAUGUACCAGCCUUUACUGUACACUCUGCUGCUGUAGUAGUGUUGUUGUUGUUGUUGUUGUUGUUGUUGUUGUUGUUGUAAGGGAAGUGGUUCAUUUCUGAUAAUGCACAUGUGAUUCAGAGAGAAACCAGGAUGAAGUGUGUGUGUGUGUGUGUCUUUGCAGGGUUUGAGCUAAGACCUUGAGCAGCACUUACACGACCUGGCCUCACACUACCUUGCAUCGCUGCCAACAUCCAUAUAUCCUGAUGAAAAUGUGUGUUUGUGUGUGUGUGUUUUUCUGUGCAGGACAACCUCAGUGUGUUUCUGCGAGGCUGUGAAGAGUUAGGACUGAAGGGCUCCCAGCUGUUUGAUCCUGGAGACCUGCAGGACACGUCGACGCGCCCCACUGCCAAGUAAGACUCAGUGCCUUAGGGUCCUGUAGCUGUUCACUGAUUUUGUCUUUACUUUGUGUACAUUGAUGUAUUUCCAUCUCACUGUAUUUAUUUUUACCUUUGGUUUUCACAAAAAUCUUAGAAGGGAGUAAUUGUAUAGGCAGCUACACUGAAUGUAUUAAUUUAUUCUAUUUGUAUGAAACCAUGUAAGCUUAAAAGCUCAUAAUACUUCUUGAGUCACUGCACAUGUGUUAGUUUGAAGCUAACUUUAAGUUUAGUGCUUUCUUAAAAAAAUAAUAAUACUUAUAAUAAUAACUAUCAUUAUUUUAAUCAAUUGUAUUUAUAUUGAUAAAAUAGAUCAAAAAGUGAAUACAGUGAAAGGCAAUAGUAAAAACAACAAAUAAAAAAAUAACAUUCUUAGGUCACAAUGACAGAACACUGCCUUACAAAUAAAACACAAAGAAAAUACAUAAUGUUACACACAGCAUUACAAACAUGUACAAUAUGUCAGCAAGUGUUAGUUAGGCUUGAAAUAUACUGGAUGCCCUGUUGGUGAAUUAAAUCUAUCAAAGGUUGGGUUAGGGCUGGACGAUAAAACAGAAAUUUUACUGAUACCAAAAUUUAUGACAGUAACCAACGUCAUUUUACUCAUAUCAAUAUAUUCUAUGUAAAUAAAUAAAAGUUGGUUUUGGAUGUGUGUAGGUAGGCUAUGGUCUAAUGUCCCUUUAAGAUACUGUCCUACGUUGUAGACGUGACUCCACCACAUCCAGGAGAUAGAGGACGGUUCAAAAGUUGUAGCGGCUGAAGUAGAGGAAGUUAAUGUGGGAGGGUGUGAGCAGCUUGCAGAGUAGUUAUCAUCCAUUUAUCGUUAUCGAGGUGAACUGCACAAUAAAUCGUGACAUUGAAUUGAGGCUAUAACACCCAGCCCUAGCUUGGGUUUGCUGUGUGCUCUUUGCUAUUCAACAUAAGGACUAUCUUUUUUUUAUCUCUGCAGCUGGAUUAUCUUGAAGCUCCUGUGCUUUGUGUGACAAACUACUCCUCUUGUUCAUAUAAUCAGUAUAGUCAUAACAGCGUUUUAUGCUGCCUUCUUAUCCGUCUUCUCAGAUAGCGGCUGAUUUAUACUCGAACUAAAGUUGACUUUUAUCAGACAGAACAAACAUUUCAGGCCUCUCUUUUCUAUUGCACCUAAAAAGAAAAACAGCAAAAAGAAACGCAAACCUUCUUGACCUUUAAUAGUAAAUUGAUCUGUUAAAAUGUCAACAAUUACUUAUUACUCGUUAGGAAAACAAAAAUAUUUAAAGAUAUCUAAAAUAUAAAGACAUGAAGGUUUAUUGCUCUUUUUAAGUCUGUUUAUUAGCUGCUCUUGAGCUUUAUAUGUAUCUUAAAAAUCUUGGCCAUGAAUAAGGUCUUGUGUUUUAUUAAGUGGAGGGGCCGAUUGUUCAGGAUGAACCCUUGAAUUGUGCGUUAAUAGAUAGUCUGUCUGUGGGCUUCUUUAAGUGUCACUCUCUGUCAGUCACUCUGUCUGUCAUCCUCUGCAUUGAACAAUCAGCCCCUUUACUGCCAACAUAAAUAAACAACUGCAAGUCAAUGGUAGUCGAUGGAGCCCGUGUCAGUGAGGCAACAAUAGCUUAUCUGUUAGACACAACUGGUCCCUGUCCAAACAAAACACAACACUUUACAUCACUGACUGAACCAUGACUCUUUCUUUGUUGCUUAGUAACAAAGCCAAGUGCAUGUUUGUUAACAUACAGUACAGUAUGUGUUUGUUUCGGUGUGUGGGUGUGUCUGUGUGUGCUGUCCACAUGCGAGCUGUGCAUCAACAAGGUUACAUUGUUGCUGAGCGAGGUUUGAGAAAGGUGCUGCAGGAGAUGAGGACAGAGAAAGAGGGGACAGGGCUAAACUUAGCCGGUCUCAGGAGGAGCAGUAAGACUGGUUCUGUCAGGACAAAGAUUCUUUGAAAGCACUGAAUGUGUGUGUGCUCUUGUGUCCUGAGUACUUAUUUACACACUUUUGUUUCGGAGAAUGUUGUAACUUUACUUUAGAAAACAUCCGGCUGUUGUAGUGUUUUAUCCAUAGCCAACGCUGAGACCAAAAAGUUCAAUGUUUCCUGUUGUUUUAGUUUGGUUCUCUGCCAUUUCUCUAGCCUUAAGGUCCUCUGACCACAUACUUUUGAGCGUCCCGAAAACCAGACUCAAGUCUAGAGGUGACAGGGCUUUUUCAGCGGUUGUCCCUAGACUCUGGAACAGUCUACCUGGCCUUAUUAAAGCCUCACAGACCCUCGAGACUUUUAAAUCAUCCUUAAAGACCCACCUUUUCUCGCUUGCGUUUAAUAAAUGAGAAAGCAUGAAUCAUAGGCACUGUAGCUUUUAUUCUUUUACUGUCUGUAUUUUAUUCCACUGUUUUUAAUUUUACUGCUUUAUUGUUAUCUAUUUAUUUGUCCUAUGUACAGCACUUUGUUUGACUGCUGUCUUUAUUGAUAAACUUGACUUGACUUGACCAGGUGGAUGUGACUCUUAAAAUCUCUCAGUGAUCAUAAACAUAAAACCACAGCAACAUGAAGUCUGUUAAAGCUAAAGCUUGUGUGUUGUUUGAGGGGAAAAAAAACAACAACAAUGAAAGUAAAUUUUUUUUUGUAAGUGAAUUUACAAGUAGACCAUGGGAUUGACCUUGAGUAUCAGAGUGUUAAUUCUUGAUUAUACAGCCUCACAGGACAAUGAAAGCAGCAGAAAAGGAUAUAUGCUGCUUAGCUUCAGAGCAUGCAGGGACAAUGAGAAGUGUUAGCUGAAAAGGUGUGUGAUUAAUUAGCUGUGGACUGCUGUUUCUGUCCAGGUAACCUGCACAGUUGUUUCCAUUUUUCUUCCCCUCCUCUGCUGACUUUUCAUUGCAGUAAAUUUUGUAAUCUGAAAUCGUCUGGAUUAAGGUCAUUCAUGACAUCUCAACAGCUGGGGGUGCUGCUGGCCUGGCACUUAAGGUGUGCCUCAUAUAUGAAGGUUAUGCCUCAAACUGACAUGUUCAUGGUUUGGUUCCUCUCCCACAUUUCAUUUCCUUUUUCUCUUCCCAUUCCCUGAUCGAUCUACUGUCCAGACACAAAAGCACCCCAAAAAAUUACAUUUGGUAGAAGACUUGUCUAUACUUGAACAUUGACUCUGCUCUACGCCAUCGUGGCCCACACUGGCAAGUAGGGCAGGGCGAUAUGGCCUCAAAUCAAUAUCUCGAUAUAUUGAGCAGUUCACCUCAAUAACGAUAAAUGGAAGAUAACUUCUCCACAAGCUGCUCACCCCAUCCCACAUUAACUUCCUCUACUUCCCCCGUUUGAGUCUCAGAGAUUCACAAGGAUUUGAAUGUAGAAAUACUCAGUAAUGCAAAUUCACUCUUAGUUUUCUCACGACAUGUCCUGUAGCAUCAGAAAAAUGCCAUUUGAGCAUAUAACAAACAAGAAAAACAUGAUUUUCAUCGGAGUGGGUCUUUAAUAACAAUACCAAUUCUUUUUUCUUUAAAAAAAAAUUUAAAUAAAAAAUAAAAUCAUUUUUACAAUUUAUGCAAGUUGUUCCCAGUUAUUGGUUAUGGUUCCUAAAAUGGGAAAAGUUGAUACUGGCCCUGAAAAAACAUCCUUGGUCAGCCCCUAGUUAGCACAAUACCUGUUUUGGUAGCUGGUAGCUGAAGCCUUAUCUCAGGCCUACAUCAACUUGUUAUUAUUCAUGUGAGUAAUUCAGUGUUUUGCAAUGUGUUCAUUGGAAAUACUCAUGUUAUGAUAAUGAUAACAAAGUGGCUGUUCUCAUAUUUGUUAUUUGAAACUAUCAUUAAUAAGAGACCAAUAAAAGCUGCAAAGGACCACCCUUUCCUUUUGAAGAUUCCUCUCACAUUCAUCAAAUAUGACUGUGCUGCCCCUGGAGAUAUCAUUCCUCUGAAAGCUGAAAAGGAAACUUCAGUGUCAUUGUCUUGGCAGCCCCCUGCUCUUUCCAGUGGUUAUGUAACCCUCUGUCGUACAGGAUGCUAUUUCCUUGCAGCUUGUACCCAUGGCAGGAAGCCGUGUCAGGACUUUUCUUUUCCCCCCUGAGUCUCUGGACAGGUGUUUACUCAUCUAGGAAACAGCUUUUGACAGGGAGACGUAAAGACAAGCAGGUUCAGGUACACUAUGAGCUCAGGCCUGAAAUAUCUCCUGUUCAUCAGUGUGUUGAUGGAAACAGAUUGAUCCUGAGAUGAGUUACAGUUUGCCAAGCAGAGUCAUUGAAAGGAGAAAAACUGUGUUUACAUUCGACUGUCAGGCAAAUGUCACGCCUUGGUGAGAAAUUAAAUGCUGAAAAAAUCAAAAGUAAAGUAAAGUCACGUAGAAGUAAAUAUUAUGAGAAAGAGAAGUGCUUGAUAAACAGAGGGUCAUUGGUAAUGAUAAUGUAUGGAGGUGCUAAUCCUCUUUUCGGUCUGUAGGAACUGAGAAAUCUAUCAUGCUUUCAUCUCAAAUCAAAUAACAGGGAUAUGAGUAAUCACUUCUAUAAUAUGCAGCCUGUCUGGAACAUUUGCAGUAGGUCUCUCUCAGUCAUACUUGAGUUUUUGUCUUAUUGACACAGACGGGUUGUGCGGAGCCUGCAUCAUAGUUCAAACAGCAAAUGCAUUUAAUAUAUGAGGCAUAACACUGCAGUUUGAAAACGUUCUUUGACAUGUAUGUCAGACAGUUACUGAUACUGUCUGAUUGAAUGUGAGGUUCUGAGUGUCAGAAAGAUGUGGAGAGGAAGACAAAAAAGGAAAAUAUGUGCCCGUCAUUAUGACGUGAUAGUGAGUGGAAUCUUUUGCAUUUUUCCCCUCAGGUUUGUUUCUACAAGGUAACGGUAGACAAAAGAAACCUGUUCGUCUGUUUAUUCAGUCAGCUCAGAGAAAGGGAGGAUGAUGAGGAGGAGGAGGAGGAAGAGAGGGGGGUUAACAGAUCAUCCCCUCCAGCUACUUUUACCUUGUUCUUCUCUUCUUUCACUUCCCUCUUUGUCAGGUCAGCACUGUCAUGGAAAACUCACUAGACUGUAAUUUGGGGCGUCACUGUGUGUUGAUUGAGUUGAGCUUAGGGACCCUCAAGCUUUUGAAAUUUGCUAUCAACAGUCUGAUACUGAAUAUGUUGGAAAACCAAAUAAGACAAUACUCAAUAUUUUCUCAGUAAGACCCAUGAACUGUCAUAGAAACUUUUACCACUGAAAGUUUCUACAAGUUUUGUUUUGCACAAUUCAACUUACACACAAAGUUUUCCUGCACUGUUUCUGUAUCCGGGGGUGAUCCAACAUAUAUAUGUGCUUUUUUCUUGGAUCUGCAGUAAAUAUAGAAACACUGCAGUAUAAAUAGAAAGGACCUGUUAAGCUGGAAUUAUGCUUCUCUUAAUACAACCUACACAGAAAAAGGUGUUAUGAAUACUUGUGUGCUUCAGACAGCAGUUUUUGACUCUUAUAAUCCAGUAUGCUUUCCCCAGGUAAUUGGUUCAAUAUAAAAGGUGGUGUAUAAUGUAGACGUAACAUCCAAUGAGCCGUUUUCCUGCCAACAGAAGCUUGAAAUUUAUCACCCAAAAGAGACAAGACACUCUGGGCUCUAUCCAUCAUUUCCUGUAAAACCAGCAUGAACUCUGUGGGGUUGUUUUAUCUCCUGUAAGGCUGGUAUUGAGUGGGCACAAAGUUACAUUUCUUGCAUUCAAUGUAGAUAGGUUGGGUACAGAUUUAGGGCCUUUUGGAAGCUGUCCAGACUUAACAAUAGGAUGACCACCAGACUUCUCCAUCAGAUUGCUUUCACUCGCGCAGGGAGACCUUUGAGAAAAACUAAAAUAUAUAUAUAUAUAUAUAUAUUAGAACUUUAAACUUUAAGAACAACAAAAAAAUGUAUUGUGAUAUUGAUUUGAGGCCAUAUCGCCCAGCCCUAUACGAUCGGCAGUAAAAUUUCAGUUUUUUCAUACUGUUUGUGUUGGUACAUCUUUAAAUGAUUUAAUGUGUUUAUAGCAAGUGUGAUCGAACUGCUACUAUCCUCUGCUGCUUCAAGUGCUAGGCUCUUUUCCUCUUGGCAGCCAGAGCCACAUUUUCAUACUGCUGCUUUAAGUUUUCCCACAUUUUAUAUAAACUUAAGAUGGGAGAGUGGUUUGCUUUAGGUCAGACGCAGCAAAACAAAAACACUCCCAGACCACUAUGGGAUAUUUUUUUCAAACAUUUUGUCUGAGUCUGAGGAGAUGUUUGAUGUUUUGUUGUGUUUUAAACUCUAUCCCUGAGCAUAAAUCAUAUUCCAUUUAAAAAGGUGUAUGCUUUAGUGUAUUCAAUUCCUCAUUUAGUGAAUUUCUUAGCCUGUAUUGUGCUAGUGAGGCCUGUUACUUCAUUAUAUAUUGAAAAGAGUUUGACAGUUACGCUGCUGCUUUUUAUAACCUCUCCCUGUGGCUGCACCGAUCUUUGUGCUCACAGUCACUUUGUAGGAAAAGAGAGGUGAUUGUAUUUCUUCAUGUUCAGCCUAACACAGGUGUACAGGUAGAAAGGCUGGUUUUACCUCUUGGCCUGAGUAUCUGUUCCUGUGGUGUUGCCAUACCUCUCUCUCUCUUUUUCAACCCAGUCAGUUUUUGGAAGUUUUACAAGCGCUCAAUUCCACUCCACAUUUAUAGCUUCAGUCGGUGAUCCACAAGAUCCACAUCUUUCAUUUUGGCAACAUCUGCGGCGCUAAGUGGCUGCCGCUGUGGCGUUCCUGCACACUCCACCUCCCAGACAUCUCUCGGCAGUCAUGUGACCACAACUGUGACUUAUGUCUCCUCUGACGCGUGUCUCUCUGUUGAGGAAAAUCCUAAGAUUUGCUGUGAUAGGGACUUGAUAUUUUAGAUCACAAACUGCAGCCUGUGAAGGUAACGGUUGGAAACACUGAGUAUAAUACAACAAAAUAAACUGUUGGUCAUCCAAUCUGCUUCAACCAGUUCAGAUGCAUCUGUGUAUUCAGUAACUCUUGUUUUGGCUGCAUGGGUGUGUGGGAGUCACUUAGUCUAAAGACAUCUGCUGAUGUAUUUAUGUAACAUGUUUCAUUAAAUAACACCGUAGGUCGGUGUCUCACCCCCACUGUCUUCUGUUUCUCUUUCAGGGGAAGUGACUGCAGCCGAAGGCUCAAGAAUGUAAGUGAUACUUGUGAAUUACAGAGGGAUAAUUUGUUUGUGUGCUAAAUGUGUGUUUCGAUAGAAACUUGCUAUUAUGGUUUGGUGUUUCUGUUUUUGUUUAGCUUGUAACUCUUUUCCUUGUCACACUUGUUUCUUUCUAUUCCUCUUAUCAUGACUUUUGCUGCUCUCCCAGAUCUGUUAACCUGCUCCAGGGUGUAAAAAUUGCAAAGAGUAUCAGGAAUUCAUCAUCCGUAGUAAAUGAUCUGGAGAAAUCGCUGCACAAAAAGGGUCAAGACAGGUUCCUUAUAGGGCUGCACAAUUAAUCCAUUUUAAAUCAUAAUCAGAUUAUUUGAUUAUGACGAUGUUGUAAAAAUUAAAAUCGUCAAAUCGAUUGUCUGCUCUAUCAUGUUUGCCACUGUAGGCUCGCCCCAUCCUGCAGGAGUGCUCCCCAGUUCCCAAAAGAAGGCGAUAAUUUCGUGGCUAAAUAGAGCAAGAGCAAGUCAGUCGUGUGAAAUUGGUACAGCUUUGCACUUUCGGACGAAGAGCAAACAACUCCCUGUUGCAAGGUCUGUCUGAAGGUGGUAUCAACCCGUUAACACAGAAACAUAUUCAGGAGUAAACGCAAACGUUUUUUGUCGUAUCGGCAUUUCAUCCACACAGAAAUGUUGUUUCGGGUGACUGUAGGCGGUACUUUUUGAAAAUAGGUCAGAGAGUGCAUAAAUCUGUAAAUGACGACCAUUUCAUCUCCGUGUGGAUGUCUAUCUGCAUUACACAGCGUAAUUCUUUUAUGGCGCCUGCACGUGUCCGGCCAAAACAACCUUUAUACACAUGCUCUGUACUCUUCUUCUGUCUUUUGUGCAUUUCCUCGGCGGCGUUACAGCGCCACUUACUGGCUUGGCAUAUGCACUACGUCGUUUUCAGUGGUUUCGUUUUGAGAGAUGAUAGAAAAACUUAUUAAAGUGAAGUUUGGUGAAGUUGUCACUGAAUAAAAAAUUGAAGAUUUGAAAAAAAAUCUGGAUUUUAUUUUUGGUCAAAAUCGUGCAGCCCUGGUUCCUUAUAUGAGGUGGCCAUAAUCUUUGGGCCCUCAGGCAGCACGUCAUUAAAACCAUAUGUUGCUCUGUGGUGGAAAUUACUGCAUCGGCUUAAAACAUAUCCAAAGCCAUUGUAUGUUCAUAAUUUGUCACUGCAUCCACAAAUGUAAAUUAAAGCUGAACCAUACAAAGAGGAAACCACACAUAAACAUGAUUCAAGAAUGCCUGCAACAUCUGUGGCUCCAAGCCUGUUUAAUAUGGACACAUUUCAAAUCAAAACAUACAAGCAUGGAUGAGAAACUAUCAGACGAUGGCAAAACUGAGAACUAAAAUAGUGGAGCAUUUCAGGUUUUUGCAAAAACUAGGAAUUUGGCUGUUAGACAUGCAAUGCUUAAACAAAUUUUGUUACUGCUGAAACGUGUCUAACCUGUCUACAUAUGACAGGACGCCAUUGUGAUAAGCAAAAAACAAACGGUGGACUAAUGACGGAGUUUACUUCUCAAGUCUUCAGGGGUAUACUUGGGAAGUUUCAGGGUCCUUGUCCAGCAAUAAAAAAGAGCUGUUGUAUAUAAUUCUGUGAUGGCAUGAUCAUAGACUAAGAUCAGUACUUUAUGGUGAUUCAAAUUUUAUCAUGAAUUUAUCAUAGGAGUUUAUUCAUUCUAAAACUGUGAACAUUAUUAGCCUUUUGUGCUCUCUUCUCUGCCCUUUUUUUUCUCCUGCUUAGUUUAGCUCUCUCUAUUCUCUCUGGUUUAGUCCUCUGUGUAUUUGUUGUUCUGUCUCCUUAUUAUUAUUCAUUUUGAAAGGUCUCAGUUUGGUCUAUUUUUGCACAAAAUACCUCAACAUCCUCCCCUCCUUUUCUAAUAAAGGCUGCUUUAAGAAGUAGAGCACACAAUGCUAGCCCUGCCCACUCUGCAGUCAAAGCUCUUUCUCUCUCUCUCUCUCUCUCUCUCCCCCUCUCUCCACUCUAACUCUCUCUUUCUCACUCACUCUCUGAUGCCGUUGUGCACUGUGCAAGUUAUCCCAUCGAGCCGCAGAGCCGGCCCGGGCUGCUAGCUCAUUUAGCUGACUGCACACAGGGACUCUCAGUCGUAUGAGCCAGCAUUUGCAGCAACAGCAAACUACCCACAAACUCCCAGCAGCCUGUGCUUCAGCCUGGACCUGCUGCCAGGAUUUGCUACCUCACUAUGGAUUUGACCCGCAGACUCUCAGGCUGAUGACUAGGAUUUGAAAGCAGCUGUCUCUGCAGCACAUCACAAACUGAGAGGUGAAGGAACUGCGGUGCAAUUUGCUGAUCUGUAGAUUGAGACAUUAGACAGUUUGAAUGUUGAAGUGGAAAGGUGUUGCAUGGAGGGUUUGAGAUGAGCUGAGUUACUAAGAUGAUUUUAUGGCAGGUGCUGAAAUUAACAGUGUGUGAAUCUUAAUGACUACAGCAAGGAGCUUACACUAAAUGAGCCCCUACAUGUCUGCAGAUUGUGACAUUUGCUGAAACCUGUGCUUGUAUGGGCUUGUUUGUGUCUUUUUUAACAGUCGUCACAUUUUUGUGCUUCUUCAUACCUUUGUUUAUGCAUCACUGAAGAGUGUUGGCACAUAAAACAAAGAGAUGUUUCUCCAUGAGAGGUCUUUCAACAUCUGCCCGAUCAGACUGCUGCUGAACCUGAAAACUGCAAAGACAGUGUCACACCGUGCAUUACUUAUUUGUAAGGCCCCGCUGAUUGUAACUCAGCCGAUUUGAACUCCUCUGACACAUCUUGUUUGAACAACUUAAGUUAUUUGCUGCUGUCCAAGUUUCUGUUUUUGCAGGCUUGUUUGCUGUAGGUUUGGUUCUGCAUAUCUGAAUCAUGCAGGCACAGUUGUGGCUCAUAUUCCCAUAGCACUGUGCAGUUGGGAUCAAUACGGCUCUGUUUAAAGCGCACUAGUAAGCGAGUGAGACACACCGGGUGAUGACCCACUUCCAAUGGGAGCUGGCACGAGUAGUUGUGAUUUAAUCAGUGGCACAGAAACGAUCCACACAGCUGAUCAGGGUGCUAAAGUUUGCAGAUAAUGACUCGUGAAUACAGCUGCUGCAAUGUUAUUUCACUACAGUAACGGUGUGGCAAUGACAUUUUGAGUUCAGGAUCCCCUUUAUUUAAAGAAGAUUUAAGGUUUGACUGGUUGCAGAGUCAGGACAAUGGCUCAGUCUUGUCGUGUUUGUGCAGCAUGUUUAAGCUAGCAUGCAACUUCACAGAAAGGAGGCUGAACUGAUUUGUAGGAAGAAAUUGUUCAAAGGCAGAAGGGAGAAAUAUUUUCUUUAUGCACCUUUGUCUCCUGCCUUUCUAAGAGUGAGCUGAUAAAUUUUACCAUUUUACCUCCUGAGAGGGCCACAUUUACAGCCUACAUGUGUAUAUGCCUAGAUGAAUUGUCUCCCCCCGCAAUAAUAAUCCCUGCUCUUACAUUCUGUGAGAAUGAUUGUUGCUGAAUGGUGCAUUUAAACUGACUCAGAGCACCUGGAAUGAUCCGGUUUGUCUCGACACUGUCAGAGUGAUUAGAUCAAAGUUAGCAUCAUGAAGAUAUCUAAGUACUGCCAGAGAGCUGAUCGCUGUAUGACCCUGAUGAUACUUUUUACAAGCCCAGCCAGUUGUCUUUUUCUAAAGUGCUACAUGGAUUUGGCAACAUUUAAGCAGACCUUGUGUACUUAUUUUCACCUCUCAUUAUGUCAGUAGAGUAGCUUUGCAUGAUUUCCAAAGCUUUAAGGUAAAACUUCAUAUUCAUCUGAAAUUGGCAGUAGGGCUGGGCGAUAAACCGAAAAUUUACCGAUACCGACGUUUACGACAAUAACCAACGUCAUUUUGUCCAUGUCAAUAUAUUCAGUGCCAAAAAAUAAAUAAAUCAAAGUUAGUUUUAGAUGUGUGUAGGUAGGCUAUGAUCUCAUGUCCCUUUUCAAGACGCUGCCCUACGUCGGCCACGUGACUCCACCUCAUCCAGUCCGUAACAAAGAGGGAAAGACAGGUGAGGAGAUAGAGGACGGUUCAAAAGUCGGAGCGGCUGAAGUAGACGAAGUUAUUGUGGGAGGGUGUGAGCAGCUUGUGGAGUAGUUAUCGUCCACUUAUCGUUAUCGAGGUGGACUGCUCAAUAUAUCAUGAUAUUGAUUUGAGGCCAUCUCGUCCAGCCCUAAUUAGCAGUCAUGAAAACCCUUGUACCAGCACUAUUCAGCUGCUGCCUGAAACACUCUGUUUUGGCUGCUUCUCUAGUAAUUUAAAGUUAGACACAGCUUGGGGGUGUUAUUUUUCACACAGCUGAGCAUUACCUGCUGUAAAAUCACUAGCCGCUAUUAUGUUACUUAAAGUUUGUACUGUUGAGCCUUCAUGGAAGCUCUUUACAGGUCCAGGUUUUAGGAACUGCUGAGAUGCAAAUCCAGCUUUUAUUGACCUUUGUCUACAAAGGAAUUACGAAAAAGCGGCAAGCACAAACAGCUUUGUUGUGGCUGUUGUUGUCCUGAAAACAUAACAACUUCCCACUGUUUGCUUGAGCAUUCAUCCUUAGGGAGAGAAAGUGACUCCAACUUUCUUCUACAAUCAAAGGAAACGCACAAGAAACUUACUGAAACACACCGAAUCAACAAAGUGAGAAGAAAAGCUGAGCCGUGAAAUCCACCUGGAAACAGCUUCUAAGUAGACACAUGGGACAUUGACCAAGGGAAUAUCCCACUAUUUGUACAUCUCGUGGUUUAAGUUUUCAUUUGAUAUGUAUUGAAAUGCAAAUCAGCACAAUGGGCCUUUUUAGAGCUUUAGUUGAUUGAUAUUCAAAUCUGGAGAGUUGGAAUCAAAAUUCAAAUUUAUAGCCAGUUCAUUCAAGCUUUUUCCAAAUGGACUCGCUCAGUGCUGAUUAAACCUUUCAACAUCAGGUCUAUCUGGAAAUGUUACUUAACAUAAACCUCCAUGGACUAGUUUGCCAGAUCUGGAGGGGGGAGCAGCCAUAUCCACAGAGCGAGCUGCAGCAACAACAAAUCAGGCGGUAAAAAACACAAGAAGCAUUGAAAGAAAGAGUUUUAUGAUCCAGAUUAAAAGGAAACUCUGUGUUCAGAGGAAAAAGUCAGUCAAAAGUAGAAAGCGAUUGAUGCCUGAAUACAAUGAGCUGCUUUUCUUUGUUGCAGGAAUUAUAUAAUAAGCAAGGGUUUGUCUCACUGCUGGAAAGGAGAGUCAGAAACUUUCCCCUGUCAGUUUCAGAGCUACAGCAUUAUUAUCUUGUAUUAUUUACACACUGGGUUACUGAACCUUUCAAAGUUUAGUCUGUCUGGAAGAUUUAAAAAUGGAUGAAGUGACUUUAAAAAUUAAAAUUGUGACAUUUUUACUGUCAAGUCAAGUUUUUUAAGACAAAUCUUUACCUCGCAAUGUCUGACUGAAUCGACUUUUUCUCUGCUUUAGGUUCUAAUCACCAUCUACUGGUUGGGUCGAGCUGCCAACGGAUGUACCUCCUACAACGGGCCCACGCUGGACCUGAAAGAGUUUGAGGGCCUGCUGUCACAGAUGCGAAAGGUUUGCUAAGUUAUGUAAAGUUGUUUCCAGGGUGCUAAAAAUAUCAUGAAAAUCUUAAUCUCAAGUCCAGGGACAAUGCAGUCAGUAGUUUCUGCUGCAGAUCUCUUAGCAACCACAGCUGCUGAAGGACAAAGUAGAGAAGAGGAGGAGUAGAAAGAAGCCGUCACUUCCAAUGAGCAGAAAUUUACAGACUUUAUCCUGGUAGUGUCUGAAUGUCCUGACAAAACACUUACAAGGGCAUCAUGCUGAAUCAUUUAUUCCGGGGUGCUAUGAAGCAGCAUUUAUUCAGCAUGAACACCAGCUGGAUAGGAAUCAUCCUGAGCUGUGCGUAACUCCCCACUCCUGGACGGUGGAUGAAUACACAACUGAUUCUGUGUGUCAAUCAACUCAACCUAGCUCCACCCCAGAGAGAGAAGUUCGCACCAGCAAGCCCUCAGGACACACAAACACGCUCAUGACAUUCACUCUUAACAAUGAUGUCAUCCCCGUGCAAUUUUUUCCGCUAUGUGAUGUUCCUUUUCUGUUCAAUAAAACGGCGAAAUCGCUGCCAGCUCAGCAGAGGUGCUUUAACAGAUGUUCACACGUUGCAGCUGACCAAAACAAAACCACGAUUCCAGGGCACAAAGGAGAUUAAUAACAACAAAAUGAGAUUAUGAUGUACCUAAAAAAAACAUCAAGUGCUUAUAUUUCAAAUUAAAAUGCUGUUGAGUGACUCACUUGUGUUCAGAAAAUGAAAACUGGACCCUAAAGAGUGAUGACUGAAAAGAAAGCUGCAGGUGAAUAUAGGAUUAACAGACAGUUCUCUAAAAUAAGGAAAAAUAUGCUUCCUCACAUAAGACUGCUCAUAUUUAGACAUCUGAAAGUUUGUGACCAGAUAAAAUAUUAUUCUGUUGGAAUUACCACAGACAUUUAAAUUAAGCUCAGAUACUACAAAUACUGUGAACUCUUAACCCCAAUUCCAUAGGAGUUGAGACACUGUGUAAAAUGUUGAUAAAAUCUGAAUUUGAUGUUUUUUAAUUCAUUUAAAGCUGAAAAUUAUUGACGUUUAAGGUAAUAAUGGUGCAAAAACAAUUGAUCAAAUGUUAAAACUGAAAAAUGUUUGAGUAUGAUACUAUACCCUCAUUGUGAAUUUGAUGCAGGUAACAGAUUUGGAUACGUGUGAGUCAGGUAUAGUGAGAACAAAACACUAAAAAUGUUGAAGAAUGGCUUUGUAACACUUUUUAAACUGAACUUUUUUAGUGGUCAAAGUAUCUGCUUCUAUGACCUUCCCUGCAGCAACACACAGCUUCACUUUUGUGUAGAAGCUCCAGUAGCUGUCCUGGCUGUUAUCUUCUAUGUUUAGUCACCUAACAAUUGAUUAGUACCUCAGUCGUCCCCAUUUAAAAAUCAAACAAGAUAAAAACCCUCUAGAGCCAACCUUCCCUCUAUUCUCCUCACACCUUUACUUCGCAGUUCCACGCUUUCACUGAAGAAAGUUGAACAUGCUCAAGAAAGGAAAUAGCUCCAGCAGAACUUCUUCAGAAUAUUCCGUUUUUCAGGGGUUUGGUUGUUGCAUAAUAGACGGUCCAAGGGUCAAGAACAGGAAGUCUUUUGGUAGACAGGAAAGGCCUUUCCCCACCUUUCAUUAGCUACAGAGACGUUUUUCAUCUGUGCACAGACAGAGGACGGGACACUGAGGUGAAGAGAGACUUAUUCAGUGGGAUCGAAGUGGAAUGAAGGGGAGACCAUUAAAGGGAUACAUUUAUGUAGGAUUUAAGAGGCCUGUUUGUAUGAGACAGUUCAUGGGUUCAUAAAUUUCUUUUUAAAUAUGUAUUUGACACCAGUCUGUGUGUCUCAUCUAACCUGUCCAUGUGUUCAUGUCCAGGAGGCGGAGGAGGCAGAGAGCCCUAAACGUAACAUCCGAGACAGCGGCUACAUCGACUGCUGGGACUCUGAGCGCAGUGACUCUCUCUCUCCGCCACGGCACGGCCGCGAGGACUCGUUCGACAGUCUGGACUCCUUCGGCUCUCGCUCACGACAGACCCCGUCACCGGACGUCUUGGUCCCCCGCGGCAGCAGUGAUGGUAGGAAAUGGUCUAAACUUUUCACACUUUCUUGAGAGCACAAUGUUGUUGACAGAAUGAUCAACCUCUCAAAGUUCAUGGAUUGAAUCUGAGUGAUCCCACGUGUCAUUUGAGCCUUCACCUUACUGCGUGUCUCCUGAAAGGGGAUAUUCAAUGCUUGUUGUUCUGUGUCGAUUUAUGAUGGUGAACAGAUAAAGUUUGUUGAAGUUUUAAGUGCAUUUUCCUCCUUGAGCUACUAUAGUGGAGCCUGUUGUCCUCCUCCCUGUGUUUCUGCAGGACAACACCCUGUGUUUGUCAAAGGCUAUUAGAAAGAAUACAGUGAACGGUCACAGCGCGAUGCCUGUUUUGAAGUCAAAAUACAGCCUGGGUUUCAUUUAAACUGCCGCCAUACGUUUAGUGAAAGAAAGGAUAUUUAGUGUAAACAGUGUUAGCGUGCAGACACAGUGAACUCUUGGAGUUAGUAAGAAAGUCAGUGGGGUUUUUUGUUGUUGCCUGUGUAUGUCUGCAGUUAGAAAUACUAAAGAAAUACUAAGAAUAAAACAGUAAAAUCAAUCAAGUUUAUAUCUGUAAUGAUUUCUCAGAUCCUCCGACUCUGAGGUGAUUCUACAAUGUCAAAUAUGAAUAUGCACAAACUUGACUAAAAAUUUUUGAAACCCAGUAACAUCUGUUUUUAUUUUCAAUUGUGUUAUAUCACUAUGAGCUCCACCAACACGGCCUCCAAGGACAGUUACGUGUAUCAAGUAAUAUAAAACAAAAGACGUUAAAGUGAGCGAGCCUCUGAGAAAUAUUCAGGUUUGGUUGAUUUGAUAAAAGCAGCAGUAAAGUUAAGUAAAAGGGUGUGAUCCAAAGCAAAGAGUCCACCCCUCAUGUUGUAAUCUGCUGUUUACACAUCUGAUCUCUCUGUGUAACCUUGUAAAAAAACAAAUCACUCUGAGACACCAAACCCCUGCUUUGUUCUGAAGAGCACAAAAGCAUGUUAAAAAUCAAAAUAUAGUGUUUUUUAGUAAUGAUGAAUAAAAAUACUGUCAUAGAAAUGAGUUUUCGACUUUGAUGAGCUCUCUCCCAAAUUGACCUGUUUGCUUAAUUCAACUACUGUCAAAUAUUUCUCUGCUUAAAAAUGAAAAACUAUUACAAAUAGAGAUUUUUAUUAAAACCCUUAUUUUCUUUUUAGUUUCGACCCAUCACUCUUUCAGCUCAUUUUCUCUCCUUCAUUCUUAAUUACCCCUAAAAAUAUUGCCUGCAGCAGCAAUUUGGUGUGCACCAGCUCCUUAUACAGUAUCGAUUCACAGUAUUAGCAGAGCUUUUGUGCUUGUCCAUGCUUGAAGUCUUGUGACACCUUUCAGUGAGGAUUUCCAGCUCUGUCAUUGACAUCCGCACAAAGGUGGUUCUGUGCUGAGUGUUGGAGCCUGUUGUCCUGGACUACAGCUGUUUGGAUGACUCUGUCUGAGUGUACAAUAAGAUGAGUGACAGCGCUAGAGAGAGGAAGCGAUUUAAAUCCCUGUCAAAGUGAAACAAAGGAAAGGAGAAGGUGUGGUUUGGCUUUUGGUGGUUUCUAAUGUGGCACUUUGCUGAUCCGUCAGGUAUCAAAACAGAAGACACAAUGUAAUCAUGCCGUGCGCCCUCAUCUUCAGGAAGCUUGUAGCUGAUACUUGUUGGGCUCACCCAUGAAGCAAACCAGCUGUGUAUUUCAGGGGGUUAAAACUUCUUGACUCCCUACAUAUUUUUUUUCUUUGUUGAGUACCACAGAAGACAAUCGAUCAUUUUCGAUUUGAUAUCUCAAUUCCCUAUUGUUUUAUGAAGAAAAAUUGAAUCUGACUCAUAGUUGUCAUAGAAACAAGCGUAUGCUGACAUGAUCCUCCUGACAGCUGUUGUUAAUUCUCUCAUCCUGCUCAUUCAGUAGUCAUAAAAAAAUCUUCUCACUAAAACUCUGUCAAAUAUGGUUUUGAUUGGUGAAAAACUAACAGACAAACAACUUAUGAAGACUUCUCGACAAGGUAGUUCAUCAAGAUCUGUCUCUUGGCAUAACUAUAAGUCUAAAAUAUUUAUUUAGAUAACUUAUUAAGGAGUAACUCAAUGAAUCAGUCUCCAGUUAAACCACUUUUUAACAGAUACUACAGAGACCCUUAACAAAACAGUCAGGCUAGGGCUGGGCGAUAAACCGAAAUUUUAAAGUUUACGAAGUUUAUGACAAUAACCGACGUCAUUUUCCCCAUAUUGGUAAAUUUGGUGUCAAAAAAAGGAAUGAAUAAAAGUUGGUUUUGGAUGUGUGUAGGUAGGCUAUAGUCUCAUGUCCCUUUAAGACAUUGUCCUACGUUGACAUGACUCCACCCCAUCCAGUCUGUAACAAAGAAGGAAAGACAGGUGAGGAGAUGGAGGACAGUUCAAAAGUUGUAGUGGCUGGAAAGACGGCUGAAGUAGAUGAAGUUAAUGUGGGAGGGGGUGAGCAGCUGUAAUCGUCCAUUUAUCGUUAUUGAGGUGAACUGCUCAAUAUAUCCUGACAUUGAUUUGAGGCCAUCUCGCCCAGCCCUACUCAGGCCUAGACUCUACGCUUGAUUGUAUUUUUUCCAUAAAAAACAACAUCAAGAUAAGAUCAGAUUCAGUCUCUCCUUAAUCCAAUAUGAGCAGAGCACUUUGCAAGUAACAGUGGCAAGGCAAAGAGGAAUGUAAUGCACCCACCUCAGUGGCCAUAAAAAAUACAUAAAGUUAGGUUUCCCAGAACGAACAAACUUCAAAGAGCUGCAGACUCGCUUCAUAUAUUGUGCUGGAGUCAAAAACAUAGAAUUUGGCCUCAUAGAAGUUCUUUAUUAUGCCAAGCUGACCAUAUGGUGUCAAUGAAAGCUGUAGAUUGGUGCUCUUUAUAUGAAUUUGUCCCUUUUUAAAUGUUAAUGACAACCUAUAAACUGUUACAGCACCCAUCAAAACCGUUUAUGUAAGCGUCAUCUCUGAAGUGCAUGUGGGAAAACGGAGCGAGGCCAGGCUUCCUGUCAGACUGUUUUUGUUUUGAAGGAAGUGUCAGAGGAAGCUGCCGUCUCCAAAGCCUGAGUUGCUUGUCACUAGAAGUCAAAUGGACUGAAAACCUUGUUGGAUGUUUGUUUUUCAGACAGGAGGGAAAUAAAUCAAUUUAGUAAAUGUAUAAAUAAAGACGGCGUGUUAAGACUUGAAACCCUCAGAUAAAGCCAUAAAAAAAACUUGGCACUACAGCACGGGCGCACCAAAGAAUUCAUCAUCCAAAACAAUGCAAAUGUAACAGCCUCAUUUUUUUUAACUCAAUAAUCAUAUAUCAGAUAACGUAAUGCUGUCGCUGGCAUCACUUUGAACCAUCUAUCUUUUACUACACAAGCCUUACCACAAUCAAUCUGUCCACCAGCACUUUCAACCCACAGCUGAUUAGUCAUGCUGCUUUUAUUCCAACACACACGGUCAGAUUCAAAGCAGCAUGCUCUGUUGUUUGGGAGAAUUAAUGGUUUUAACAGAAAAAAUUAACAAGCAGGCAUUCUGGAGAAGUCAAAGAAAUCAUGUCGACACAUUAUCAAACUUAUAGAGUUAAUUCUGAUGGCUCGUGGCUAACUGUAUCCUGACAUAAUCUAAAAAUCCUUGCUGGUUAGCGGGUCUUUACAUGGCUGAGAUUUGCAUAGUGACCCAUCUAUACAAAUUACCAACUACAAAUGUAAAGGCAGGUUUUCUAAGUCCACAAAACCAAAACAAGAUGGCACCUUCACUUUGUGGGAGGCCCUUAAUUAAAAUAUUUGUCAAACAUAAAAAAAAAAAAUUCAAAUUUUCAUUGAUUUAAAUGUCAGGAUUUUGGAGGUUGGCCCACGCUGCACAGAUUGUUUUGGGGUUAGUAUAGGGCUGAGCAACAAACCAAAAUUCUACCAAUACCAAAAUUUACAACAAUAACCAACGUCAUUUUGCCCAUAAAGGGUAUAUUCGGUGUCAAAAAAAAAAUAAAUAAAAGUUGGUUUUGGAUGUGUGUAGGUAGGCUAUGGUCUUAUGUCCCUUAAAGACACUGUCUGACAUUGGAGAUGUGACUCCACCCCAUCCAGUCCGUAACGAAGAGGGAAAGACAGGUGAGGAGAUGGAGGACGGUUCAAAAGUUGUAGCGGCUGAAGUAGACAAAGUUAAUGUGGGAGGGGGUGAGCAGCUUGUGGAGUAGUUAUCAUCGAUUUAUCGUUAUCGAGAUGAACUGCUCAAUAUAUUGUGAUAUUGAUUUUAGGCCAUAUUGCCCAGCCCUAGGUUGUUAUCCCUGAACCCAUCAGAUGACUGUGAUAAUUUAACUCUGGCCUAGUUGAUACCGAAAAGAUUACUCCUUCUCUCAGAGAGCCAAAAAAAGAACUGUUUUCCUCUGGCAGCUUCACCUCUUACUGGAAAUGCAUCAUCAUAAUAUUUAUAAGCCCCUGCUAUUAUUUCAGGUGUCAUAAGAGGUCAGUUUUCACAUCAGACCCAAGAGGCACAGACAAGUAGAGUGGGAACAAUAACAGUCAUCAUCCAAUCACAUGGAGCUUUCUGUACACUCAUUACACAAGAGCAUCAUUUAUCAACAUGCUCACUAACCCGGCUCAGCCAGGUUUCCUCUGCCCUGACCUUUAGACAAAGCCCUCUCUCUAUUCAGCUCUGUUCGCUGACUUCACCCUGACAGUAAUUAGACGACAGGGAGAGCAGUUUAAUUCACUAUCUGAAAGAGAUUCAAUAAUCUCUUUUGUUAAGGCCAAGUUUUGUAGAUAGAUACAGCAUUGAUAAAUGAGACACUCUAUGUUUGUGGUAUUGCAAAGGGAAGCCUACCCUCUGCAUAUUUCUGCCCCCCCUUUUUAUUGCAAGACAACAUCCACUGUGAGCUGUUUGAAAAAAAAAAACAGAUUUUGUUGGGAUGGUUUAGAGGGUUUUACAUCAUUUCUGUCUCCCGGGACAUGAUUUACAUCCAACUUAAUGACAGCACAGUUGAAAUUGCAAGAUCACAACAUUUAGAAUACAUUUUACACCAUAUUAGUUCUAGACUUCAGGAAAUCGAACAAAACCAGAAUUCAAAACCAUGUCCUGAACUUUUCCAUGUGGUCAGGAUCAAAAUUAAGAAUGUGGUCCGACUCGUAAGACAUGGACUAUGCCAGGCAUUGGAUGUCUCCUCUUUUUUUAGCUUUUCUCAUGGUACCAUAGUCAAAAUCAAAUAAGAAGUGAUUAGUUUGUGACGCAGUCAGACAGAGCUUCUUGGUUCUUUUGACAUUUGGUGAUAAAGCAGACUCAAAGCUGGUGGAUGAAGGCUUCCACACACUCUGCACGGUCUUAAACAUCAAUAACCAACUCCAGAGAAAGUUUGAGCGUAUCCUCCGUGGUCGCUAUGUUUUGAAGGACCUCCAGGCUUCAGACCAAAGCACAUUAGAUCAUUAUUAGUCCCACCCACUGACUUUGAUGGAUGAGUUUGACAGUUAAAAUAAAUUCAUGAAGCACUGCAACACAGGUCCAUGAAAUAAUUAGAUAUGUUUUACAUUGAAUGAACUGGUAUUUAAAAAAAAUUAAUGACACAUUUAAGUAUUUAUUUAAAGAUGUAUAUAUUUCAUUCUGUCUCUUUUCGUCCUCCAUAGUAAAGAACAUAUCAGUGACACUUAAUUUUUCAUGGCAGGCUUCACCCACCAACUUACAAAAAAUCCUAGAGAGUAAAAACCUCAGUUCACUCUGAAUACUUUCUUUCAAUGGUUUGUUUAAAGAUGUAGAUAAUUUUUAUAGUGUGAAGCUGUCAUUUCUAACGUGGAGAUAAAAAGAACAUGGCUCCUCCUCGCAGACUUAGUUCUGCUUUGAUAGAUGUGUUUCAUAAUAUCGGAGCUUUGGAAAAGCACGAAUACCAUCCCAGAAAAUGUCAUCAUUAAUUUUCCUCCAAUGCUAUUACAAGCAGUGAGGUUAUCUCCAUCACUCUUCAUUUGUAUUCUUGUCCUGCUUCUCAAAAACUGAAGCGGACUCUACGCAUUCCCUGUCGUGUUAGUGCAUGUUUGAUUAUUGAUGUAAAUAAGUUUGGUGAAGCUCUGCUACAGCAUGGCACUGACCCAUGAUCAUCAUUCCCUCAGGCUUCAAUGUUUCCAUAUGUUCAGAUAGAGCGCAUCGCCCUAUGAAGACACAUGUUGUUCCUUAAGGAUAGAUAGACUCAGAUGGUAGAGUCACUUAUGUUUCCAAUUGAUGGGUUAAGAGACGUAAUUUAACCAUUCAUUGUUGGGAAGAGCAGAUACCUCAAGGCCUCUUUUGGACCUUGAUCUGUCAAUCUUUCAGACCACAUCAAAACGGAGACGUCUAUUGAUAGAAAAGGAGGUUUUCACAAGUUCAAAAAUGACGUUUGUUUCCACUCUGAGCUCUGGUGGAGUCUCACAUGUAUCUGUUUAGAGCUAAGAGGAGAUUUAACGGUUCAGAUCUGGUUGAAGUUGCGGCUUUCUGCUUGGGGAAACAUAUACAUUGAGUCAUCAGAUUUAGUGUGCAUGUAUCCAAAGGGAGGGGAAUUCCAGUAGCACAUGUGCUGAACAUCUUGAGGAGGAAUUUUGAGAGACCUUGAGCAAAGUAGGGCUACAGGUAUCAAGUUCCUGCUAUUUCCAAAUGUUAGGAUUAGAAUUAAGGGGAAAAAAACUGUUUAAUGAAGGUGAAAUGGACUGUUGUACUCAGUAUAAAUCAGUCACUCUUGUCCUCAUUUCCCUUUUUUAAGGAUUGCUCAAUAACAUCUUGCAAAGGAAUUUAAGGCGCUGAGUGGGGAAAGUCCUUGAGCGAUGCACUUCUGCGAGGCCAGGUGUUGCAGCUGACAUAAAAGGACUAACUGUGUGUUUAAAACGUGAUAACAGACAGACAUAGAGGCAUCCUAAGUGAAUUCUUCCGAACUGUAGGUUAGAAUUUAGUCCGCUGAAAAUGCACAAUACAAACUUAGUGCUGAUUUAUGAUACUUGCUUUUGUUUCAUGAAAACAGGCCUUCAACCUGCUGGAGGUUUGAUUUAUGUUCAGCAGCUGGAGUGCAGCACGUAUAAUAACACUGUAGCAGCACUUGUGUGUUUUGCGUAUAUGAUGUAACAGCUGGUGAAGAAAGUCUGUUGGUUAUUUGUAGCUUAUUUUAUAUGGUCAGGCUUACAGGUGCAACAAAUCACAAAUGUCCAGGAUAGAGAUAUGAGGUUCCCCCAUUGAGAUUCCUCUAUUAUAUAUUUGUUUAUUUAUUUUUUGUUCUCUCUCUCUCUCUCUCUCUCUCUCUCUCUCUCUCUCUCUCUCUCUCUCUCUCUCUCUCGCUGUUUUAAUCUGCAAAAUAUUUGUGAAAAAAAAUUGAUUACCAUAUUUUUAAAAUUUGUUUUGCUGCAAUUUGAAUCUCAUUUAUUACACGAGUCAUGUUUUUAAGAAAUAAUUGCUUGUUCUUCCAAGUAUGGAGGUAAUGGAAAAAGUUGAAGAACAGUUCAGCUACAGGGUCUGUGUUUGCACGCUAAAUUGCCUCCUCAAUAUUUUUAAAGUAAUUUCAGAUUUAUUGACUUUGCUUUUAGUCACUGACCUUCAUCAGAGAAUGGGGAGUUUAAGUUUACUUAAUUGGAAUAGUUUCUUCACCUCUACUGUGUUAGAAAAAUUUACCAAAAUGAGGCUGUUUUUAUUUCACAACCUCCAUCAAAUAAUAAUUUAAUUGUUUCACAAGAAGAGCUCUUCAGCAGAACAAAAUGCACUGUAACUGUGCAAUUAUUCUGCUCUCAACAAUAACAUCUGUAAACCUGAACUUUCAAGUAAGUACCUGCAGAAUUCAUCCCCCUGUCUCUUCCUCUUAUCAGGCCGCGGCAGCGACUCAGAGUCCGACGGCGCCCCUCACAGGAAGAUGCCAGAUGUCCGCAAGGACGACAUGUUGGCGAGGCGGACAUCUAUCAGCGAGCCCAAAACCGCCAUGCCCUUCAACCAAUACCUGCCUAACAAGAGCAACCAGAGUGGAUAUGUGCCCACGCCACUCCGCAAGAAAAGAAACGAUAAGGAGGAGGGAGGACGCAAGAGCUGGAGCACUGCAACCUCACCUGUAGGAGGGGAAAGACCGCUCAGGUGAGUCUGACUUUUAGGAGCAACAGCAAGAAAUGGCAAAAACAGUGUCACAUAGAGGUUGUCUCAAUGUAAGUAAGUCACCUUUCUAAGAAAUGAAAACUAUUUCUAUAACAGAUUCACUUUGAAAUUCAGGUACAGAUAAGAGAAUUGAUUUUGAACAUGUACACAGUAUUAUUGACUGAUGUAUGAAACCAUGAAAAUGAACUUUACAAUGUGAUUUGAUUGAUGGCGCCGCAGAGUUUCAGUUUGUGAUCAUGGAUUUGAAGAUUAGCAGGACGAUCAUUGUGCUGAGCUAAUUAACAUUGUGAAUGCUGCUGGUGAAGGUUCAUGACCAUAUUAAACUGGUCAUGUGAGGGCAAGUCCACAACUGUGACCUCGUUUUAGCCUGAAAAGAUUGAUUAAAGCUAUUGAUAUGUACAGACAGAUGUACAGAGUGACUGCAGAGAUUGGGGAAAUUAUCAUAUGUUGCUCGUUCAGCCUUUUAUAUACCCUCUUACAUCCUUUUGAGAUGAUUAAAUUCCAUCAAGUACUCCUCACAUGGUGCAGAAAAAAUGGAGCAAAUUAAAACAUGGAGGUGGAAUUUGAAAUGUUAGGCAUAUUAAAAUCCCAGAGGGUUGAGAUCACAAGUUUUAGUCUGUGGAGCAUUUUAUCCCCAGUGUAGAAGUUUCAAAUUUAUGCACACUAAGAGGAAGCAAUAUCGUACUUUGAGGUCAGGGUGGAUUUUUAUGGACAGAAGCUGAAAAUCAAACAUAUAAAGCUGAAGAUCUGUGAGUUUAUUAGUUUGGUCUAAGUGGGUUUACAUUUUUGGCGUGCUGCAAGUGUGUGUGGGUUGUUUCAGCCAGUGUGUUCCUCAUCUGUCCUCCAUUCCCCUCACCUGCUAACUUUCUCCAUUGUGUUAUGAGUUGCAUCAAAUAGCAUGCACUGAUCAAAUCUGCACUUUUUUUUCCCUCCAUCUCCAUCCAUUUCACCUGUGCUGACCUCUCCCCUCCUGUUUCCUGUCAUCUCAUGUGCUCCAUCAUAUUUCUCGUAUUUGUGUAUUUUGUGUCUCAUGAUCACCGUUCCACGUUUGGUCGUCCCUAAUUUUGCUCGGCUUUGAUUCUGUUCUCCCCCCUGCCCUGUGUGUGUUGUAUAAAUGGGUCGUAUAACAGUCUAAAUGUUGUCCUUAGCCCAGGCGCCCUACCUGGAGAAUCCCCCAUCCCGUCCCCUUCCUUACCUCUAAAACCCAAAAUACAGAUUCAGAAGGAAAACCAGACAAAAAAGGACGUUGAGGGAGGGGAUCCACCGGCCCCCCCACCUUGUAUUGAGAUCCAUGCUGCAGGCGUGAGGAGAAGCAGUGAGCCUCUGUCCUAUAGCCUCCCCCAGCCCCAUGCAGAGCCCCCAAAGGAGACUCACCUGAUGGUCACCUCUGAGCAAAGGUCUUUACCUUGUUUGUGUUUUUCACCUAACAGCCGACCAAUUCUCACUUUUUCAGUGACCCUGAUUCAAAAUUUCUCUUGAUCAAAUGUGAAUAUAAUAAUUCGUUCCAGAUUAUGAGAUUUUUAUUUUGUACUAUUUUUGGGAAAUUCCACUUAUCUUACAGAUCCAUGAAUGUGGAAAAAGUUCCAUCAAACUUUUUGUGGAUCCAGAGAGGGCUGUGGUGAGCUGCUUUGUGUCAUGUCACUUGGGGUUACAUGGUUUGUGAUCAGUGGCCCACUACCACCUUUGUUUGAGGUUAGCUGGAUGAGGCUUUGCGUCUGCUAGCUAGCUUUACAUUGUCUCUAAACUAUUGUAAGGUCAGUUGCAUUUUGGGUAACGUCAAGAGACAUGUUCAAAUGUAAGAAAUGAAUGUCUGGUUCUGCUGUAAUGCUUAAUUGCUACCGAGAGAUGAAAUAGAGAAUCAAAUCUACUUGGAUUCCCAUUAGCUGUGGUCAGAGCAACAAUUGCUCUCAAUGACUGGUAACAAGCAUUAAUGAGCUAAUAGUUGCAUGGCUAUACAUUGAGCAACUCAAAGGUUUGUAUUAUAUUGAACCACAAAUCUUCCCAUAUUAAAGAUAGGAGCCAAAAGACUGUAAGUUAGAGUUCUUUGUUCUGAUUUGUGCUGUGUGUGAUCAAAUAUUUAGGGGAAAGUGUGAGCCAAAAAUGUCCUGCUUUGUUCCAGUUUUGGCUGCAGAAAAGAAGAAUCGAGUAUUUGUGCUUGUUUAAAACGAACCAUGACUAAGGAAAGCUCAAUAAAUAACGGUAUCCUGAUCUCAAUGUUAGUCAAAAUAAUCCUCAUAGCCAUAAUCCUGCAGCUCUACUUUGCAGUGUCAUUAAAUCUUGCUGAGUUUUCUCCCUCUACCAUCAUAGAGAGAAUGUAAAUGAUACUUUAUAUGUUGCAAUACAACUCAGAAAAUACUCUUGAAAGUCUCAUUAGUAACAUAUUUCUCCAAAAACAGCUUAGCAGUUUGGAGUAAUCCUUAAACUUGUAAACACCCAGUUUUAUCAGGGCUUGUUUAUUUGAAAGGGGGGGAAAAAAAGUUCUAGUUAUCACAACUGGUAUUUCCAUCCUUCCAGCCAGCUCUUUUUGGCACUGCUGCUUCUUCUAAUUCUGUUCUCAUCCCGAGCAACGUAAGAGUGAGUCAGCAGAAGGUUCAGUGCUGAAUUUAACCGAGCUGCAUGCAGAUCAAACUGUUGUUCCACAGAUUCUUUACUCAGAAGGCCAUCCAGGUGUCACUCUGUGUAAGGUAGCAAGGUUAGCAUUAUCUACCACAACACCGUACUGAUGUAUAUUUAUCUGAGCAGACAUCAGAUGUCAAGUCUGACCGCAGCGAAAAAAAACAACAACAAUCCAGGUCUUUGUUGUUAUUUCACAAUCCAGCCUUAUGUGGUGUUUUUUGUUUUUUUUCUCCUGGUCUAGCAGACGUCUCAUUCACAGAACUGCUGGAGAGUUAUUACAGUCACACCCCCAGUUUCCAGCUCUGUCUGGCUCCAAUAUUAUUGCAUUGAUUGGACUGUCAGCAUUUCGAGGGAGUGAAAAGAAUCCUCAGCAGACAUCUGACUUGUUUAUAUUUGAGCUCCAAGGAAAAGGGGAUUUUUGGGAUGUUUGUGCAAGCCUUUAAAAGGGGCAGUUUGUCUGUAACAACUUGGAUUUUCCUGGAAGAAUACUCUGGCUGUACUGAGAGCAUUUCAGUUUUUCCAGGAGUUGAUACUUUCACUUUUACUGCAUAAAACUGACAGAAAAGUUUUUGAAAACGCCUUUUACAGUUAAGUCUGUCGAGGUUUGUGUCCAUCAGUACACCUCUCAGUAGCCAUAUGGUGGAGUUUUUUAACUUUGAAGUGUUUCUUAGCCUCAGCAGCAAAUUAAAUAUUAAAUUUGAAAGGCCUGGUGUAGUUCAUAAAUUAUUCACCUGCAUGUCAAAACAGCCCAAAUAACGUAUUAUGAACUGGAAAAACCGAAUCCUCGAAAAAACAAGAGGGCGUGUGUUGGGAGUUGGCCAGUUUCCACUCAUAUCCUAACAAACCUGCACACACCUUUGAACACAAAGCCAUACAGAGAGCAGGUACACACAAAAACAUACUGUGUGUCCACAUGCAAACACACUCGCAGGGAACAAGAACAUUCGACCCACCCUCAGGAUGUAAGGAAAUGAGGCUUUCUUCCUUCCCUGACCCUGAGCAGACCGGUCUUUUCACCGCCGUCCCCUCCCUGCAAUGCUAUCUGAGAAUUUACAGUCCAAUAAUAAGACUCCCAGAAAGUAGCCAUUCAUCUCAGGAUGACAAAUAACAGAACGCUCAGCGACUGCAGUUUGUUUGUUUUCUAUAUUCAGUCUGCUCGGAGAGGAUUUGUGACCUUGCUUUACUAUUUUCUCAGAUUGAUGUCUUGAAAAGAACCCGAUUUUGGCUCCUUCAGAGGAAUGCUGUCUGAUGGUGUAGGAUGAUAAUCAGGCAGCACUGUUAGCAUUUUAGUUUGCUUUGCUUUCUGCAGUACUCCACCUCGCUCCUGCUCGGAGGAACUCUUUCAACAAUCGACGACUCUGUCAGCAAACCUAAUGGCAACAAGCCCGGUCACCACAUCCAGGAAACAGCCACCUGUGAAGGAAGACGACACUGACCUGUCAGGUGCAGAUGUUGAGACGCAGAUGCUAACACUGACCUCUUCUAAAAACAUCACCACCCUCAGCCCUUCAGACUUCCUUCCUGUGCCUGCUGCCAUGGCAACCACUCCAACAGCAACAACAGAUGCAGGCAGACGGAAGGGGAGGGCACUGGGUGAAAGUGAGGACCUGCAAGGAUCUUGGGCAGACAGUGAUCCUCCAGCAACGUGAGCCACGUCCAGCAAUUACACUUCAUAUUGUGAAUGUCUGCAUCGUUGAUCUACAGCCGCAUUAUUCAGCUUUAAUAAUGAAGAGAUAUAUUUUUGCAUUGAUGCUUUUAAGCGCUCAAUCAGCAUGUCACGCUGACUUCAGACGCCUAGAUGAAUGACUUAACUUCUGUACAGCUGCAUGACCUUUUUUUUAAUGAAUGCACAUCUUCCUUUCCCCAAAAGAGGGGGAUUUCUGUUUAGAAAUCUGAAGAUGAGAAAAUGUUGGAUGGUGAGGUCUUUCAUUAUCGUUGCAUGACUCAAGUUGGCAACAUUUGAUCUAUUCAGGAAAGACCCAAUUAAGGGAUUAAGGGAACUAAAUUGAAUUUGAGUUCAUACAAUUUGAUAUAAUCCCUCAAUUCUUCAAUGCAUGAACAUCGUUAAAUUUGUGGAUUAGUCCAGCUUUCAAACCAUAAAUACUUUAAUUAAUCAAUCAUUGACUCUAAUGUGUACGCCAGAGAACAUUGGCGUUUACUCUAAUGGAGGCCCAGCUGUAUCAGAGGCUGUCAUCUUCAAAAAUAUAUAUAUAUUUAUGGCCAAAAGACAAUUUACUCCAACAUCCCAUAUGGCAAAUAGCCAUCAAAGACAACAAUCUCUCUGGACGUCAUCCCAGGAGGCAUUUCUUAAUUUGGUCUCCUUGUUCUCUUGUGGCGAGAACCACACUGUCUCUCUCAACCCUCCAACUUCACAGAGGAGGCUCCACAAAAAGAAGACCAAGAAGACCUUUGUGGUUAAGGCCGAACCUUCAACCAGUGGUUACAGACAGAAGAGAGCCACAUCCUUCACGCUACUCUUGUCUAAUAAAACAUGCAUGUGCUUUCUGUAUUAUUAAAGUGUCAGCUGCCUUCUAGGAUCAUUGCCAAAUGCAUCUGUUAAAUGCUGGCAGUGUUUCAGUUAUGCAGUGAUGCAGUGUACUUGUCUUCUGCUCUGUUCUGGCUGUGUUAUGGAUAAGACUGCCCCCUUGUGCUUGGUUUGAGAACUAUCACAGAACUGAGAAACUAACAGAUGCAUCUGUGCACAGACAAAAACAUCCAGGCAAGCAUGUUUGAAGCAUUAUAAGCUAACUUUAGCUGGUACAUACUCAGUAUUCUGUCAUAGAUAACUCAUUGUUUGUGAUAACAACACACUAUCUUGAGAGUGUGCAAACCAUCUCUGUGUUUUAAUAGUCCCAUGACUGACGUGUUUCUCUGCUGAGUGAACUCAUUUGUGAUUGCGCUCUCUCUUCAUGCUCUCUGCCUUCUGUAGAUUCAGCAGCACACAUAGUGUGUCAGAUGACCCACAGUAAGUUGUCUUUUAUCGUUCAUAGGCUCAGCUAUCUGCCUUGGCACUGCUCCGCACUGCAAAGCACAAGUCAUUUAAUCACUCUUAAGAAUCGAACUUAUUAUUCACCGCAGAGGAAUCCACCAGUCAUUAUAAUAUUAUGAGGAACUUCUUUAAGAUGCAUUGAACUCACUUUAACAAUCUGAUGGUAAUUUUUUUUAUUAAAAAUUAUAAAUAUGUGGUGGAAAUUUAAAGUUUCUUUAAUGUUUCUCACAAUAAAUACUACAGUGAGUGCAGAAACUAUUUUAAAUUUAGCCCGGCAUGUGAUACUGUAAUUGUCUGCUGAAGGUCUUCAAUUAGAGCUGAAUUUUUUCCACACAAUGAAAACUUGUAGAAGAUAGAGUUAUGUUUAAAACGUUUUGAGUUGUGGAAAUAAAAAAAAAUAACUUGUUUAGAAAUUAGUAUUUUUUGCAGUUUUCUUAACUGACUCAGCAGAGGGGAUAGUUUUGAUAGUUUCCUGUACAAGUGUCAAACAAUAUCCCUUCCCCUGACAUAUUAGGUAUCAUGUACAUACAGUAUGUUUUAAAAAAUCUGAUUUAAUGCUUGUGCCAGCUGCAUGUUUCAUAUAAAACAGCUGUUUAAAUCACCACUCCACCAUUUCAUCCUUUUACCUAACAAAUAUAUAUCACCUUUUUAUCCCAGUAAGUGUCAUUUGCAGCUACAAGCCUGCGCAAAAAUGGCGAUUUUUGUUCACAAAUCCCUGUUUAGAGAAGUGGAUUGGGCAAGAAGUGACAUAAAACACCUGCACUUGAACCUGUUUUAGUUUACACCGAAUAAAGUGGCACUUCACUCAGCCUUUACACUGCUAUACCUCCUGCUAUGUUCCCUUAAAUCUGCAAUAAGUGAUUGACACAACAGCAUGCUCGUAACACACUCGUAAGACUUCACUUUACUCGCUUCUAUACUGUCCAAUAAUCAUUACUUCAACUUGACAGAAAAAUAAAACUUACAUGUAUGUUCCUUCACUGAUUGAAGAACACGUGUGUCAUUUAACUGCAUCUGAAGUGACAAAUGCAUCUGUCAUACGUAUAAUUUAUGCCCUGUAGGAGCAAAUGUUGGAAUGUGACAUGACAUGAUACUGAAGAGUAAGGGCCAAAAAAGAGCAUGCAUGAUUAUUUGGUUGGAGUCUUUAAAAACAUGCUUGUUGUUUGGUGCACAGAUUUCCAUUGACUGGAUCUUUAAAAUCUGUUUUGUUGGGUUGGCCACUUUUCAGUUGAUUUUGAUACCCUUUUAUGAUUGACUGGUACAGACUUCAUUUUGUAGUUGAGUUUUUCUUUGAGUUUAGGAGGGCUGGAGGUUUUAUUAUGUCUUUUACAUGAACUUCAUAACUACUGCAAAGUCUUGGAAGUCUUGUAAAAGUUGAGUAUCACAGUGUUUCCAUCUUUUCACAUGACCUCAACUUACUCUGCAUCGCACAGAAGGAACUUUAUGGAGUUAUUUGAACAUAACUCAAUCAUGUCUAGUGUGUAAGUGAUGAUUAUCUGAUUUCACCAUCUUGUUUUUAUCCUCUCCAUCUUUCUUUCUCUUUCUUUUCCUGCAGGAGCAUGAGUAUGACCGACAUGCGUGUCGACGAAGAGGCCAUGUUACAUCCUCACAGCCAGGUCCGUCAUGAGCUGAUGCACAACCAGUACAACCAGUUGAAGGAAGAGGAGGACCACUGGCAGGAUGUGAGUGCCACAGCUUUUUCUCUUCGAACUUAUUUUGACUGGAUUAUGAUCAUUUCAAGAUAAAUAUUGUCUCAUCUAUACAGUUAGUAUUUUUUGUUUCUGUUGUGUUGGUUUAUUGGUGACUUUAGUGCCUUCCAAUCGAAGCUCUAACCUCAAUAACUUUUAUCUUCUCUGCCCCAGUUACCAUAUCUAAAUCAGUUUUCUAGGGCCGCAGCAGGUCUCACAGUGCCGCUGUGCCCCGUUAUACUUAGAACUGAAGCACCUCCAAUAUGUUUGUGUGUCAGGACCUGGCCCGGUGGAAAAAUCGGAGGAGGAGUAUUUCCCAAGACCUCAUCAAGAAGGAGGAGGAGAGGAAAAUGAUGGAGCAGUUGAUGUCAGGAGAAGUCUGUAUCUCAGGGAGGAGGAAGAGCAUCAAGACCUACAGAGAGAUAGUGGAGGACAAGUAGGUUAUACACACAAACAGGGAAUUGAAUCAUUUCUAUCAAGCUGAAAUUCCAGAUAACAGGAAACAAGGGCCUGUUAUUUCGAGCAGAGCAUGAAAAUGACUCAUCCAAAGUUCAUUUAGGUUGCUAACCCCAGAGAAUACUCAGAGAAAGAGUUCAUGUUAUCGUUUAAUAGUACGGUAAAAGAAAGAGAGAUUUCUGUUUUGUUAUGAUGAGUUUACAUGGUUAUAGUUGUCUUACUUGAUCAUAUCCACUGAUGCCUUGUGAGUCUCUGAGCUUUCACAGAUGUUGUUGCAGUAUUUAGUUUUCAAUCAAAACUUGCACAGCUGUUUUUCAUCAAUACUUUCUUCCCACUUCCACAGGGAGCGACGUGAGGAGGAUCUUCGUAUUGCCUACAGAAAAGCCAGAACCCCCGAGGAGGCGUCCGCCAUCCUCCAGCGUUACGCCCAGCGUUUCUCCAUCAGUGAAGCGGUGCUGGAACGCCUACAGCUGCCAAAGCUCCUGGACCGCAGCAUAUCUGCUGACCCUUCCUAUCCCUGCUCGCCCUUCCCUCUCUCCCUGUCCCCUUCUCCAACGACCCCAGACCCUUUUGAUAUGGACCCCAACGGGCCUCUGAAAUAUCUGCGCCAGCAGUCCGCUCCAGUUCCCAAGUUCACGUCUACACUGGAGGCACGAAUCGAAGAGUACCCCAAAGACCCCCCACACCAGCGGCCUCAGAUCCGUUCUCGCUCUUCUGAGCCGCCAUCCACCCGAGGCCUGUCGCCAAAACCGGUGCCUUUACUGACACCUAAGCCUUACUUCCAAUCCCGACCUCCAGCAGCUGAACCGUGGCCCAACAAGGUGAGACUGACUGCACUGCCUGAGAUGCAUAAUUAUGACUGAAAAUGUAUAUCACACAUCCUUCAAACGCCAAAUUACCUUUCAAAGUGUCUAUUAGUGAGACUCAAAUCUCCCCGCUUGACUUCAGCUCACAGUAUUUCCUCGAUUUCGAUCGUGAGGGUCUGUUCUCUAACACAUACACUGAUUGAAAUUUGGGAAGUGUCGCCCAGCAGUUCCGCAGAGGCCACGGUUUAGGUCUUGACCACUUUACAUGGUGUUACUUCCCACUGUUGGCCGCUCUCCUCACACGCUGGUGGGUAAAUUCCCUCCAGGCUUUCUUGGCAGAUACAUGAGCAUGCCACAGAUCCGCCAUGGUGAUGAGCCUCAUGGUUUCUAGGAAAACACAAGACUUCCCCUCCUAGAACAAGCAUGAAAUGUUUCAAUUUAACUCAAAGUACUCUCAACAUGAUCCAUUUCCUUCUGCAAAAAAAAAAAAAAAAUGGCCAAAUGGGAAUGCUCAAAAUGAGGUCUUAUGUUUUGGUGUGGUGGAGAGGGAGGGGCCAGUUAUUACUAGAUCUAAUGGAGCAAAGCGCUUUUCUGGAAUGUCUUGUCAGGAGUCUGAGCGGAGACCGGCUUUCAAUGGAGCCCUCUGUUCCCUAUUGACUUAAGAAGUUGACAAGUAGGGUCCUCUCAAUGUGAAGUGGGCUCCCAGCAGACAAAGACGGCCCACACAGACCGCUCUGAGAGGGAUGAGAAGGUGGAGGCUGCAGGGGGGGCAGACUGAGAGCCUGCAUUCACCCAACUCCAGCACAGUGUCUUAAGUUACCGCUUACUAGGAGCUCCUCACACAUACAUUAUGGCCUCUUUGUCAGAGUGCCAGCAUGGUGUUGUGAGCAGGAUGAAUAGCUAAUAACGAACAGAGAUGAGAGGCUGAUAAUGACCACCAAAUGAGGGCACUGGGUUUAUAGGCACGGAGUUUAUUCUCAUUUUUUGGUUCGUCAACCAUGAAAAUGACGAUUUAAAGAAACUGUGAGCUACAGCAGAACUUCAGCAUUUUUUCUUCCAGGUUUAAUACGAACACAUUACAAUUGUUCUUUACCCAGUGGUUGUUUAAGGACUUCACCCGAUAAAAGACCUGCAUUAAAUUCAUGAUUGUAAAGAAAACAUACAGCAAGCAUUCAAAUCUUCUCCUCUGGUUUAGGGAGAUGGUUUGCUUCGAGUCAACGGCGACCUAGGAAGUGCUCCAACCUCACCAGAGAGUCAAGGAAGGGAGUCUCCUCCUCAGUUCCAGGCGUCGACUUCUGAGACCGUCGACAGCAGCGUGGACGCUCCCUCGUCAGCUUUAACAAAGCACAGUCCACCUGCCUCAACUGUAGGAGAAACCAAGGGGUCAACGAAGGCACAGGAGGUACCAAGUGAGACGGAGACAGCCUCCAAGGACGUCCGAGAAGAAAAAGUCACCGAGCAUUCAUCGCCCAGCCGGCCCACCUCACUCCCAUCGGUCAGGAUUUCAAUCUGUUAUCGUUUUAUUUUCAUAGCUAAGCCCGUAAAAAAUGUUUUGUCUGUCAAAAUUGAGAGAGAGAAAUUAACUACAUUCACAGAACCUUCGAUUUGUGAGGUGAAAUCAAGCGAUCACAUCCAAACUUUGUAUUUUUGCUCAGAAUCAAACGCUGUUUUCACAGCAUACUCUCAGCCAUCAAAAUAAAAGCACUACACAGCAGCUGUGACACAGUAAAGUAAAAACCAUAGACUGUAUAUGGAGUGGCAAAAACUGAAAACUCAAGGUCAGGAAUCACUUGAGAUAUUUUUUCCCUUUUAUUUUAUUGUAAACGAGAAGUAAAAUUUGUAAUAAAACAUAAAUUACAAAUUACUAAAAAUACUCAAAGAACUCAAAGUUUGUCACACUUAGAUGCACAGGCGAGAGAAAGAUUCCUGCACACAGUUUACGGUUGCAGUUUCGAGAUUUAUGUCGUCUGCUAAUAGUAACAUAGCAGUGGUCUCUGUGUCCUUAACUGUCGGAUCACACUCAUCCGGUGCCCUGCAAAGAUGGUAAAUCUAGACACAGAGUAGGGUUGUUAACGAAUAUCCUAAAUUUAAAUAUAUACUCAAAUAUUUAAAAAAAAAAUCUAAUGUGAAAAUGAAUACUCAAAUAUUAAAUAAACCACGGUAAAAAACUGAGAGGGGAAAAAAACAGCGUCUGCUUUGAGAGUGAGCGCACUGUAACAACAGGUCAGGGACAGGUCACAGGAGCUGCACCUGCAGUGAGACUCCACAAAAACCGUCAGUGGCACAUGCAGAAAGAGAUAAAGGGAUGUUCAGAGCCAAACUUGGAGAGAGUGGUCUGGACUCCAACGAACUUUAGAAGCUCUGUUUGGAAAUUCUUCAGGAUAUUUGAAUAUGUUCAAACCUAUGUGUUAUUUUUGGAACGAAUAUUCAAACGUCAUUUUGGAGCAAUUUUGACAGCCCUAACACAGAGUCUUACUCUGGUCUUGGUCUUGUUUCUCCCUCCUCUUUCUCUGCCUCUCUUUUUGUCUCCAUCUAUCUUUAAUAUCAAUUGUGAAGCUGUUUCAUGUUUAAGUCAUGGUAGGUAAACUGUGCCACCUGUGCUAGAAUUAUUUCACUUCUCCCACCAGUGGUUUGUAAGUGGUCAAUUCAGUGAGUGGGUUUAGACUCUGUGAACCAAUCCUAACCAAGACCUUCCAGUUACUGGAAGGUCUUGGUUAGGAUUGGUUCACAAACAGAAUACAGUCUCCUUGAGAUGAUUCUCAACGUUUGUAAUCAGGUUAAAAUCAAAUGUUAAUUCUUUAGAGUAGUCCUAGUUUUGCUUUUUUUCCCCCUUUUCUAAUUAUCUUUGUUAAUUAAAUUAGGUUUUCAGGACUCAGAGUUUAUAAGUUUCUCCAUGUGGUUAUUUGAUUUUAAACACUUGAGCCAGAUCUCUCUGUCUUUAAAUGUUUUUUUUAAUAUCACUCUUGUUUACUCCAUGAUCCAACUGUUAUAUUUGUAGGAGCUGCAGAAGCCAGAAGAGAGCUUUGGGAAGGCCGGAAAACCGUCUGUAGCUGCCCAGGAAAAGUCCAACCCUGCAGCACAGCAGAGGACUACUGCAGGUCUGAACAGCAUGCUGCUACACUGCCACCUUGUGGUCGCUCUUGGAGUUGUUGUUGAACUUGAAGAAGAAAAGUUUAAGGAAAAAUGUAAAAAAAAAAAAAAAAAUUUAUUUAUUUUGUGAUCUUUGUGUUUUUUCAGAAGCCAAACAAGAUCAAACAAAAACUGAACCAUCAGGUCAGAAAAUCCCAAACCUGGUCCAGUCAGGAGGAAACAAACAGUCAAGUCAGCCAGUCUCAAUACAGGUGAGGCCACUAACCACAAUUUGAUCAACUUCUUGCACAAAAAUAAUAAACAUUUAUCUAAAAGUGUUUGGAUCUCAUUGCAGACAAGCAUCUCAAGUUCUCAAGAGUCGCCAAAGAGGAAGGAGGACUUACCAAGCUUGGCUGCACCGGGAUCUUUUGGACAUCACCCACCGAGGCAACCAACAGCAGGUCAGUGAAAUCCCAACGCCUGAAAACCAGAUGAGCAGUUUCCUCUGCGUACAUCUCCUGGUUUUCGGACUUUUGUUAGCACUUCCUCCUGUCCUGCUUUGUUUUACUUUUGCCUGUACAUGAACCUUUUUUGCAACCUGCACAAACUCCUGCUGACCUUUUAUGCAAAUUAUCCCUGAAAGUCUUUUUCCCUUUUUCAAAGUUACCAAAUAAUCAAGCUAAUGAGACCUGUGAGCCAACAACGAGCACAUGUAAAAAAGAGGCGAACUGUUGGCUUUUUUAUAGAGUAGUAAGCUGUGCUUUAAAGCUAUUUUCACUUCUGCUACAUUCCUGCUCUUUGGCCUUUAAAAAAAAAAAAGAAUUAUUGUCACUCAAAAAGUGUCUUUUUUUUUGGUACAGUUAAUAUUUCCCUCACCGUCUCAGGAGCAGACCUAGAAAAUCCCUCCCCUGUUAUCUUGAUGUCCAUACCAACCCCCCGGGGUUUUGACAUCUGUCUAUCCUUUAUCAUUUCUCUCCCUCCUUUCCUUCCUUCCUUCCCUUAUUCCCUCCUCUCCUUCCACCUGCAUAUUUUUUAUUUCACUUUAGAGUUUGAAAACAGUGUCAGGUCUCCUCUGGCAACCAGCAACCCUAAGUUACGCUGGGAGUUCUUCGCUUCGCCAGGUAAACCCUUUUCUUUCAUGGCUGGAGAUCAUGUUUCCACCCCCCUGGCGCUGAAUGCACGGGGUUUCCCUGCUGUCUCUACAGGGGCUUCACAUCAGGCCUCGAGUCUUUUUGUGUCUUUUUUACUCAUCUCCAGAUUCCUGUAUUAUAAAUGAUCCUCACAGUGAAGCAGUGUCUGUGUGUUGAACUCAUCUGUUUGUUUUCAUUAAGAAUUCUACGUUAUUAUGCAUUUCAGAAUCCAAAUUUUAAUAAAAGAGUUACAAAGGUAUAAAGCUUCACAUUGAGCUAGUGACAGUUUUACUGCUGAAUGGAGAAUCCCAACAAUAAGAAGUUUCAACAGCAGCUUCUUUUCAACCAUGAUGCACCCACAGGCUUUUAUGAAAUGUUGAUCCUAGAGCUGUGAUCAACAAGAAUCGCAGACAAAACUGCAGUAUUAACAGAAAACAAUGUAAGGGUAUGUGUCGUGAUAUCAGAGGCUGCAUGAUCUCUAAAGGUAAUAUUUAAACUAGCUACAGCAGGCCAGUAAAACAUGCUGUCACCUGGCCUGGAGUCUGUCGAUGAUGCAUCCCAGCCAACGGUUGGGUGACCAUAUUCUGAAUUCCCAAAAAGAGGACGCUACAGGGUCGGGCGUAGUUAAUCUUGAGAGUUUUUCGGGGUCAGGUGGGGUGUCAUUUACGCGCUUCUAACUCAGUUAGUCCACACAAACUCAAAACUUCCAAACCGAACCCCAGACAUUUGAAGGAAUUAAAAGCCCCCCCUGGACAAAGCCGGACAGCCCUAAAAAAAGAGGACAUGUCCAGGUAAAAAGAGGACGUAUGGUCACCCUAGCCAACAGGGAAGUUAUAAUUUUGCUCAAAGUGUGUAGCAUGCAGUCCCAUUUAGAUCACUGGUUCUCUUUUCAGUGAUCCUGAAAAAUCUAUCUGGAUCCAGAUAGAUCCAGUUCAGUUUUUCCCUAAAAAAGGUAGACGUAUGUAAGAUGAUAUAAUGUGAGUUUCAAUUCUUGGAUUAAUUUUUUGAACAACCAGACGUGUUGCUCUCAGUGGACUGGUUUUCCGUCUUUGUUUUGUGUCUCUUCACGCUCCUUAGGUUUUAAACAAUUCUUGGUACACCCUUAAAUGUCCCCCCGCUAAGGAGUCAUGUGAUUUUCAUCACAUGUAAGCCAAACAUACAUUGAAACAGCAUUAAACUCUCAUUUUCUUUCUCUUUUUCUCCACAGAAGGGACAGAGAAGGAUUGCCGUGGAAACGUGAGUAAACAGCAUCACCUGACUGUAUAAAAACUGUAAACAGACUCUUAGAAACCCUUUUACUGCUUCUCAUCUGGCUCAUCAUGUCAUGGCUUACAGUAUUUUACAGUAUUUUAGUUUUAUUAACUGUAUGAAGAUGGUGAAGCUGAAAACUACUGUUUAUUUAACCUACAGUAAUUUGCUGAUUUCAAAACAUCCCUGAACCAGGAGUAGCUCAAGCCUGCACCUUGUUUUAUCUUGCAGAAUCUCACAUGUAACGUCCUUAACACAUAAAAUGCAUUCAGAGACAUUCAGUAUUUCAGCUAAAAGGCAGCUAAUGUCUCGUAAUCCUAUAAAAAAGGUUUUCAAACACCAUUUUUGGAGUUCAGAGACUUGUUUAAAUGCAGCUUCUUUUUACCUGUGAACUCAGUGGUCAUUCUGCAGCGCUCUCCUACAUACCAUAGGACCCUCAGAGCUGUUUGUGUAGCAUGCCAGAUGAGAAUGCUGUAGAAAACGGCCGAGACUGCUUCUGUUUUCCUUUGAGCUCAUCUGUCUCUCUCUCUGUCUCCUCUCUUCGUAGUAGGAGUCCUUUGGCUAGCAUUGGAGUAGUGCUGUUGUGGUAGACCAACUAUUUCUGUCUCCUCCCUUCCCUUCUUCUUUUCCUGUGGAUGUGGGUGUGUGUGCGGGCGUGCGUGUGGGCGGGGCCACCUCGGCUCCACGGUUGAAUGAGACCGUGUUCGCUGUGGAUGGCCGUUGUUUCGUCUGUGCGUGGUUGUGUGCAUGAAUAUUUGCGUGCCAUGUGUAUUUGUGCAUGUCGAUGUGCGUGUCUGUCUGUGUGUGUUGGGGUCUAUCAGGUGUCAGUUCCGGUGUUGCCCCAGGCCAAGCGGGCUGACCGCUGGUCUUGGGACCCGGAUGAGGAGCGAAAGCGUCAGGAAAGGUGGCAGCAAGAGCAGGAGCGCAUGCUGCAGGUACACAGUUUACCUCAAAGGGGAAAGCAUGACGCAUGAGUCUGCAAGGUGACUGGUUCAGUUUCUUAUGCAGCCCAGAGGUUAGAGCUCUGCUCCACAUCUGUGAGGAUUAGGUAAAGGUAACACUUCGAGCAUUUUAAACAUUUGAGAAAGAGUGUGGAGUUCAUUUUAGGAGAAUUUCUGGCUGGGUUAAAGCUCUGCCCUCGGCAUGGCACUUGUAGCAAGCUUGAAAUGUUUGAAUUCCUCUCUGUGCUAAUGAACACAUAGCUGAGCUCCGAGUUCAGCUAUGGAUUUUUGCAACUAGCAACUUUAUCUUCAGUUACCUUUUUGCACAAUAAAUUGAGAUACACUGUUAAAACGUAGUUUGGCACUGAUCAGAUACACUUUUUAUGAGGCUAUAAAACCUUAAGCAGGUUAGAGAGGAUUUAGCUUUUGUUUAAGGUUAAUGUUUAUAACCCUCCUAUUAUCCUCAAGUAUUGCUAACACAUUUUACCUUUGGGGUCAGUCUGACCCCAGGUAUAUUUGCCUUCAGAAAUUAUUCACAUGCAAUUGUUGACCAAGAUUUUUGUCAGGCGCUUUGUUCAUUUGUUGAGUACAUAAAUAACUCCUAAGAAUGAAACCUGUCAACAAUUUGAUCUGUUCUCUAGCGCCACCAACAAGCCAAACUUUUAAAAUAGAAUUAAUGUAUCUUGAGGAGUUUUCAUACAAAUCUUCUCAAAUUUACUCACAAUCUUUAUGACACAAGAAGAUGAACCCUUCUGCUUUUUGUGAUGAUAUGACCUUUCCUGGAGGGAAUAGUUGUUAUUUCCCACCUCCCUGUUUUGACAUCAACUCAAAAGUAUCAGCUUUGCACCUGUAGGUAUGGGGAUGUUUGGUCACACACACAGACAAGCAAGUUUUACACAGCCCGGGGUUAAAUUGACCCCAAGGAUAAUAGGAGGGUUAAGCUUUACUUGUUAAAGCAGUGAUAGGCAAAUGUGAGUGCUUUGAAAAUAACAGGAUAAUCAGUGAAGAGCAGGAGCUCUGUGAGGGUUAUGAUGCAAAUUAGUAUUCAGACAUUGUUGUCUCUAAAUUUCCUCUGCAGCAGCAACAUGCAGCUGCAGCAAGUCAGCACAUCAUGCACGGAUUAAUGAUGAAGUUGUCUUAAUGUCGACCUUCAGAUUUAUGGUUUUUGCACAUAGAGGUAACUAUGUAACUGACAUUAAAACAGCUUUCCACUAAUGUUCUUUUUAAAAUGAAGCAGGUCUUCACUGAAAAUGUAAUUAUUAAACUCUAAUGUUUGAAAAUCUUUUGACUUUCUCGUCAACAUCCUCCAGUUUUAUCCAGAUGUUAAACCCUGAUGUUGUUACUUUCCCUUAGAUUUCAUUCGAACCAUGCAGGAGGAAAACAAGCUGCUCUCUGAGAGCCUUUGCCCAGCUUAGAAUCAGACCAAUCAUCUGAGUUUCAUUGCUAUUUGCAAAGCUUGCCUCUAUGUUUGUUUUUUUAUAUGUAGCAUACCCACUACAGAGACACACACUCACGCCUCUAUUCACACUCUGACCACUGGAGGGCAGUUUUGCGCAGUGGAAGAACCUCUAGUUUGGCGCUCUCUCCCCUCAAAGUCUACAUCUCAUUCUCUUACACACACACACAAGGACUCUGUCCAAGGUUGCUGCUGUUGCUGCUGCCCAGUUCACCCUCUCCCUCCUCAGCCAAUCAGAGGUUCAUCUCAGGUCCUCGUAGUUUGAAACAUUAGAAGCAUUUGUUGGUAUCCGUGAUGCACUGUGCUCAUCUGCAGUGUAACCUCCAUGAAUAAAUCUUAAAAAACAACAGUAAUGAGAACGGAUUUCUCUGCUUGCUGGUUGUUUCAGGACUGUUUGAGAUGAGAUGCGCUAAAAUGGAUGAAUGUCUGGUGCAUCGAUGUGCUUGUUGCUUCCCUGGUUGAUUCGGUGUCGUCUCUUUGUUUCGACCUCAGUCUGUAAUAUAUCCUGCUUUAGUUGCUUUCUCUCCAGAUAUUUAGUCUUUUCUGGGGUUCCUCCACAAUUCAGACAAAACAGGGAAAAAGUGAGUAGGGCUGGGUGAUAUGGCCUCAAAUCAAUAUCACAAUAUAUUGAGCAGUUCAUCUCGAUAACGAUAAAUGGACGAUAACUACACCACAAGCUGCUCACCCCCUCCCACAUUAACUUUAUCUACUUCAGCCACUACAACUUUUGAACCGUCCUCCAUCUCCUCACCUGUCUUUUCCUCUUUGUUACGGACUGGAUGGGGUGGAGUCACGUCUCUGACAUAGGACAGCGUCUUAAAGGGACAUGAGACCAUAGCCUACCUACACACAUCCAAAACCAACUUUUAUUUAUUUAUUUAUUUAUAUUGACACAGAUUAUACCGAUAUGGGCAAAAUGACAUUGGUUAUUGCCGUAAAUUUCGGUAUCUGAGUUUGUUUUUCUGGAAUAAUCUUAAAUGACAGGAGGAGAUCAUCUUUUUUCACAGUCACUGUCAGAACACACUAAAAAAAGUAAAAUUAUUCAACAAUUCAAGCAGCUUUUCACCUAAAAUUGUGGAGGAAUCCUGAGUUCAACAGAUUCAGCAUGCUCUGCUUUAUCCUUCUGUUCAUAGUGCCUGCUUUUGUUUGCUUCUGCUUGCUUUUUACCCCUUACACACAAACCGAAGCAAAAGAGUGAAUUCACAACAGAUAAAGAAACCCCCUCAUGUAUUUAUCUGCAGUAUGUCUCUUAGUUAAAGCUUAAGUUUCCUCCUGAGGACUUGUAAUAUGAAAAUAUCUCAGAGUUGACCAAUAGUUAGAAUUUAGAGUCCCUCUUUGGGCAGACAGAAGCCUGUUGAAACCCUCUUAGAGUCCAGUCGACGCCGGAUCCAUCUCUGCGUUUUCUCUGUUUUCCUGCCUGAACGUCCACCUGCGGGCAGCAUAGUCUUUUUCUGUAGUUUGAGGCUCUCUGCUGUAUGUCAUGUGUCUGUUGCUAUGGUGACAGGAGAAGUACCGGCGCGAGCAGGAGAAGCUGAAGGAGGAGUGGGAGAAAGCACAGAGGGAGGUGGCAGAGGAGGAGCGGAAGUAUCACGAGGAGGUGUGUGUGUUUGUGUGUGUACGCUUGAGGGCAAAUGUUGUAAUUUGUUUCUUUGGUUUCUUUUGUUCAGGGUCCAACUUAGACACAGAAUUAUGGUUUACUAAAAGUUUGAAUUACAUGUUUUUACAUCAUUGACAGAUUUAUUCCCGGUCUGAUAAUCUUACCUAUGUUUAUACCCGUGUGUUAUCGGUAACUCAUGUAGCUUUCCCCUCACAACAGGAGCGCAGAAUACUGGAGGAAACUGUGGCCCCUCUGACUCCCCGCUCCUCAGCCCUGCCCUCCCCCAGUCGAGGAGAGCUCUCCUCAACCUCAGCACCCCAGGACACCAUCGUACGCUCGCUGGCUGACUGGGAACGCAAGCAGGAACUUCUGGAGAGGCAGUCGGUGAAUGGCUCAUUGAAUAUUUGUUUGGUGCAUGAAGCUGGAAAACUUGCUGAAAAAUAGUUAGAAUUCUAAAAGAGGGGGCCCAGUGUUAUCUGGGUGUAUUAAUUGUUCCUGCUUUUUAAUUGUGCACAGAAGGGCAGCGCAGAGAGUGUGGAGUGGAGAAAGAGAGAAAACGACAGGACCAGUGACAUCAGCACUGCAGACGACAGCAUGAAAACAGCCAGAAGGUUUGUGAGCCAUCUCCAAGAGGAUCUGUUCCACAUCGUAGCUGAUAUUUUGAGCAACACUGGUCUAAAAAUAUAUCUUAUUUGGCUUUUAUGUAACAUGGUUUCACCAAUUACUGAAAAUCCUCAAAUAUAACCUCACAUAAACCCGCAUCUGUGAAGGCCUUUAUACAGGGCAGGCUUGUAUUAGAGGCACAUAUUUAUAUCAAACUCUUUCUAACUGAAAUGUAUGAUUAUUCAUACUUUAAAACAAAGCGACGGCCUGAUUCACAAAAGGACAGCUCAGCUUUAACAUCAACUAAUCAUGUGCAUAAAGCUCGAGCCAAAGGUGAAACACUUCUACAAUACACUGUCAAGCAAACAGCAUCACUGUGUUUGCAAACAUUUAAAUAAGCCAUUAUGAAUUUGGAGCAAAAUUUCCUCGUUUUUUUAUUUAUUUCUCAUAUCUGACCGAGCUGCAAGUAAAUUGAUUAUGAACUGUACAAUUUUUGUCACACCUGACUCCAAAGUAAAAUAAAAAUAAAUGUGUUUCUCCUCUCAGUCAUUGUAUAUGUAAAUCGAGUUUGGCACAUCAGGAAGAGAGUGCACAGUGCAGCUCUUUGCAGCAAAGUGGAGAUACAUUAAGCUAAUCUUAGACCAUAAUAAAAGGCACAUUUUCAUUGGCGCAAUUAACUUUGUGAAUGAGAGAUUGAGGUGGAGCAGAAAACUUCGAGGCUGUCCUUUAUUGAUUCGUAAAGACGGGUUUAAAGGUGGUUGACUGCUAAUUAAAAACUGGUUGGUAUUUGAGGAUUUAGAGUGAUGUUACAUACCAGUGGAAACACUGUAGAAAAUGAAAACAUCUUGAAAAUCAAAAAAAGUUGUCUUGUCCUGAAUUUUAUUAUCACCUGCAUCCACAGGAUCAACUGUUAAAGUAGAACUAGUUCAUAUUUGAUUGAUGACUGUUCAUUUAUAGCUAACACAAACAGAGCUUCAUCUGUUUUACACUCUUCUUUGUUCAAAUUAUUAUGGGCAACUUUUAUCUCGGCUCAGUUUUCGUAUAAGAAUAUCAUCAAAAUACAACACUGUCUGUAUAAGCGAGAUACUUAUAGUUAGGACUCAGUAAUUGUAAAAAUAGCACACAUGCCGUAAAUACUUGGUGCAUCACAAGAUCUCAAAAUGUUUCUAAUCUUCAGCUCGGUGACUCAGAGCAUCAGCCAACCGGAAACAGUCAGUCACAAUCUGCAGAACGGCCAAAAACUUCACCAGGUGUCUGCCAAAUCCUCAACCCCCGUGAAGAAACAACAACAGCCCACAGCUGACAGCAGCAAGCCAGGGCGGCCUGCAGGAGACAGAAGGUGUGUGUGUGUGAGUGUGUGUGUGAGUGUGUGUGGGAGAGGGUUUGAUCCAGUGUUCAGUCAGUGUCGAUUUCGAACAGCUAUCAGUUGUUGUACAGGGAUUUAAGAGCACAUUGGUUGCACUUAAACACUGACAAAGGACACUGAUAGCUUUCAGGCAUCACAGCACAUCUUGUUUCAACUCCAUAUGAACUGCGUCAACAUUUUUAGCCAUCUUUAAAUUUGUGUAAAAAAGAAAACAGGUUUUUGUUGAAGACUUUAAGAAAGACCUUCACUUCACCUGUUUGACCAGCAGGUGGCAUCUUGUACUUUUCCAUCGUCUUCCCUCCACGUGAAGGAAGAGUGAUCAGUUGAGAGAGAUCUAUUAGUAGCUCCAUACAUGUUGGAGACAUAUUACACUGCAUUUUCAAAAGAAAAAGUAAACAUGGAUUUCGUCCUGAGGAUAAUCGAGAGGAUUUGCGUCGUUCCCACUCCGAUUGGUUCCAGACUCUCUUUGGCAGCCAAUAGGAAGUCUCUGUAGCUGUGAGUCAUCAUCAUGUUGCAUGUUGCUGUCCAUUUUCAGGAUCGGUCCCAUUGAUAAUAACAAGGGACGCAGCUCAUCAAAACCCCCCACAGCAUGUCCACCACCUCCAGACACACUGCCUCCAGCACCCAACAGGUACCGCAUCCCAAACAGCCCACAUGGAGGGGGAGGGAAGGAAGGAAGAGGGGCGCUGUUCAUUUCUGCAUUGUCAUUUUUGCUGCCUACAUUAGUCCACUCAUCUCAUGACAUGUAUCACUGCAGCAAAGAGCCUUUGAAUGCAGUCUGAAUCGUAAUGCACUUUAAAGAUCUUUUCAUUUGAUUGUUGAUUCUUUCUUACAGUUUAAAAGCACAUUAGCAAAUGUUGCUGCAAAUGUGCCAGAAAUUCAAAUCCUUGUCUGCAGCCCGGAGACACUGACAUUUUAUAAAAAAAUGAUCAUAAAAAAUAUGGUUUUAGAUGAGCACACAAGGAGGCUUGUAGAUGUUUUGCACGUCGGUGUCAAACCAUCGUUCUCAAAACAAGCCUGAUGAGAUUACAGGUCGCAAGGUCCUUUUUAAACAAAAGGGACAAAGACAGACAACUUAACAGAGGAGAGAAACAAAAGAAGUCGCUUCACAGACUGACAGCAUGGGUUUGAAAUAUACUGCUCUGCUAAAUUAAAUGAGAUUAAUGUAAAAUACAAUCUUAAGUAAAGACUUCCUCAAGGAUGGAGAAAACAGAGGGGGAUGCUGCCUGACAUGUAGGUCAAGAUAAGUCAUUGUUUACAGUGUAGGGAAGAGCAACAAUAUCAAAGCUUUAAAUUAGUCUGUCGCAGUUUACUUCUUUUGAUGAUAACUGUCUCUUAGAAAUUUUAUUUUGAUGUUAUGUGAAAAAUAAACUCCAGUAAUACCUGAUCAUUUAUUAUUAGUUCAUGAGGUGGAUGUGGGUCAUUAUGCAAGAUUCAACCUCCAUUCAAAUUAGCAGCACAGUAUAUUGUGCAUUUAUACUUCCUUAUUGUUCUUUUUAUUCAGUUUUUACCAUAGACUGUAUAUAGAAUGGACGCCGUCUUCCUCCUCGCUGGGUGAAGCCACUUUGAGAACAGCACCCUCUGGUGACGGGCUGCAGUAUAGGUCAUAAAUCCCGCCUCCGCCUGCAAAGCUUAUGGAGCUGUGGACAAACUUUCUAAAUUUUUUACACAGAAUCUAAAUAUUUCUCCCCCUUGCUUGCGAUGUUGACAUGUAGUUAUUGUAAGACUGGUUUGUCAAGUCCUCUUUUUUUUCUGUUCAGCUCCGUUUUUAAAAGUUAUUAGGGGGUUCAUGUUCAAAAUGCAAGGCUUCAAAUCCGUAUACUGGCGGAAGGCGAACUAAUUUGUCCAUAGUACAUACAUUCUAUGGUUUUUACAGUCUUUGUUACUUACAGGAAGUGGCAUAUAUUUAGUUUCAAAAUAAAAGUCUAUUAUUGACACUACAGGAAAUAACGCAGCCCAAAUGAAGACAAGAAAAUAAAUUUUUAAGGCGCUCUCCUCUUGAUUGAAAGAAGUUUCUGUUGUUGGGCUGGUGAUGCAAUUAAAACAAAACUAUAACAUCAUUAGAGAUGGAUGACGACAUGUCGGUAAAAUAAAUGCUCACACUCAAUCCUCGCCUUGCUGUUCUUGAAUCUGUCUGAUCGUGUUCUCCAAGUUGUCCAUAAAUACUGUGAUAAUAUUUCUAUUAUAAAUUUUUUAGCUACGAUAAUCAUGAAGUGAAAGCUCAUCAUGACAGUCCCAGUUUUCUGUACUGACAGCAGCGUCUCAUUUCACCAAAGUUCCAGUGAAACAAAACUCUGUUUUCUUCUUGACUUCUGCAGUUAAAAGUCUCAUCCUCUUAAAACAGAGACGCAGAGUAUCAGCAGUUUCCUGCCUCUCUGUGUAUCUUCCCAUCUUUUUUUUUCUUCCUGUAGGUCUGUCAGCGGGAAGAAGCUUUGCUCCAGCUGCGGGCAGCCGUUAGGAAAAGGGGCGGCCAUGAUCAUCGAGACGCUCAGCCUCUACUUCCACAUUCAGUGCUUUAAGGUCGGUGAUCGGGAGAGUUCUGUUGUUAAAACCCCUCUGUUUAUUUUUCUUUAUUUUAUUUGUGUUAUUAUUACAAACAAGUAAAAUGUAAUUGUGUUGUAAAAGUUCUGUUGGUGUGUUGUUUUUUUUUACUGUAUCAUAAAUGUCUUGAGAAAACAGAAACCAGCAACAAAGCAAUGAAACAAAUGCUGGUUUAUUCAAAGCCUGUUUAACUUCUGUUACAAAAUCAGUUUUGGGGACAUAUCAGUGAGCCACAGAGUGUUUCCUUAUGAUAGUAAAUAUGAAAACUUUUAUUUAUUUUAUUUUAUACUCCAGGGAACAUCAGGUGCCUUAAUCCACAGAGAGUUUAGCCUGUUUACAUCGAUGACUUUUUCUCCUCAUUCAAAUUAAUUUUACAAAUUUUACUGGAACUUGCACCUAAAUCAUUAAUUGUUCGUUAUAACAAAAUGACCUCCUCUGUUUGUCAUCCUCGUCAGUGUGGGGUGUGUAAGGGACAGCUGGGCGACACAACCACAGGGACAGACGUCCGGAUCAGAAACGGCCUCCUCAACUGCCACCAGUGCUACAUCCGCUCCCGCUGUAAGUCCCUCCACCCCUCCCUCUUAUGUUUUUAUCAUCCUCCUCUUAUCCUCUCUCACUCUCUCUCUCUUUUUCUUUUCUGUCUUUCGACUAAGUUUCUAUCCAUCCAUCUAAAAUAGAAAUCAAAUAAGAAUGUGAUCUGGUUCUUUCAGCUGAUUCGAAGCAAAUCAACCACUGAAAAAAACAAACAUUUUCUGUUACAUAACGCUCAAAAUAAGAUCGAUUAAUCAUCCUCUGAAAUUUGAGACGAGGUUAGGAGUUGUUGUUUUAUAUUGUUUGGUAAUGUUGGCCAUAUUUCAUAUUUCUGCUGAUGAAUAAGUGCAGUUUUCAAUAAAGUGAUCGUGUCGUAGAACGAGCAGAUCUAGUGCUCAUAAAGCACUUAGAAAACGAGGGAAAGGUUUGUUUGAUUUAUUGUUUCCAAAGUGAACCUGGCACUAUUUUAUGAUAGGAGAAUUUCAGCGUGUUUCAAAGGUUUCAGGCUUUAUUGCAGCCCCACUGUGAGCCUGACAAGACGAGUGUGUUUUAAUAUCAAACUUCGACCCGGAGCGGCUUUAAUGAAGAAGUGUCAGACUCAGUGAGGCUGGGAUGAAUGGAGAGACCAAGGAAAGUGGUGACGGUCGUUUUCUGUGUCUUUGUGUUCACCUGGAUAAGAGUGAAAGUUCAUAUUUCUUUAAAGUUACAGACAAAUAAGAUCUCAGCGGCUCUGAAUCUAUGAGGAUCAAAUCAGUGUCAUUAGUGCUGAAUUAGCAUGACCUUAAAUUCCCCCAAACAAACUCUUGUGAUAUAAAAAAAUGUGGGUUUUCCUCUCUCUCUCUCUCUCUCUCUCUCUUUUUCUGUCUUUUGUCUUCCUUUCAAGCGGCCGGACAGCCAACCACGUUGUGACGCUCACCAGAAAGCACAAGGUUCAUGGAUGAAACCCCCGUCUCUUUUUAAAGCGAUUAUCUGCAAAUCAUGUCCUUCACAGCGUGUCGGGAUCUUAGCAUCCUCUGCAGUUCAAUAACCAAUGAAGAUUCAUCAUGGUGGGGAGGCAAACGGGGAUCUGGGGACAGUCUAAGAAAAUAAUCUCUAUUCUUCGUGUUUAUGUCAUCUAAUACGUGACGGGAAUCUGGAUUUGAUUGGUCCACGCAGCAGCAGCACCACCACCACAGACUCUGUUUCAUCAUGCAGCCAGUGAGCAGGAGGGAGACUGGGGUGGCGGCCAUGUUGGAAAGAUAACACAACAACACGCACAGAUGCAUCGAAAACAGGUAGACUGAAGACACGGAGCGAGAUGUGGUGUUGGGGUCUGAUUUCAGCAGAGUCAGAUUCUCUUUGCCUGGUUGGAACAAAUGUUAACCAUCAAACUCCAUCUAAUGGAAAUGCAGUAUAUCAAAGGAGUCGCUUUUUUAUCAGUAAAGGAAGAUUUUCUUAUUGAGUAGUGAUCAAAUUGAAAAGCGUCGAUCAUGUGAGGCAGCUCAGACAGGAUUUUUUAUUUUCUAUGAACAGACUGGAUCUGAAAGACGGCGAUCGGCACUUCCUCACAGAAGCAAACGGCGAAAUAAAAACAAAAAAACCAAGAGAUUGAAAAAGUAAAGUGCAAUAAAGGUCACUAUAAACCCUCUUUUUAGAUUUAAAAACGCAAUAUUUACAAUUAUCCUAUUUUCUGGUUCUCCACAGUGACCUCCUCUGCCCCUUCUCAUGUGCUCUUUAAUGAAAUCAGCUUCUUAGAUACACACAUAUUAUGGAUGUAGUUUCAUCAUGAGGGCAAUAACCAGACUUGUGAGCUGUGUGUUUGUGUGGUUUCGGGUCACAGCAGGAUGCUCCUCGUUCAGCUGGGAAAGUCAGGACUUCAAUGUGCCUUAGAGGAAAGCAAGUUGAUGUAGGAAUGGUAAUGAAACGCCAGCUGUUGGUGUUUUUUCUUCUUCCUUUCUUCUUUUUCUUUCUCGCUUAUUUUUAUUGAAGGUGUAGGGAGGGGUUUUGGCCAAAUUUGAACUCUUAAACUGCAGACACGCGGGCUGCAGCCUUCCCUGACUUCACGCUUUACUUCAGCUGAUAAGCACUCUUUUAUUUUGCGUAAACGUCGCCCUUAAUUUCUUAUCACCCUGCCUGUGAUUUCUCAAUGAUUUGCAGUGAUAAGAAAAAAAAAACAAGUAGGUCAAAGGAUCACAUUCACCUUUCUGGACAGUUUAUUAUUAUUAUUAUUAUUAUUACCAGGCAGGGUGAAACCAUUGAUUUAACUCUGAAUGUUUUAUUCUAGAGCGAUUUAGGUUCUGUGCGCUAAUAAUUGAGGUUAUUUUGAUAAUUGCUCAGUGGUAGGAUUCAUUUAUACACUUUCAAACAAACACCACCAGUACAUGUCACAUCGAGUGAAACCGCAGAGGUGAUACGGACGAACAUACCAGCAGCAGUUUGCGCUUGUGCAACGUUCAGUUGGAUGAGAAUUGAAGAUCUGUGCUGCCAGCUGCACAUUUCAGUCACUUGCCUCUUUAUUUUUUCUCUUUUCUUUCUUUUGAACUUGUAAGAGAGAUUGGUUAUGUAUCAUGGAUGUUUAAAAAAAAAUGCACGUUAAGCCUAAAAACCAAAUGAUUUGCUGUAUGAAAGCAAACUAGCAGCCUCUUUCUCCUCCUCUUUUAGCGAAGCUUCUCCCCCGGGUUCAUCUCUCUCUGAUCUACAGUAUUUUUAAGCUUCUGUUCCGAUCGUGUAUUUUUAUUUUUUAUCCUCAUUUAGUUCUUAAAUAAAUCUCAGCUGAGUCUCUUAUAGCGGGAUCUUUGAGACGGAGCUCUAUAUCCAGACGGUCUUCUUAACAGGAUAGUUGGGGAAUGAAACCUUUUAUGUCUGUUCUGUAUUUAUUGUAAUAUUCACCUGAACACUAUCUGAAAUAUAGAUUAAUUUGAUGUUUAAAUGCAAUGGCAUUUAUAGCAUACUGUAUGUUUAUAAAUAAAAUGUUAUACAUACAAACUGGA